GAAAUAUUAAUCAUUUCAUUUAAUGCUAAGGGGAUGGGACCUCCUCUCAUAUUUCAGAAAGGGGCUGGGAAGUAAAGGAAGCCAAAGAUUUUCCUAUUUAAGGCCAGAGCAAAGGAAUGUCUGUGGCUGAGUUGUGUGAAGGGCCCGGUGGCUGAAAGGGCAGGAAACAAUUGAUGGUGCUCUUUUGAUUUUUCUUUCCCCCCACUUUUUUUCCUUCUCUCUUUUGCACAUAGAGUCUCAUGUCUAAUAUUUUUUAGACAUGAUGAGCUGUGUGCAGGGAGCCGUUUUGCUUUUCCUUGCUGUGUUGCAACCCUCAGUUAUUUUGGCACAACAAGAUGGUGAGUAAUUCCCACUUAAGAUUUUUCGUGGAUUUUAACUGCUCUGUUUUUCAACACUUUGUUUCUCCUCUUGCCAUAAAAUCAGCACUGAGCAAACCCAUUUUCCUGUCGCCGGUUGGAGCUAUCAAAGAGGGUCCUGCUCUGCUCUGCUUUAUUCUGUAGCAUGUAGUACUAGCCUAAAUAAAACAAACUUUAUCUGAGCUUACGCAUUCUUGUGCACCGUUUUCUUAGCUUAAGUUCUUUGCAUCCUUUGCUUUGCUUGACAAGUUCUGGAAACUUUUUAAUCUUCCUUUCUUUUAGCUGUUGGAGUAAGAUUUGUGAAUACUAGUUCAGCAAAAUCUGGAAGUCAUUUUGGCAUAUUUAACGAGGCUGUAUCUUCAGCUCCUUGCAACAUGACUGUUUUUUUAUAUAGUAAAGUAUUGCUUUGGUAUACAGGAACAUGUACCUUUUAAAAGAAAACUUUAAUGUCAAAGGAAACACUUUUGCAAACCAGAAUGGUUGUUCCAGCUUUGGGGAAAGAUUUUCCAGCUGUGUGUGGUGUGUGGGUGUGUUACUUCUUAGACAUAAGCAGAAGGAUGGAACAUACUGCUCUAAUAUUGUACCAUUAUUCACCAGAGGCUGCUUCAAGCUUCUACAUGAUCUGCUUGCAAACUCCUUUAAGAUUAAGCAGAGGGAGACUUACAUCUAAGUAAUUAUACCUAGGAUUGGGGUGCUCUUGGUGCAUGCAAAGAAAAGAUCACUUGAAAAUGAAUUGGUACUAGAUGUCCUAUACCUUUUGUAGUACAGAUGCUUUGUGACCUGUUUUCUUUUUAGAUCUUUUUAAUCAGUGUAUACAUUUUGAGCUUUGAGGUGUGCUAUGAGGUGUACCAGAAGAAACUGUGCAACGUUUUAUUUAUUUGUGCACAGAACUGGGUCGAUGAAACUGGACACAAACUAUUCAUCACCACCAAACCCACUCACGCAAUCCAUAGCUGUAAUUAUAGGAAAAGGGUUUUUUGGAACAUUCUGAAAUCCACGUCCAAAACACGCAUCACGUUUCCUGACAGAAUUCAAGUUCUGUACAAGCCAGGCACUCUAGAGACCAUAAGAAAAGGAACCACCAAUAAUAAUCUUCAUUACCUAGAAAAAACUGCAUUGCUGAAACACGUUACUUCAGAUCUUAUGAUUUAUCUGAGAUGCAUGUAAUAGCAACACAUUCAGCAAACAAAUGCUCAGAUUUCAGUGUUCACCUAAAGGACACAGUCUGGCUGCAAUUCUCUUCCCACUUACUUGGGAUUAAACCCCAUUUAACUUGAUGGCACUUACUUCUGAGCAGACAUGCAAAGGCUUGCACCCUCAGAUAGCUAUCCCCACCACGCUCCCCAAUAUUGAUCAUUCAUGUCUACUGAUUUUGUGGUUUCCCCCUGUAUGCUUUGUCUUUCAUGCAACUAUUUGCAGUGUGGAUGAUGUCAGAUGUUCAAUUCACAUCUUAGUGAAUAUUAAAUAUGAGUAUCCAACACCAUCCCUUCCUUGGUUAACCAUCAAUCAUCCAUCUUCCAAACUGCAAGAAGGAAAAAUUAACCAUUUCCACCAAAGAAGCAUGUGUUUUUUCAGUGCAAUUGCAUGAAGGAAACUUCUCUGCAUUUUGGUUGCUUUCCAUAUUCCAUUGCCUAUUUCACAUAGAUAUUUGUGCCCUUAUGGUUAUGACUAUGGAUUCUGACAUGGUGUUUGGUUCUAGUUGGGAGUCCACAUUCUGGGCAGAUGUAGCAAAGGAUUCAAUGGUGCAGCCCAAAAUGACAUUUUUGCAGAUUGUCUUGUCAUGGGUGUUUCAUUAUUUCAGUGCCAGGUUAGAUUUAAGAGGCAAGGACAAAGAGAUAAAAUUACCCUCGUGAGACUGGGUUUUUGUUGGCAUGGAAUAGCUCAAACGCAAUAUCAGGUAAAGUACUUUCUUAGCAAUGUAUCUUUCCAUACAAUGCAAGUUUCUAGGCUUCUGUUCUAGAAGCAAUCUCAUCUUUCCUCACUCUUCCUCCCAUUUUUUCCUUGCUCCCCACAAUGGACAAUGACAAAUCAAAGGCUGUUCAAAACCUAUUUAGAGAGACAAUGUAGGCAAUGAAGCAGCAGUUUAUGGUUGGUGGGUGUUAGUGUUUAUAAGGAUGAAAAAGAGAGUUUCUAAUCACAUUAUAAAGUGCUCUGGAUGUGUCAGAAAGAAUUUCCAUUUGGUCUAUAUCAAAUUUAAGUCAGUGCACUGUUUUUCUUAGCAUAUCUUGCCAACUGACAAGCUCUGGCAAGACAUUAAGGAAACUGCUGAGGAUAUACAGAACUGAGAAUGAUCAGAUGUAGCCCUACGCAAUGUUCUUCUUCUUUUCCAUAAUAACUAAAGAGGGGAAUGAAAUAGACUUGCACCAUGAUUCUAUCCUACCUUCCUAUGGUGACAGUCACAUCACCACCAGUUGCCCACUUUGUGACAUCUACAUCUGGCAGCUGAGAUACCCUAUCCUUUAUUCUAUGCUGAUAUAGGUCAUCUUAGAAUCAGGCUACAAUGGCAUCUUUGGUCUUAGUUCUGGCUAUUGGGGAAUAUCUGAGUAUUUGAAUGAUGGUUCUUUCACCAGGGCUCUUUCUUCCUUGCAAGUCUUGUUUAAUUUGUGGUUCACCAAGAUGAAGUUUCCUGGUUUGCAUGAACAUUUGUUUGAGUCAAGUCUUCUCCCUCACCCCUGCCACCGCUCCAGCUCUAACUAACCAAAGCAUCAGCACCUAUAAUGAAGGGCCAUCUAGUGGUUGCUAAUUCUCCUCCAAAAGAAUACUUAAUCAUCCUAUGCUCCAAUUAGUAUUGCCCACUGUACCACAUGAGCCUCGUACCUAGAUCCAUAUAAAUGAUGAACAUUUGCUAUAUUGGUUAAAUAGACCAAAAAGACUUGUCAUCCAAUAGCACAUUCAGAAAGUGAUAAGUAAAGGUGUUUUCUUUGGGGGGGAGGUGAGGUUGCCCUUGGAGUAAUCUCAGCACUAUCAAUAACUGCAAAGCUUUAGCUAAAUUGCAAAUGAAAAGAUGCAACAUUUAAUAACUGGACUGCAGCCAUGCUAGAUAGGCUUGGGGAUUAGUGCCAGCCUUGCCCCUUCAUGUUUGAAGCCUCCUUAUGGGUGCUUCAAGAACAAGUUAUGUGAUUAAGAAUUGCUUACAUCUAAUAGCUCUGCUUUCCAUUUCAAAGCAUUCAAGACAUAAGGGGCAAAUUGAGUCGUGCUUGGUUCUUGUCGGCACGUUUUCUGAAAAGAUAUGACCCCAUUUGGGGUUUUGCCAACAUUCAGAUGUACAAUAGAAGCAUGUUCACUGGGGAGCAAUCAGUUAAAGUUGCUUUUGAAACAGAACAAAAACAUUUGCAACUAUCAUUCCCUCCCCCAUCCCUUACAUCAGCCUCCUCUGGGAUCUGAUUUAUAUGAUACCUCUAUGUUGCGGUUGCCCAUUCCUUAUGGCUUAAUCCCACAGCACAGCAAUAAUGUUUAAGUUGGAUAAUCAUGUAGCAUUGUCAUGUCAGGUAGGAUCCCACCAGCACCACACCUUCCUGGGUGUUGGUGGCAGUGGAUGGAUAACGUUCCACACAACCUAUCCAUCCCAUCUGAUUAUCCUAUUGGGUUGGGAUCUAUCCAUGGGGAAGCACCAGCCACAUGCAACAGAGUUAAUGUAUCAAUCAGCUUUAGAUUUCCAUUCCUGAAGCAAAAACUUGGAUUGAGUCUUAUGUCACCUGCAAUCAGGAUUAUGUCGUCUGAAAUAAGAAUAUAAUGGACUCUAUCCAACUUGUGCAACAGACACCUGUACAUGCAAUGGAAUUUUCUAUACCUCUCUGCGUCCCUUCCAGCUUACCACAUGCUCUCAAAAGCAGCUCUGGGGGUUUGAGGGCCCCUCCAGAAGAAAUGUGGAGGAAAAAAGACAUCUCAUUGCCCAAGCAGAACUCCACUCACACUACGCUGGGUACAACCCCAUGUGAUCUUCUGGUUUGUCAGUUACAAUACAAGCAUUUGAUGACCCGCACAAAGCCCUGACAUUGAUUAUAGUUGAUGGCAUUUAAGCUUUAAAUGGUGCAACUGAGAAAUAGGCCAAACGCAAAACUUUCCCCAUGAUACAGGCAAGUAGCAUGGAUGGACCACAUUCAUUGGAUACAUCUGAGAGCCAUUGGCUUAAGACUACUUCAUGCAUUACCUUUUGUAACUGGUUCUGCUUCUCGUAAUACAUGUGUGUACAGUGGUACCUCGGGUUACAGACGCUUCAGGUUACAGACUCCGCUAACCCAGAAAUAGUACCUUGGGUUAAGAACUUUGCUUCAGGAUGAGAACAGAAAUCACGUGGUGGCGGUGCGGCGGCAGCGGGAGGCCCCUUUAGCUAAAGUGGUACCUCAGGUUAAGAACAGUUUCAGGUUAAGAACGGACCUCCAGAACAAAUUAAGUUCUUAUCCUGAGGUACCACUGUAGUGUCAUUUGUAAAAGACUUCUGUGUGGUUUCAAUUAGGGGUGGGGAACCUUAGGUAUGAGGGCCAAAUGUGACCAUUCAGACCACUCUACCUGGCCCUCGGGACUAACCCCAGGCUACACAUCCUCCUCAGCCACUCAUCCCUCUCCCCAGGCAACAUCCCUCACCAAUGCAACUUCGCACCCACUUUGAGUGUUUUUGCCUGGCUGAAAUGUGUCCUUGCUUGCUUGGCUGGGUGAAGCAUAGAGAGGCAUGUGCGAGUCUUAAAACACUUGUAUGAAUAUGGAUUGGGCUAAGCGUAAGCAACCUAUUUUCUCAAUUAUUGAGUUAGUUGUUCAGAAAGGCAAGCCUUUCCAUGUGUUGCUUGAAACCAGGGAUGGGAAUGAAAGCUGCCAGCUUUCAAUCUGCACUUGAUUUGGAAUCUUUGUUUCCCAAGGCUAAGCAUGAAAAGCUGUCAUUAGUUCACUGUGGGGUGUGUGGAGCUUGUAGACGGCUCUAUGCCCAGAAUGCUAUUUGCCUUCUGUUUUCAUUCUCUAAUGUGGGAAGCGCAACCUUUCCCAUCUCCGCUCAACCAAGCCCUCUUCAUCUCCACCCAAGGCCUAAUCAUGGACAACUCAUUUCUUUCUUGCAUUUUGUGUGGGGAUGUGAAUUACUGGGAGAUGGCUGAGCAAGACAUGCUUGAGACUCCCUGCUGUAAAGGCUCCUGAGUAAGAGCGCACAGCUGCGCAUAGCUGGCUUGAGCAAUGCUGAUUGCCACAUUUGAAAUGAGAGCAUUCUUGAAAGCGAGGGCCUUGAGGGGAUUAAGAGUGUUGCACAAUGUAACCUUCAGUACAGAAAAUGGUCUGUGGCUUCCUGUGAUUUAGAAAAGUCCAAAUCUAAAUUAAGUUCCAGGGAAUCCACAUCCUUUAGGUGAGUAGGUGUUCUUGGAAAUUAGGCCAGCUUCAUAAGUUUGAGGAGGCCUAUGGUUUGAUGAAAAUUAGAUAAUUACCCUUCCCUUGCAUGACUUUCCAUAUGUGCUUUUUGACUCGAGCCCAAGAUCCAUCAAACAUUUUCCUUAAGAAGCUGGGGAAAGAAUCCAUUGCUUUAUUGCAACAGGGUAGCGCUGAAGUUUCUUUUUCACUGGCGCAGAUAUUAUUUUACUUAUUUUUAACAAUGUUGAAUCAAUGCCAUAAGGUGCUCGAUAGAUCUUGAUGCUAUAAGCAGAACCUCUCUCCCUUUCCAACUUUCCAGCUUAAUCUUAGACUUCGGUGGUUAAAACAGAAGAUGGAGAGCAAGAAUUCAGAUGGAGGGCUUGUUUCUUUCUUUCCAAAAGAUGUCGUCUAGUCUAAUUCUGGCAUUCAUGUUAGACAUGCUAUCAGUUAUAUAUAUUGGAGAGCCUUUUGCUGAUUCUCCCCCCCCCCCAUGUUUUGGUGACCACUGGGAAGUCUAAUGCUCAUUCAAAGUGACAAGGUGUUAAAAUAGAAAGUUGGCUGUGCCCUGGUCUUCUGAAAUAUAGACACUUUCUCUGCUAAUACAGUUGCUUGGUUUGUUGAGGAUCUCAGGCUGUUGUAUUCUUGAUUUCUACCAUGAUCUAAGUCAUUGGUCUUAAUUUCUUGUGUCAUGACCUGCAACUGGGUCACAAGCCAGUUCUAGGUUGACAUGCUCAAGAGAAUGAGAACAGAUUUAGGAAGGAGGAUAUAAUAUGUAAGUCCAACAAUUAAAAGUGAGUCCUGGGCCAUCAAGGUGACAUGUUAAGCUCCAAGUAGAUGCAACCCAGGCUUAAACUUGUAUUGCUGUUCAAGCUGCUAGCAUAUGCUUAAAAACCUCCCUAUCCCUGUGAAAUUUAAUUUAACAGCCGUUUAUUUCUCAGGGUGUCCAAGUUGGCAUGUUUGCUUAGGCUAUAAAGCAAUGUGAACAACCCAUACAUUCUGUGGCCAAAUUUUCACCCAGUGACACUGAGCAGAGCAAGGACAGCUGCCAACAAAAUGGCUCAAACAAGGCCUUUUAAGGCUCUGUGGUCCUCGGCCCAUUCACUCUGAAAUUUCAGUGCAUUCAGGAUGUCUAUUCAGUCUAUAAACCAUGAAACUUCCCCAGUGUUUCCUAUAGAAUCCUAGAUGAUUAGUUGUUUCACUUUGUUGUUCUGUUCUAUCUUUGCAUUUAUUUAUCACAAUUUUUUUGGCAUUUUUUAAUUAUCUGCUCCAAAGGCCUCAGGUUAUCUUAUUAUCUUAUUAUAAUCAAACAGAAGCCCUACAGGGUAGAUGAUAGGAAGGGGUAGUCUGAGCAAGACUUUGGACAUAGGUCUCCCUAGAUAUGACCAAUCAUUAUUUUUAUAGAUUUAUUAUGUUUCCAUACCACGUUUUCCUCCAAUGAGUUCAAGAUGGUGUACAUGGUUCUCCCUUCUCUAUAUUAUCCUUGCAACAACCCUGUGAAGUAGAUUAGGUUGAGAGGCAGUGACUGGCCCAAGGUCAUCCAGUGAGCUCACACACAACAUUCUCCAUGGAUCUGGUCCAGUUCCAAGAAUUAUUAGUCUAACUCUAUUGCCUAAGCAAUUCUGAAAGAAUUUAAGUCCAUAAUCUGACACCAAUUUUAAAAUAAAGGAAACUCAAUGGGGAAAAUCCAAGCGUUCUGGUUUCACAACUAUUCCUGUAAAAGGAUAUGCUGUUGAGUGGCAUGUGGUGGUUGAUUUUCUAAUUUUUGCACAUUGCUGAGGUCUAAAGACGUGAUGAAUUUGGCUUGUCUUCCUCAAAAUGUUAACUAACAGCUUUUAAUUAGUCUUUGAAUCUAUGGAUCCAAGAGCCAAAGUAAUAAAUUAUGUGGCCUGCUCAGAACAUUUCUUCAACAAGCUUGAGCCUUAAUUUAAUGAGAACACCCUCUUCUAUUUUUCAUCCUCCUCUUUCUUAAGCCAGUGCAUUUUGCCCAAAUGAUGGAUUAAGGAUACAAUAAAGAUUUUACAGUUGUGUUUUAUGGGCAGAACUGGACAUUACAACAAACACAAAUGUGUUGCUAGGGGUGGAGAAGAAUGUUUGAUGCUAUUCCAUUCAUUUGCCAUUUCUAUUUCAUAGUGUUCAUUUUGAAAUUAAUGAAUCUCGAACUCCCCAUUUAGUUAAGUUUAGCUUAUUAUUUGGUCUGAAAUGAAUGACCACCACAUGGAGUGCCAAUCUUACUAUCUUCCUAGUGAGGUCUAGUUUUAACAGCAACCAAAGAUAUGAGGUGGGGCGAAGAAACUGUGUUGUGUUAGAUGUUGCAGUGGAGGAAAGAGACAUGGAGCAAGAUGGUAAUGUCUAGUUCUAUGUUAUGCUUAGGGGCACAAAAAUAUCAGUAGUAGAACAUGUUUGGACCCUGGGUGAGAACCCAGAGGCUAAGAGUGGAGUGUACCAGAAGGAAAAUGAAUUUCUAUUGGUUUAUAUAUAUAUAUAGUAACUUUGUAUUAAUGUAACAUUUUUAUAUGUAACUGUGUAUUUUUGUAAUAUGCAGUUGCCUGUUGUUGCUUCUUUAUUGCACACCACUUAGAGAUAUUUUAAUAUAUUAAGCAGCAUAGAAAUUAAAGAACCAUAAUCAAAUUUUAAAAAUAACAUAAAUCCAGCAAGAAGAAUGAAAAACAGCUUUGGGUCUUCCUCCUUCCCCCCAAAAAGCUCAACAACUUUGGUCAAUCCAAUGGGUAGAUCACUGCCAGUGUUUUUAUAAUGGGAGUAGAUUGCAGUCUCUUGGGAGUUUUACAUCCCUUACCUAGCCCAAUCCCUGCAAUGCAGGAAUCUCAUGACAGACAGUCGUCCAACCUCUACUUUAAAACUUCCAGGGAAGAAGAGUGCACCACCUCUUGUGGGAAUCUGUUUCACUGUCAAUCAGCUCUUACUGUCUGAAAGUUCUUCCUGAAGUUUAGUUGGAACCUUCCUUCUUGCAACUUGUAUCCAUUGAUUCAGGCCCUAGCCUCCAGAGCAGGAGAAAACAAGCUUGCUCCAUCUUCUAUGACAGCCCUUCAGAUAUUUGAAGAUGGCUAUCCUAUCUCCUCUUGCAAAAUGAAGUUUCAGCACACACAUACACCUCUCUCCCCACCAUAUUGUUUUAAUUCACAGUGAUCCUAAAUACAUUUGCCUAUACAAUAUGGCAAAGUAAGUGUCACCAAUUGUUGCAUAACUCAUGUGAUGUUUCAUCCUUGGGCUCCAGCUUUAUAUUCAAAUUGUGAUCGAACAGCCAAAGGUUCAUUGCAGAGUGGUGGCCUUGAUUCAAAGUAGACUCUUGUUCCAGGUGAACAUCUUUUCUAUUGCAGUCUAGCUAUUGACACAAGUAUCAAUCACAACAUUUCAGCUAGGCUAUGAACUGGAUCAACUUUUUGUUUUUACUAAAUUUCCCUAAACUUCACUUUUUGGUGACUUUGCAUAUGCUGCACUUCUCAGUGAUUGAGGUCAUGGCAUCAUGAAAUCUACUUCCCUAUCUCCUGGUUCAAAUCUACUGCUGAAAGUAACAUAUCCAUUUUUUCUUAAGAAUAGUGGUUCCACAAUAAUUCCAAAUCAUUGUAGAUAUGUGCACAUUCAUCUUUUAAUGUUAUGCCUCCCCCAUCAAAGCCCCUAGAUAACAAAGACAUACAACAGGGGCAAUUCUUUGCCAGUCAUAAUUCUCCCUGUUGCAUGAAAAGCUACAUGUACUCUUUUUUAUUUUAUACUCCUAACACCAGUCAGCUGGGUCCGAUUUCCAAAGCUUGGAAACUGUUUCAUGUCAAGAUGACAAUGGAAAACAUGAUAUAACCCUUCAAAUAACAGUCAUUUUGUAGAUUUAGUUUGGGAGUGCUUCAACCACUGGGUUUUUUUGGCUGGGUUUCAUGAAACACAGCAAAAGAGAUUCCUUUCCUAUUAGCUAACAAACCACUUCCAUUUUCCAAGAUUUCAUGUUGAAUGAGCACUGCAUUAUUUUUUAAAGUAUUUUAAAAAAAAUGUAAGUGAAGAAGAAAGAAUAUGCAGUGUCCUUUAGACAUGCCUACUUCUUCUUCUUAGUUACAUAAAAUAUAUACAUGAAUGCCUGUCAGCUUGGGGGAGGUGGGCAGAGCAAGGGAUCAUGUUCCAAAACUUACCUCUUAUCAUUCAGCUGAAUUGCUACACCCCUUUGAUAACAUAUUCUUCAGGUACUACAACUUAAUGUUUAUUUUGCUAGCAACCUUUGUACAAAAUGGUUUGUGCCCAGAGGGUUGACGGCACAGGCCUGCACAAGCUGCAAGUCACCAAACUAAUCUAGCAUAAUGGAUGCAGUGAGGCUUUGAUGGAAAUUCAAAUACACGGCCUCAAGCACAUCCUUUUAUGCAGCUUGGUUCUUGCAGGGCUGGACCACCCCCACCUUUGAACAUUUGAGUAGUUUCUGAAUCAGAAGGCUGAGUACAAAUGAUCUUCCUCCUAUCUCCCAUUACAAUGCAACUGAUACAUAGGGUUGCCAUAUUUCAAACAGUGUUGAGCUAUUUUUGUGGAAAUACGGUAAAAACGACACUGCCGACAUGCUGCCAUAUGUCUGGAUUUUCCCAGAUAUUUGUCCGAUUUCUGCCCGGACACUGCUGCCGACUGGUGUAUAUUGUAUAUGUCCGGGGAAAUCCUGAUGUAUGGCAACCCUACCCAUGUAACCUGUUUCCUUACCAAGUCAUAACUGUGUUGCCAAUAAUGGGAGUCAGUAGAACAAGAUGUUGUUGUUGAUGAUGAUGAUGAUGAUGAUUUUCCUAGUGAUCAAAACCCAAAGGAAUGAUCACUUAAAAAUACCAUAGGUUGAACAAACACCAGAACUACCAAGCGAUACCAUGCAAGAGGAAAGACUAGUAUAGAAAUGUAUCUGGUUUUUAUUGUAGAGAGCUACAAUUUCCAGAGUUCCUGGGGAAGAGGGGUUAAACUAAUCUGGGAAUUAUAGCUCUGUGAGGAGAAUAGAGGCCUCCUAACAACUACCAGUACCCUUAAUCCUCCCAGGAUUCAUUGGGGAAGCCAUGACUGUUCAAAGUGGUUCUCACUGUUUUUUAAAUGUGGUCAAGAUGGGGGAUGGGUCUUUGUUGUGAGAACGCUCAUUCCCUAUGAACUUCUGUUCCUAUUUCUCAUGGGUUCACAGUUCACAGAAUGAGUUGUAGGCAGCCUCAUUUACAUUCCAGUUCUGUCAUCAAUACAGUCUUCACUCCAAACUAGAUGCCUAUUACAGAUGAGGGAAUUCCAAGGCAUGCAGGCCUUUGUGGACUUUGUACCACUGAACGACACAGCUAUGCCACAGAACAAGAGAGUUUCUGAGCUGCUGAUCAGUCCAGUCUCCAUUCUUGGGUGAAACACACAGGUUCCCAUGGCAAGUGGAGAUCAGGUAUCAAGAGAAAGCAAGCAAUCCCAAAUUAAUUUGCAUCCCUGUUUAUAUAAAGAGUGCCUAGUUUUUCAUAAUUCCUGUUUCCCAUCUAGAAACUGGUGUGUUGUGCCUAAGGAUGGUAGCUGAGCUGCGUAGCAGUUGGUUGUAGUUACAGAUAGUUGGGGGGACUGGACCAGCCAUUAUUUGUUUUCUCCUUCCCAGCAGGCCUCAAAGCACCUGAAAGGGCCUCAUUUGAAUAUCUGCUACAUCCUCCCAUGCGCCAUUUUACCAGAGGAAGACAUGGAUGACUUUCUUCUUUCUUCCCAUCCCACCCUUUGCAUUUUCAACCAUCUGGUCCAGUGUUUCCCAAACUUGGGCCUCCAGCCAUUUUUGCACUACAAUUCCCAUUAUCCUUGACUACUGGUCCUGCAAGCUAGGGAUGGUGGGAGUUGUACUCCAAAAACAGCUGGAGGCCCAAGUUUGGGAAACCCUGAUCUAGUCUGAUGAAAAAUUUGGGGGUACUCAUGACCCGGAAGCUGUACGCCGGCUCCCCCGGCCAAUAAAGCGAGAUGAGUGCCGCAACCCCAGAGUCGGUCAUGACUAGACCUAAUGGUCAGGGGUACCUUUACUAAGUGUCUGAUAGCUGAGCAAUCUCACCACCUGUCAAAGAUGGCCUGUGGGCUUAGGGAGAUGAGAUGGCAUACUCACCACUGGGAAACCCAGCAGAACUGAACUCCACACAUCAGAUUCUGUCAUUCAUUUUUUGUCAGCUGAUAAACAGGUGGCUAUGAUAUGAGUGAAAUGACCUCAUGAACCAAUUUGGGCACCCUGGUGGGCAAAGACUGGCCCAAAGCAACUUGUUCCCCAUCCCUGACAUAGCUGCAUCAAUGUAGAAGAAGUUUUGACUCAGAAGCCUUUCAAAUGGCCUCCAUUUGGUGGUUCUUCAAAAGAGAAAGAAAAAAACCAGGAUAAAGGUUCAGGUUGCAACAUAGUUUAAGACUAUCUCAAUCUUAAAAAUAUUAAGGUACCGCUAUAGCAGUUUGAUACAUUAUUUAUUUUUAAAGUAUCAGUCUGGGAUAAAGAAAAACUAUCUCCCAAUGCCAUGCAUGUUUAGCUUAGAAGACCAGGACAGAUGCAUAAAGAUAUUUCAGCAGAAAGCGCAUAAUGUAAUGUAUAUGAAGAGUUAUGUUUUAGUUGAUGUGCCCGAUAACAAAAAACUUCCAUGUAAUUUCAUUUUAUUUUGUAGUCAUUUAUUUUAGAUAGCGAGCUGGAUCGCUUUAAUGUACAUCAAAAUGAAUUACCUGAGCUAAAUUCUCCACUGACUUAUAAGCCUUGGAAUCAUCCAAGCCACUUAUAAAUUAGCUGAGAAUUAGUCUUCUGCCAGGGAUGAAAUAUUGCUGCAGUUUGAGACAGACCAGGAAUGCAUUUCUUUCCUAUCUGAAAUAUAAAUGUACUGCAAUAUAUAAAACCUUGACAUCUCUGGAGGAAAGUAAGGUAUCUCCAUAGAAGUCCUUUAAAAGCUCACUGCAUAGAAGAUGUAGCUCUUCGUCUUGGCAGGAGAAGAUCAUUUCCCCUACUUUUGAGAUUUUUCCCCAUGCUUUCUCAUGCUGAACGGGAAACCCAUUUGGCAAACUCAGACUUGAAGCAGCUCAUAUUUUCACUUGAGUAUAUUUGGGUUUCCAGGUCCUCAGAAGGAGAAAUAUGCAUCACAGGUUAAGAACAUAAAAACCAGAGCCUGUCUGCUGGACCAGACGAAAGUCAUCUAAUCCAGAACAUCCUGUUUCCAGUUGUCACCAGCCAGAUGCUAUCCCCCAAACCUUAACACACUGAGUGUGAAGGUCCGCAAGGAGAUUUUAACUGCCUGCAUCUGAACAUAGACAGAAUCCUCCCUUUGAUCAGGAAAUCGAAUUGCACAGGGCCAGGGCUAGUCUUGCACUGGGCAGAAUGAGGCAAUUGCCUCAGGCAGCAAAUAUUGGGAGGGGAGUGACAGUCCUCACUCCCUAGCUGGUUUUUUCUGAGUUCCCUAACCAUUCCUCUCUGUUGGAGAUCAAAACUAGGUGUCUGCUGUCCUCACAUGUGGGGCAGGAUGCUUUCCUUUGUUGCCAGGGUUCAAGCAAGAUUCCAGGUCCACUUGACUUCUGUACAUGCAAUGCCAGGGCAUGGUGGGGAAGAGAUCAUGUGCUUUGUGGUACAUAUUACUGCCAAAGGCAGCAGAAUGCCUUGGGCCAGCCCUCUACAGCUGUGGUUUUCAACCAGUGUGCCAUGGCACCCCGGGUUGACUUGAAUGAUGGUCAGGGGUGCCAUAGGCAACACUGGCCUCUGUCCCUUUUUCCUUCCCUCCCUCCACUGAUGUCCCCUCAUGUCUCUGCCUCCCAAAGGCUUGCACAGUUGUUUAUUGCAGCAGCCCUGGCUACAAGCUCCUCUUUGGGGCAGGGGCGGGGCAGUUCAGAGACCAGGGGCAGCAGCUACAGCUGCCCAGAGGACUCCCAAGGAGAGGGGAGAGGAGGCUGAGGGAACAAUCCACAAGGGUGGGUGUUCAAAAAAGGGUGAGAGGCUGGCAGCUCUGCAGGCAAGGGGUGAUACAACUGGGCUCCUGAGCCCCACAGGGGUGCUGCAGAAAAAAAUGUAGUUGAUCAAGGGAGCCUUGGACUCAAAAAGGUUGAAAACCUCUGCUCUAUAGAGUUCCUGGUUUGGGAGAGGAGCCUAACUGCAUUAUACUGAAUGCAGGCUUUCAUCUUCAGAACUUUGCAUGGAACACACAGAGUUUGGGAGAUCAGCCGGUAAAUGGGGACACUGGUGGAAGGACAUUUUGAGGUAAUGCACAUUCUUUUGAAGACCUUGCCAUGCGGAAUUCAAAAAUACGUGUUGCCUUUUUAAUUAUUCCCGAUCACUCCUAAGUGGUCCAUAAGAAAGGCUUGGCUUUCUUCAAGGUAAUCCAUAACACUGGUGUGGUUACAUAUAAGGCCUUUUGUAGAAUGCAAAAACAAAUAAAGAGAUCAUACCUUUGGAAAAAUGUUGAUUAAGCACUCCCAUUUUUACUUGCAUGUUUCAACUUUGGGGGCAUAUCUCUGCCUGCAUUUAUUCAUCCCUUUUGGCUAAUGGAUUGCUAUACCAAACAGCAAUUCAUUGACUGACUGAAGACAUUUAUAAAUCGCAUUUGUCAAUGAUUUCAGGGCAGGGUACAGUAAAGCCUCAUUUAAAUCAAAAGUGCCUCCGGUUUUUAUUCCUCUGGCUGUGCUAUAGUUUUUCUCAUUGUGUACAAGGCUGCUUUUUUGUGAUAGGUUACUGGCAACUUUUUUGUUGCUUAUCUCUAUCACACAAAGGUGACUAAUGGCAAGCUGUUACUCUAAUCUAAGGUAGAGACUGAUGGCAACCUUUCCAAAAUAGCUAUCCCAAAGAUACAAUGACCGUGGUCCAGAAUGGCAAGAUGGUACAAAUGUGGAAAUAAAUCAGCAUUCUAGCCAUCUUCAGGCAUUUGUUACCUGUGUGAAAGAAAUAUCUGAGGUGAGCCAUGGGGAUGAGCCUGAAGGGUCCACCACCACCACCCCAAUCACAUUUUCCUUGGCAGAUGACCCAAAGUCAGGGUCCUACUUUACUCAUUCAGCUCCCCCACCCCUCACAUUUUAGAAUCCAUAUUUUCCCAUGAUACUCAAACAUGCAGGAACCCUUCACAAGUGCAAGAGGCUCCUUGCUUCAAAAUGCUACCCUCCAACUCUGAAAACUGUAAGGGGGUGAAGCUCACAUGCUUCUCCCUGCGACCCCACCCCAGAGAGUUUCCUUAACCCAAAUUGUGGCUCCUUUAACUAGACUUCACUGUGGGAACAGACCAAUUACUCUGAGACAGUUUUCGGGCAAAUUAACAAUGAUGUUCAGCGAUUGGAAGCACAUGUUAUAAUCUUCUUGAUGCAAGAAGCCAAACAUGAUCGCCGUGUUGUAAUUCUUAAAUUCAUACAUGCAUGAGAAUGUUUACUUGAUUCCAUCAGGACUUAAUUACGGGUAAAUUAAUUUAAGAAUGGUGUCUUCGGUUGCAGUGUACAAACCAUUUGUUCUGGGAACGUCCCAGUCAAAGAAAAUGAUUGCUGUUUCGGAUUCUCAGGUCUCCUCGAAUUGGAGACUGCCCUUUUGUGCAUCUCACAAGCAUGUGGAGGGAAAUGGCUUCAUGAAAGCAUGCUGACCUACGUGAUUGCUGCAACAUUUGAAGUGGGUGAACUCACAUACCAGCGAGCUUCCGAUCACAUAGAGAGGUCCCUAAACUACCCCAAAAUGUGGAAUAGUUAACCAAUUCUCCUCCAAAUAUUGUUGAGCUGUACCUCCCAUCAACCCAGACUUUUGGCCAUGGUUUAAACACAGAAAAAGUUGUACGUAGGUCAGAGUAGAGCCUGCUUCAACACAGCCAUCCUUUCCACAUACAUAUUUAUGAAGAGCUGUGAGAACUGAAAGAGGUACUUGCAUUCUUCAGUGCCUUCUCUAAAGCCAUUGGUUUCAGAGGAGGUUAAUCACUCUUCAGUCCCACCGAAAUCAGUGGUGUUUGAAUUUGUUGCAAUGCAUUUGUUAAAUGCAAGACAUCUCUCUGGAUUACAGCCAAUUUAAAAUGCCAAUUAAAAAAAACACCAGGCUGUGUUUUUAUUCAGUAGAUUCCUGGGAUACAAAAUGAAUAGCAUUUAACCUACUUGCCCUGUUUAGAAGUUCACUGGAAGUAUAUGGUGGUGGGAGCAGAACUACACAAUCUAGCCUGAAGGUCCCCAUUCCUACUGGCUAUAGCUAUAGGUUAAGACUUUUGUAGUUGACCAGGAAGAUCUUGAGGGUUAAUCUUCUUGUGUCCUGCUGAAAUAUAUGCACAAUCCUUCACACUGCAUGAUUGAUGCUCCUCAUUGUGUGGAGGAUUCUCAGUGUGUUCAGCUGAGAAGCACAUUCCUCUUCUGCCCCUCCUACUCAAUAUGCAAAUGUUGGGGUGGAGUCAGGAAACAUAGCCCUGCCUGGAGGCACCAUGCCUGAACAGGGCUGAUGCAUUUGUAACAUCCCAUUAGUACAUGAAUUUUACUUGAGGUGCUAAAGCAGUGCUGGGGAGAAUGGUAGACUCAGCUGUUUCUCACUCUGAGGAAAAGCCAUUAGUUUUUGUUGGCUGAUUCAUGUUUUUAUAGUUGUUGAAUUUCCUCAUAUUGGGCAGCUACUGCUUUUGAAAGCCAGUGGUCCCAUAAGAGUCACUGAAUCUUCUGAUGUGUUGACCCAUUUCCUAAGACUCCCCCCAAAGUGCCACAUGAUCAACUCAGCCCAUAUGGUCUCAGUCACAUAAAUGCCUCUGCAGCAUGGGUCCUCAUCACAUUGAUGCUGCUUACAGUAUGCUGGGCAUCUCAUUACAAGGCCAUGUAGCUUGUUAGGUCUGAUCUCUCUCUCUCUCUCUCUCUCUCUCACACACACACACACACACACACACACGCACAAACACACAACCUUUCCCACAGCCUGCUUAGCAAGCCUGCCAUUGGUCUGUUCCUUGCUUACCUCACUAAAUCACCAUGUAUCUUUUGUCUAUCCUCAACCUAUUUCUGGUCUUCAGCCAGAAUGCAAAUCACCAUGGAAUGGAAGAGAAGGUACUCCCAUCUGCUGAUGCAAGUAUACCUGAGAGAAGUCUAAGGGCCUCUUCACUGGUGUUGAUGAUGAGUAGGAGCUCCUCCUUAUGCUCAACUUCCUUUCACACAAAAGAAACAAUUCAUUCCUUAUAGUGUCACCAGCAGCAUGAAAUCCAUCCCUGUCCAACUUUUUGUAAGUGCUAAUUGCUUAAUUUGCCUUCACUGGCCUGGAACUGGGGAAUUCAGGAGAUGAGAGACGGAGAGGGGGAACAUAAUUUUGUGAGCAACCUAGUAGAAAAUUGAUGUCACUCAUGUUCAGUCUAAAUCAUAAAUCAAGUGCUGAGGCGCAUGGCAAAGGAGCCUUGUUGAACACAUGUAUCUGAAUUUCAACCUGCGUGCUGUACAACGCAAGCUUUUCUUGUAUGGGCAGUCAUGUCAACUUUUGCAGCUUAGGGAUCAGAGACAUUGCAUGUAGGAAGAAAAGCCUCGUGUAAAAUAACAAAACGUACUAUAGAGUCAAGAUAACAACAUGGUAAAACAGGCAGCGGUAAAAACAAUGCUUAUGUCCCAAAGUCCUAGCAAAAUAAAGUUUUAGAAACUUCUUAAUUGGGCAUCAAUACAGGCAAAAUGGGAUAAAUUCUGGUGGCCUUGAAUCACCAUUCAGCUAGCUAUGGGCAUUGGUGAAGAAACACCAUUGGUGGUUGCACAAGCUCAUGGAUUAAGUCAGGCUUCCCCAACCUUCAGCUCUCCAGAUGUUUUGGACUACAAUUCCCAUCAUCCCUGACCACUGGUAGGCUAGGGAUCAUGGGAGUUGUAGGCCCAAACAUCUGGAGGGCCGCAGGUUGGGGAUGCCUGGAUUAAGUCCAUAUUCUGAUGUCAUGUAAACAUAGCAGGAUGCAGUGAUUCUCUUGGUAUUUGGGCAUUAUAUUUGUAGUUGUCACUUGUUAUUAUGAAUCAGUCAAUUCUGUUUCAAAAAAUUGGCCUGUUUCCAAGGUCUGAGGAUAUUGGGCAAAGAGAAAAUAAUGUACAAUUUAAUCCAAUCUAACAUUUCCUGCCCAAGGAAAUGUCAUUUUGCACAUUUUCUUCUCAUUUCUCAUUGCAGUGGUGCACCAUGAGCUUGAGAAAGAAAGAAAAAUAGCAUGUCUUCAAUUUGCAAUCCCACCAAUCAAAAUUGCUCAUAUCCAUUAAUUUAAAAUAGCUAGUUACAGGUAGGUAACUCUGUUGGUCUGCCGUAGUCGAAACAAAAUUUUAAAAAUUCCUUCCAGUAGCACCUUUGAGACCCACUAAAUUUGUUAUUGGUAUGAGCUUUCGUGUGCAUGCACACUUCUUCAGAUAGAAUUUUUUUAUUUUAAAAAAGCUAGUUUUAGUUGAUGAAUCUACUAAUACAGCCAGUGAAAGAAAGCAACCCAACUGGUAUGUGCUGAUCCAAAAUCAAGCAACUGAUGAUCAAGUGAGCCAACUGGAGUGACAAAUUAUAGAUCCGAUUAAAUGAUACAUUACUUUCACUUUGCACCAUAUCCUCCAAUAGGGACCUUUGUUGAAGUUUUGGAAAUUUCUUUGCCACUAAAGAACCGAAGCGGUCCCAAACAUUUACAUAUUUACAUCUUCAGUAUAGGCAUAAGAUUGUGUUUCAUGAUGUUGUGAUGGCAGAGAAGUAUCCUAAGAUAGGAGUCAGCAACUAGAGGGAGAUUGGUGUGUGCCAAUCCAGAGGCCAAAGAAGGGCAUAAGAACAGUGUAAUGUGGCCAGAGUGAACCAACAGUCUCAAAGGUGGGUUGGAGAAGACUUUUGGCUGCCACCCUAAACUCCCUGCCCCGCCCUAGCAAAACUAGUUGAUAUAAGUUCUUGCUUGGUGUUUCAUCUGUUCCUCAAUCAGGCUAUUUAAGCUGCCAAAUACACAGUUUAAAAUUCAGUAUACAGUAGAUUAAAUGCAUAAUAUGGUAAUAAUCAUUAUCAUGCCACCAUUUGUGAUUUUUUACUUCACUAAUUAUGCUAUUUAUUAUAAACUAAAGCAAUAAUCCAUCGGGGGAGCGAGGGAGGGAGAAUUCUAUAAAACAUCUGGAUGAAUUUAAGUGCUGACUGUUCCCUCAAAUGAUACCAGAGGCGUUACACAUGAUUGUGUGCAUCUGUACAAAAAGAGAACAUUGUAUUUUUUACUCUUCUUGGCAUAUAAGCCCCGGAGGAGUGGUGUAGGGAGUAGUGAGAAAAUGUUUGGGGGCAUGUGUCCAAAACUCCAUGCAUUGUGUAGGUGUUGGGAUUUUGGACUUGUUUGCUUGCGAAUCCUUUUUUUUCUCCCCAUCCCACUCCAUAAAGAUAUUCAUACACAUAGUGUUCUGGUGCAAUGGAACAAUUAAGAGACAUAGCACUGCAAGUCAAUAAUUAUGUAUAUAGGGUUUGUUUUUCUUACAUAAGGAUUACCUAAUCAUAGCAACUGAUGGCUGUGAGGCAUUCCUGCUGCAUCAUAAAUACAGGUUAUAAAAUGGAUUUUUCCCAUUGAUGCACCAUUUAUUGAAAGAGGAGGAAAGGGUAUGGGAAAGAAAAUAAUGCAUAACAUAAACAGAUUCCAUAAUUAUCUCUAGGGCAAAAUGAGUUAGAAAUCACUACAAAUGACCACUGCAAGAUUAUUGGGAAAUCUCUGCAGUUGCUCCAGCAGGCUCACCGAUGAAAUUAUUUGCUGUAAACAAAAAUAUUUCUUACAUCAGAGUAGGAAUCCCAGCUCUACUGUAGACAUGGUGUUUUUCAGCUGCAAGCAAGUGGUUGUUUUAAAGAGAGUUCAAUUAUGAUCUGUUUCUUUCAGCUCCCUAUUCUGGCCAGCCAGGUGUUGUUGUUUUUAAGUGCUAUGCAAAGCCUUCGAGACCUGUUUGCUCAGAUGCUAUAGUGACCAGGAAAAGAAACAGGCAGCAACACCAUGACCAACAAUAGUUCUCUAAUUUCAACCCUCUGCAGCAGCAGUUUCCAACCUGGUGCCCUUUGGAUGCUUUGGGCUACAACGCCCAUCAUCCCUAACCAGUGCAGCCAUGUUGACUGAGGCUGAUGGGUGCUGUAGUCCAGAAUAUCUGGAGGGCACCAGCUUGGCCAAGGCUGCUCUGGAAAGGAACUUAAAAGCUUGUAUUAUAUUCUCCCAGUUAACACUGGUUCAAUGGGAGCAGCUUGGGUGGUGCAUCUUGUUAUUACUGUUCUUUAGAGCCCCGGUACUACUGGUUCUGCAAAGGGCAUUUCCUUACACAGAGCCCCAGGUGAACCCUACAUUGUAUUUGUGGCUCUAAUGCAAAUUAGCUCACCUAGUCACUUCAGCUGUGGGGAAAAGCUGAGCGCACACUCCAUACCUUCCAACAUAACGCGACCCAAAUCUAUGGCACCAUCUUUCAGGUCUGCACUACUGUGCAAGUCACAGGACCAGUGUUGGAUUUAUGUAUAAGCUAAACAAGUUAUAGCUUAGGGCCCACUCUCUUGCAGGGGGCCCCAAAAUAUUCUUCUUCUUAAUUGUAUUUCAAUAUUAAUAUACUUCUUCUUAAUUGUAUUUCAGUUCAACAAUUACUUUGAUAAAAUACAUAUUUUGUUAUGUGCAAAUGGCUUGAGAUAAAUUAGGGUUGGUCCAUAAAUUACCAUAUAGCAUAUAUUCAACACACAAAAAACAGCAACAAUUUGUUGUUGACAAAGGACAGCUGGACAUAGAAAGGACCCCAUUACCUUCAGUAGCUUAGGGUCUCAUCAAACCUAAAUCUGGCCCUGCACAGGACCCAUGCGAGAUCUCGAGUCUGCCCCCAAACAGGGUUUUUUUCAGACACAGUGCCCCAAAAUGUGCAUUUGGGGGCACCAUGCCUCCCAAAAGUACAGCCUGAGAGCACACGAGAGGCCACUGUCCUCUUGCAAGAAAAAAUAGGGUGCCCUGUGUGUAUUUUCCCCCUGUUUUUUCCAGGGCAGUGGAUGGGUAUGACACUGCCUCAGGCAUGUCUCUUUUUGUUCUCCACUUGGAUGAAUGAGGGAGCUGUUAUAAUGGGGAAGAAAUUAGGGAUUCUAGUGAUUUUAGUGAGGUCAUAUCCAAGACCUCACCCUAAGCUAUUGCUGGAUCAGGCUGAAAAGCCUGCAGAAUUCUCUCCACAUUCUAGCUUUGUUAAAAUAUUCUUCUGCCUAUGUCUUUGCAAGGGGGAAACACCCCACAUGAGUAUAAAGACUAGCAUAAUCCACAGAAGGACAAAAAGACUCCUUUCAUGCAUGCUCUUGUGUUAUAUUCACAUCUAAUUAUAAGUCUUAUGAGCACAUUUUUUCCACUCGCCCGCACUCAGCACUUAUCUAAUUGCCCAAACUGAAAACACUCUGCAGUUUGGCUCAGCGAUCCAAUGAGUUCAUUUUGAGACUAUGCUUUGCUUGUAUUACGAUUCUCGGGAUGGAAUGAACAUCUUAACUUUUCUUGUAAACAUUGCCAUAAUAACAGGCACUGGAUUCUUUGGCACCCCACUCCAAGGGAAAAUAGAUUUUGAUGGCCUUCAUUUGUGUUGGGUAAAUGAAAAGGGAUAUUGUUCCGAUUCUCCCCAUCAAAUGUCUUUCAAGGUGCAGGUGGGAAUCCACCCAAAUUCAUGGACAGGUUUUGUGUUGCUGUUUGUAAAUCCCAUUUCUGUGCCCAUCGCCCCUUCACAUGCAUGCAAAUCUGUGUUCGCCUCUUCACACAAGUCAUGCAAACGUCACCCUUCUUCAUUCAUUGACUCACACACAUGACCACAUGUGCAUUCUAGAAUAUGCAUGUAUGUAUUAUAUACAUAGGGACGUGGGUGGCGCUGUGGGUUAAACCACAGAGCCUAGGACUUGCCGAUCAGAAGGUCAGCGGUUCGAAUCCCCAUGAUGGGGUGAGCUCCCAUUGCUCGGUCCCUGCUCCUGCCAACCUAGCAGUUCGAAAGCACCUCAAAGUGCAAGUAGAUAAAUAGGUACCGCUCCGGCGGGAAGGUAAAUGGCAUUUCCGUGUGCUGCUCUGGUCUGCCAGAAGCGGCUUAGUCAUGCUGGCCACAUGACCUGGAAGCUGUACGCCAGCUCCCUCGGCCAAUAAAGCGAGAUGAGCGCCGCAACCCCAGAGUCGUCUGCGACUGGACCUAAUGGUCAGGGGUCCCUUUACCUUUACCUAUUAUAUACAUAACCUGCCUAUUAAUGGCAGAGGCAGCACAAAUCCUUUUCAGGUUAAACAUGGUGUCUGUGGGUGCAAACGUUUCAUUAUCUCCUCCCUUCACCCUAAACAUAGAGGAAGACACAAAUAGCCUCAAAUGUCUAUAAGUGACCAAAGUAAGCAAGCUAGGCUGUGCCCAAUAGGUUAGGAAAACAAACUCACCUGACAACAAUUAGCACAAGAAACAUCCUUGCUGACCUCCAGGAAGAUCUCCAUCACUGGCACUCCAACCCCAGCAUAACAGAACAAUCCUAACCUGCAGAUCCACUGGCUGGUGGCAGUUCGGAAGGAGUGAAGGUGCCUGGGACUGGGAGGAGGAAGAGUAAGACAGUUUAGAAUUACAACAGGGGGUUGAGGAUGGUCACAGCUCAGAGGCAGAUGAGGGGAAAAGUUGGGAAAUAAUGGGAGAGGAGGAUGCACUGGAGGGGGGUAACAGCUGACAGACACGGUGUCUUUAAAAGCAUUCCAAGCCCCACCCCCAUCUCCCAGAACCCAGCAAGCCUUAAAAGUAGGAGAGCAAAGAGCUCAAAGACAGAAGGCACGUAGUAGCACCCGUAGAAGUGAUGAAUGAGGAAGUGGGAGAGACAGGGGGUGGAGAUUAACUCUGGACAACGCCAUUAUCCAAUAGGCUGGGUUCUAAAGCCUCUCUCUGUAAAUACUGAAUAAAAAGCAGAUGGUAAGAAACAUUUCCUUGUCUUUGUACAUUCUUGGGCAACCGGCCAUGGGAGUCGCUGGCAGCAGCCUGACACCCCUGGUGCAGGACCGCUUCAUCGGCAGUGGGCAUGUCUGCCACAAUGCCUGUAAAUAGCUCCCCAGGUGUAGAGCUACUGUUGGUGGUUCCUUUACCAGCCCAAAGUAGGCCCCGAGGUGGGACAGUCUAAGCUGGGACAGGACAGGAAGGAGGCCAAGGAUCCUGGAGAAGUAAAGGGAAGAUAAAUAAAGAGAAUAUAUGUGCAGGGGAGAGGAAGGAAGUCAAUGUUUAUCUGGAAACCUAUUCCCAGAUAAGUCAAGAAGCCACAUCUGCCACCUGGCCAGGAAGUACAAGCCAGGGCUUCAGAUGUAGCAGAAAAGCUGCCUUUUCACAUACCUCCCCCCACUUAGGAUUUCACUGAAAGACAUUAGCCACUGUACUCACUGCUUUCUUUUGAACAGAUAUACAGUACUUGUUCUCACUCAUCAACUACAAGCUAGGGAACAGUGAUUGCUCUGACUAAUGCAAUAUCAGGUGUUUUAUCCUUUGCUCUGAAAUAGAGAAAGAAACCACCAUUCCUUUGGCCAUUCUCCCAUAGGUGCAGUGAAACCCAUUAUAUUGACGCACACUGCAUAUGAAAAGUUCUAUGUAAUUUUCCAUCAACCCUGACUAGUUAAACUAGAAGCAGCUGCCGGACAUGGCAGUCUUGCGCAUAAGACUGGUGGGUAGGAAGAGGAGGAGAUACUUACUCAUUUCCCUGUAGGACCUCUUUUCUUCAAAAUCACCCCACCCCACUCCAGAUGGUUUCUCAGCACCCACAUAAUUUCCACUGCAGGGUUGAAAGCAGAAGGGAGGGGCCUAAUUUUGAAUGGUAAAGGUAAAGGACCCCUGGACGGUUUAGUCCAGUCAAAGGUAACUAUGGGGUGCGUCGCUUAUCUUGCUUUCAGGCCGAGGAAGCUGGCGUUUGUCCACAGACAGCUUUCAGGGUCAUGUGGCCAGCAUGACUAAACCGCUUCUGGCACAACGGAAGACCGUGACGGAAGCCAGAGCGCACAGAAACUCUGUUUACCUUCCUGCUGCAGUGGUACCUAUUUAUCUAUUUGUGCUGGUGUGCUUUCAAACUGUUAGGUUGGCAGAAGCUGGGACAGAGCAACGGGAGCUCACCCCGCUGAGUGAAUUUGAACCACUGACCUUCUGAUUGGCAAGCCCAAGAGGCUCAGUGGUUUAGACAACCCAUGUCCCCCAAUUUUGAAUGGAGAAUCAACUGGCAGGAAACCAAUCAAGUUUCUCCUCCUUGAUCGAUGCUAAAGACUCUCGCACAGCCCUUCCCAGCCUGAUCUUCUCCAGAUGUUUUGGACUAUGACUGCCAACUGUCCUGCUGCCUCAGGUGCAGUAUGGGGGUUGCUACCCCAUCAUCAGUACUGAAGUCAACUUAUGUAUGUGGUAUGGGCAAGGGUGCCAUCUCAUCCUUUGCCCGAGCUAGCAAAAUAGACUGAGGAGACCCAGAAUCAAAUUUCAGUCAUGAAGCUCAUUUGAUGACCUUAGACCAGUCAUCUCUCAACCUAAUCUACUUCACCGAAUUGUAAGGAAGAAAUGGACCAAACCCAAGUAUGCCAUCCAAAGGUUCUUGAAGGAAAGGGAAAAUGCAACCAUUUUUUUACAGUGCAGUCCUAUAGAUACCUCCUUUUGUGAGGUUUAUUCCCAGAUAAGCUUGUUUAGGAUUACAGCCUUAAUGACACAAUGGCCCAAUUCCCAUUGGCCUUGCUUAACUGCUAUGUUACAGCAAUACCUUUUCCUUCUCAAACUUGCUAAAUGUUGUGCUGCCUGAUACAUUCUUUCUGCACUAAAUGGUGAAAUGAAACAUGGAUUUUGAAAAAGCAAUCACCAUUUUGGCCCCUUCCUCAUUAUAUCAGCCCGUUCUGUUUCUUUAGUGGUAUACAUGGAAAUGUUGGCACUGUUUCAAAACUCUCUUGUUGGGCAGGAAGGUUUCCCUCUGUUUUGAUUUCUCUUUGCUUCAACUCAAGGAAAGCAAACACAUUGAUAGAGAUAACCAGUAUUAAGAUGUGAACGUUUAGGAAAAUGCAGUUUUAAUCUGCUACAUAAAUUUUCCAAUACUGGAAGAAGAAGAAAUCUCUUUCUCUGAAAUGUUUUCCAGAUGUCUAACAACUUGUAAUUUAUAUAAACAAUUUCUGGCAAGCCUUCUCAAUAAUUACUCAAAAAGUAAACUUGUAUACAACUCUAACGAAUGAUGCAUUGUAUGUUGAAAACAAGCUUUUGUAUUUUAUAAAGUCUUAAGGGCCAAACCCCCGUGUACAGUGCACUGGAAUAAAUAGAUUUCUUCCAGAUAAAUAUGCCAAAUUCUGUUUUGGAUCGUGGCCAGUAUCUUGGAUUGCAACCAGCAUUCAUCCUCCCCUCCUUCCCCAUCUGCUCAUUAUGUUCUGAAUCAUAAUAACCAUGGGAGCGACAUGAAAUUCACAGGGAUAAGCAAUUGGCUAACUGUUCCUCAAUCUUGGGUUCCCAGAUGUUGUUGGACUACAACUCCCAUCAUCCCCAGACAGAUUAGCCAAUGAUCAGGGAUGGUGGGAGUUGCUACUCCAACAACAUCUGAGGUCCCAAGGUUAAAAAUCACUGCCCCCAUGCCAUGUUUUCUGGAUUAGCAAUCCGGCCACAAUGCAAAAGGAAGUCCUUGUGCGAUCAGGAAAGUUUGCAGGGUCCCAAUCCCACAUUUGUGAAAUUUCUUUGCUUAUUACUCCACUGGCGGUAGGUUGCCUUGUCUCCUGACAGAAUCUCUCUUCCCUCUUGAUCAUGGCAUGUAGUCAUUUAUUAGAGCAGGAGUAGCCAACACAAUACUCUUCUGAAGUUUUUGGUCUGUAGUUUCCAUCAACCCUGCUCAUUGGCCACACUGAGUGGUGCUGAUGAUGAAAGCUGGAGUUCAGCAACAUAGUGAGGACAUCACAAUGGCUACCUGUAGGCUUGCUGUCACCUAAAUGUAAAGGCAGGGGGUACCCCCUGCUACGGGGUAAAUUGGAAGCCAUUAAAAAAAAUCCUCAUAGCCUCAACUACAACUGCGCCAAAAGUCUGCCCAAUCAGUGAAUUUGUUCUUUUCUUUUAGCCCCAAGUCUGGAAACAGACAUUUCAACUUGUAGUAUCAACUUCCCAUUAUGUCUACAUAUUCUUUGCCAGUACUGGCAGUUUUGUAGAGUGUUUUUCACUUUUUUUAUUUUUUUAAAAAAGGAAAUCUUCAUAGCCAAUGUGCAGGGCAUUAUGUCAUCGUGAGCUGACAGAGAGAGCUACAUCUUAACCUAGCAGGAGUUUUGUGAACUGGCAAAUCAACCCAGAUGGAAGGUUCUCCUGGAAAAAUGUAUUUAAUACGUUCAUCCUGCCAAAAGCCACAGAGAUUUGUAGUGCGGCACUUCCAGUUUAGUUCUUAACUGAUCUAGCAAUAUCCAGAAAGUUAGAAAGAAGGCUGAAAGUCAUUAUAAACAGAUGUUUGGGUAACAUUGCCUUCUGUCAGGGCAAUUCUGCCACCUACUGUAUAUGAAGAGAAUGACAAGGUUCCUAGAUUAGACCAUUCAGCGAAGAGUCGAGGAGACAAUUUCCUGUUCAAUAAUAGCAUUUUUAUUUAAAAUCGUGUUCUUUUUAAUGGCUUUCGUUGGCAGAAACAGCCACUUUUCUAAAUCUGAUGCCUUCUUAUUCUAGCAAUUUGUUGCAGGCAAGGUAGUUCCAUAGUUUCCCCAUUAUUUUUUGCUGAAGAUAAUAGCUCUUUGGGACAUAAUGAGACAGCAAAGCCAUUUUAUGUUCCUUCUCUCACUAUUCUAAUAAUUUACAAUGCAAUUCUCCGCAUCUCCAUUUACUUCUAAGACCCAUUGUCUUCAGGGUCACUUACUCCCAAUCAGUGCCUAUAGGAUUAAAUUACAUUUGCUUUAAUUUCCUUAUUGCAAUGGAUUUUUUGUUAGCUUUAGUCUGGCAGUAACCUGGGGGCACUUUGGGGGUGGGGCCCAAAAGCUGGGGUUCCAUAGGAUUCCCCCCCCCCCCCAGUUAUGUGUGCCUGGGACUUAAAAUAGUUCAUAUGCAUUCUCCUAACAGUCCUUCUCUCACCACCACCAUCAUUUCAUUCCCAUUUGUUUAGGGGAAAUGGAGGUAACGAAAUGGAAUUAUUGGGUUUCAUUGCUUCACAUUCCAUAGAUGGACUGGCUUCCUUAGUCCAUAGAAAGCUUUUGAUACAGUGGAGUGACCAAGGGGAGUGGCAACUUUUGCUGAUUCUCUCCUGCCACUGCAACCCCAGUACAGUGGCCAAGCUGCAUGCUCCGCUACUGGGGGCGGAGAGCAGGAGGGGGGGUGACUGGUGUCCCCGGCGGGCGUGACGUGCACCCGGGGGGCAUGGCGCGCAUCCCAGGGGCAUGGUAUGUCGCCCACGAGGGCAUGACACGCCACCCACAGGGGCGUGGCACACGUUCUGGAGGCAUGGUGUGCCGCCUGUGGGGGCAUGGUGCCCUGCACGCGAGAGGGUCCACAGCGCAUGUCGGGGGGCGCCAUGAUGGCACCCUACUGGAAUAGUGGUGCAGGGGAUGGUCUGCUCUCUCCGCACCACCGUUCCUCCCCCAGUGCCCCAGUACCCCUCCCACAUUGUUCUGGGGGGCGCCCUCCAACUUUCCAGAACAGUGUGGGAGGUAGUACUGGGGACUGAAUGGGGGAAGAGGAGUUGACAAAAGCUGCCUCCCCCACUGAAAUAUAUUCAGAGUUGAGAGUGGAUUUCAUGCUCUUUAUCAGCUCAUAGUGGUGAGGAGGAAUGGAAGUUCCCCCACAAUAUCUGCUUUAUAUACAUUAUUUACACAAUGGGCUGCAGGUGAUUGGCUAAUUCCGAGAUUCUCCUGUAGGCCAAUCAGGUUGUGGAUUCACUUCCACCUGGAGCUGGAUUGGGUGGCUCCUGCGGACCUAUCAGACUGCUGCAUUGUUCUAGGACCAAUCAGACUGCUGCAUUCUGAAUCCUAUUGUUCUAGGACCAAUCAGGCUGCUGCAAUCUGAAUCCUAUGGUUCUAGAACCAAUCAGACUGCUGCAUUUUGUAUCCUAUUGUUCUAGGACCAAUCAGACUGCUGCAUUUUGGAUCCUAUUCAACUCAGUACAUAACACCCACAUGCCACCAGCUGGAGGGAGGGAAGCCAGAAUGCAACCCAUGCAUUUGUCCACUUAAAUUCACUUUGGGCUGAGAUUUGUUCCAGAGACCUACCAGCUCCAAUUAGUCCAUUGUUCUGUCUACUGGGUGACACUGAGUCUUGAACUGUACUGGGAACUUUGACAGGAAGGAAGGCCUCUUGUUCCCUGCAGGAAUUGUCAUAAAACGGUGUGGUUAGUUUGAAAGGCCACAAGAUGCGUUGUAACGGGAAGGAUAUAUGACCUUUUGUUUAAUGCUACUAACAUUAUAAACAAAACACGAUGCAUAGGUUUCAAGUAAUCUUUUUAUAUUAAUCAGGCUUAAAGAAAGGAUUUUGCUUAAUGAAUAUAACUCUUCAGCGAGCUUUGAUAUUCCUUUCCCCCCUCCUAUUUCAGGACUCAAUGCAUUUUAUUUCUGAACAUCCACGUUUGGCUUGUUUCUUUCAUUUCUGCCUUUUACGACUGCUGUGAUGCAUGGGAAAAUUCGCGGGGGAAUGCUUGGAUUCAAGGGGUAUAGCCAAAGUUUUUCCAGAUUUGCAGAUGAUUGCUGGGGUCAUAACAGUACAAAUAAGAAUAAAAGAAUAAUAAUGUUGGAACCUUCAUCCAUGCAUGCAUAUGAGCCCGAAUUCAUGUUUUACCAGAAUUCCGUGUGUGUAUACAGCGGUACCUUAAGGGACACGGGUGGCGCUGUGGGUUAAAUCACAGAGCCUAGGGUUUGCUGAUCAGAAGGUUGGCAGUUCGAAUCCCCGCAACGGGGUGAGCUCCCAUUGCUCGGUCCCUGCUCCUGCCAACCUAGCAGUUCAAAAGCACGUCAAAGUGCAAGUAGAUAAAUAGGUACCGCUCUGGCGGGAAUUUAAACAGCUUUUCCGUAUGCUGCUCUAGUUUGCCAGAAGCGGCUUAGUCAUGCUGGCCACAUGACCCGGAAGCUGUACGCCAGCUCCCUCAGCCAAUAAAGCGAAAUGAGCGUCGCAACCCCAGAGUCGGCCACGCCUGGACCUAAUGGUCAGGGGUCCCUUUACCUUAUACAGCAGUACCUUACAAACGCUUCAAGUUACAAACUCUGGUAACCUGGAAGAGUUAGCCGGAGUUGAGAACUUUGCCCCAGGAUGAGAACGGAAAUUAUGUGCCAGCGGCGCAGCGGCAGUAAGAGGCCCCAUUAACGAAAGCAUGCCUCUAGUUAAGAACAGUUUCAGGUUAAGAACGGACCUCCGGAACGAAUUAAGUUCGUAACUAGAGGUACCACUGUGUGUGUGUGUGUGUGUGUGUGUGUGUGUGUGUGUGUCCCCCUCUAUCUUUGCUGUUCCCCAAAACAGUUCAUUGAAGACUGAGCAUGCUGACUGUUGAGGGGCAAAAAUGGAAUUCUGGAGUGGAAUGGCAGGAAUCCCAAACAGCAGCAAACAACUGCAACAUUUGUUGCAGGUCUCACUUCUGUAUUUUUGAUACAGGAACAUCUGUUCAGCAGAGUAACCAUCUAAUCAUUGCUACGUUUUCCCAGCAGCAGCUACCUGGAGGAAAACGUUAUCCUGAAACUGUCACUUAAAAGAUAAUUAUGACAGAAUCUUUACCAUGUGCCAGUAAAUUAAGGUGACAGGGAAGCAAAUCUUUAGUAUCCUUAGGAAUCCUUCUGAAGCUCCAUAGCUACCCAGAUAUCCUGUGACUGAUAAAACGGUUCUGGGAUUCUAGAUUCUAUUUUGUGAAUGGAAACAAAUAAAGAAUUCUACUAUUUUCUCAUUCCUCUUAUUCCAAAGUUUAUACUAUAUGAGCAAGUUCCUUAAAAGUUGGAUAGCAGUAGCCUAUUGUACAUGCACAACCUGGUCAAUGGAUCGAGCCACCUGGCAAACGCAGAGUGUCAUGUCUGACCAAAGUUGAAACAGCAACGAAGUGAGCACACAUGGUUGGGUCAGACAUAACAUGAAAAAGAUUGAUGGAGAUGCAGAGCCCAUAGAUGUUUGAGGGAGGAGAACUAUUUUAAAUGAACUGUACUCCUAUGUUGUGAGAGUAAAUAACAACAUUGGAGUCUGGACUGCUGAGGGAUUCUGUGACAACACAGAUCCCUCCUCCUUGAGUAGAACUGGCCCACAUCUUAAGAUACAGGCUGGUUGGUGGUAAGGAAAGUGGUUGUUCAGAUACUUGGGUCCUAGGCUAUCUAGAGCUUUAUAGGCCAAUGUCUAUAAACUGAUUGCAGUAGCAAAAUUAAAUAUAUGAUAAUGUGUUUAUGUUCAUGAGUGAAAUGUUGUUGGGAAGUAUGUGUAUGUAACUAUGUAUCAUUCACCAAAGUCUUCUGUUUUUGUUUGUAAAGUUAAAUCUUCUGAAAUGUGUAACGUGAAGAUGCACAUCAUUUCCCACCAGGGGAAAUGAACAUCUUUUUGUGCUGGCAUUAACAAUUUAUGCAUUUGUAUUUUCAUGUAAUUGACCUAAGAUUUAAAAUAUGCAUAAAUAAGUGUUUUUAAUAUUCUGUUGGAAGCCACCCAUAGUGGCUGGGGAAACCCAGCCAGAUGGGUGGGGUAUAAAUAAAUUAUUAUUAUUAUUAUUAUUAUUAUUAUUAUUAUGCAUUAUUCUCAUAUUUAGAGAAGUGGGAUUCCCUCCCCCUCUAAAACAACUAAUGACACUCAUUGCUUUGAGAUAUUAACAAGAGAGAUUGCUGUUGACAUUGAACAAACUAGAAAAAAUGUCAGCAAAUUCUACUGAUAAUCUUUUAUUUCAAAAGAUUGCAUGUCAUGCCACUACUACCAUGCUACUAUGGUACAUACAGACAGUGAAACAUAGUCUGCAGUCAUGACCAGCUUCUGUUUUGAGGUAGCCUUUGAGUAUGGCCCCUUCUAAAUCAGUGGCCCUGAACCCCAGUCAUGAGUUGAACUGGGCAGCAGUUAUGAGCUGCCAUUUUUAUUUCCCACAAUGCCCUGGAGCAACACUAGAGACUGCUCAAGGGUGCCUGGUUCUGACAUCAAUGUUAGAUAAGUUGGAGUUCUUGUUAUUAAAUAUACCAAGAGAAAAGCACACCAAGAACUCAGAAAUUGAUUUGCGAGUAGGGACCACUCCCACUAUUGAAACUUACAUUGGCCUGAGUUCUUGGUGUGCUUUUUUCUUGGUUCUGACAUCAAGCUUACGAUUUCACGCUAUUAUAAGCAGAAAUUAUCAAAAACAUUUCACUUUAUGUACUGUAGAACUUUAUGUCCAGCAAUGUUCUCCCCCCCCCCCAAUUUGUACAUGCGUUCACAAUGGAAUCUAGUUUUUUUUUAAUCUAGUUUUUUAAAAAAGAAUUGUAGGUGUCCAUCUGUCACCCUUCCUAGUUGCUUGUCAUCAAACCUUUCACAUUUGUCUCUUAGCGUGUAGUGUAGAAUUCUUUGUGAAAGUGUUCACCGUUCUCUCUGUGUGGGAAAAGACCCUAGACAAAACACAGAAUCUCAUGUUGUUUCCUCUCCUGCUAUUAAAUAGUUGAUCUCUAGUGACCACCUCUGCUCUUCAAAUGCUAGGUCAUGGAAUCACAACUGCCAUUUUAAACUCUAUCAAUGAUCAAAUAGCAAUGAUCUGCCAAAGCUGUUUGCUAUUUCUUCCAUUUGUGUUUUACUGAUGUGCACCCAACACCUAAUGUUUAUUAUUUCUCUCCUUCACGUUUUUCUCCCCAGUCGUAGGAGCAUGUACACACCUUGGCCAAGUGUACGCUGACAGGGAUGUUUGGAAACCGGAACCAUGCCAAAUCUGCGUGUGUGACUCAGGAGCUGUUCUGUGUGAUGACAUCAUCUGCGACGAAGAAUUGGAAUUAGACUGCGAGAAUCCGGAGAUUCCGUUUGGAGAAUGCUGCGCAAAGUGCCCUUCACCAACGACCCCACCUGUAAGACCUUGUAUAAACCUACCACCCUGAAUCCAGCCUCAGCUAAGCCUUGAUGCCUAAAUUUAAGAUGGUUUAGGCUACAAACCUAUGCACACUUCCAUGGGAGUAAAGUCCCACUGAAUUCAGCAGGACUUCCUUAAGACAUGAAUAGGUUUGCACUGUUAAUCCUAUUGAGUCGGAUUCAACACAGUGCUAUGGAAAAUUUUCCAUGAUCACAGGAUUUCUGCUUGCAGAAUGGAAUGUUCUUCCCCUCUUCUCCCAGCCUCCCACAACCCUAUGGAAGAGAUUUAAGUAUGUCAUGGUGGGAGGAGAAGAAGGAAAGUUCUAUUGCACUGUUGUAAUUCUUGUGUUCAUGCUAUUAUUUUGUUGACUAUUGACCACUGGCUUCAAAGGGGUUAUAUUGGGUUCAAUUCUAUUUUCUUAGGCUUAACUAUUGCUAUGGCUGUUGAUCAGGGCAUUCUCAAAAUGGCCGUGUGUGAUAUAUUCAAAACCUUCCUUCAAGUAUUGAUUUAGACUUUGUGAGAUCAAGCAUCAAAGAGGGCCAACUUAUUAGGAGCAUCAUCUAAAUACAGCUAUUUCCCCAUUCUCAAAAGGGCUAUUUCAUGGAGGUCCAGGAAUGCUGAUUCCUUCCCUUUUCACAAUGAACCAGGACCUCUGCACUUCCUAGGCUGAUAAAAGGGUUAGAAUUUGAACUGCCAGGAUAUACGGAGAAAUAUUGUUUUUGCAACACGUUCCAGUCCAAACACCAACAAGGAAGUCUCUCAGCAAUCUCCCCACAAAAUCUGUUCUCACUAGAAAUGGAGAGAUGCUAUAAACUGUUGAGCAUAUAAAAACUGGGCAGGGCUUGUUAUUCACUUGAAUACAAAUAAAGCCUGGCAAGUAUCAGGAAUAUCUACUUAGGCCAAAAACUUUGCAUCCAAAGAACACUAAAUUCUGUCCCAAGAGAACAUCCACUCUCUGCACAAUUUGCAUUGCCAAUUAUAAAUUUGCAGCUGGAAAUUUCUCAUGGUGUGUAGAUGCAUGGAACAAAGUUCAUGUUCAGCACUUGAUUUCCGCUAGCGAAAAUGCUCAAAACCCAGAUCCGGAAUCAAGAUGGAAACUUCCAUAGAAUGGAGUAGUCUGCAUUAUGAGUUUUGUUUAUGAACCAUUGGGAUCUUUGUGUCGUUCCUCCCCUAUCCCUCAAAUAUUGUAAGAAUACUUGAGGGAUUUGGUGCUACUAAUGAAAUAAAAAUCAAAUGCUUAGAGACACAACCUUUUACAGAGUGUGUGUCUAUUUAGGAAUAAGCCCCACUGAAGCCUCACUGGGGCUUACUUCUGAGUAAAUUGGACUGUAUAUAGCCGAGGUGAGGAAAUGUUUCUUUGCCAAAGGCCAUGUUCUCUCAGGGAAUUAUCUGUCAGGGCCCCUCAGGGGCCAUAUGGUAGAGAUAGGUAAAACCAGAGAUUAAAGUGAGCAAGACCACCUCUUUCUCCACUCUUUCCAACAAUCCUCUCUCUCUCUCUCUCUCUCUCUCUCUCUCUCUCUCUCUCUCUCUCUUCCCUUCUGCCCAGUAGGCUGUCAUGGAAGGGACUGCUCACUUGUAUCCCUGGGAUGGCUCAGUAGAGCACGAGACUCUUAAUUUCAGGGUUCAAGCCCCACUAGGUGAAUUUUGUAGUCCUUUCCAACUCUAUAAUUCUCAGAGAGGAUCUGAACCAAUUGUUUGCAUAGAACUUUUCUUCUUCCUUGCUUCCAUUGUUCCACCCAAUUCUACUCCCCCUCCCCAUUUUUUUCUGUUCCUGGCCUUCUUAUUUCCCUCUGGGCUCCCAAUACCCAAAUGAAAUUAGGCAGAGGGCCACAUGUACCUCUUAGGCCACAGAUUUCUCACCUCUAGUAUAUAGAAUAUUCUUUAGAUGAAAGUUGAUGGCAUAGAUUUAAACUGCUGUCUCUCGCUGAACUAAAAGUAACUGGAUGUGUUGAAGUUCUCUGUUACUAUUCCCUUACCUGAAUCAUUAUUUUUCAUCCUAAAAUUCCCUGCAAGAAUGUUAACCUUUCCAUAGUGGUUUCAUCACUAGACUCUACCUUCCCCAUAUGAUGUUUGUAUGACUGCACACUGACCUGGCUCGAAGUUUGAGGGACCAACUUUGAGGCCCACUCCUGUCAUGGAAGUUUUCAUAGAAUUAUAGAGUUGGAAGGGACCACAAAAGUUGUCUAGUACAACCCCUUGCAAUGCAGAAAUAUUUUUGCCCGAUGUUGGGCUUGAACCCACAACAGAUUAAGAGGGUUCAUGCUCUACUGACUGAGCUAUUCCUUCAGUUGUCCUGAUGGGGGCAAGCACAUUCAGUGCGUGCUACACAUCUAGGAUCUUUUAAUUUCCCACAGUGCCCUGACGCAGCAAUAACCACACAAAUCUCAUGGGAAGAAAAUAAACAUUUCUAGAGUGCUGUGGAUUUCUAAUUUCUGCAUUAAUCUGAAAUUAAUAGCAUUUAAAUAUGUACAUAUUUUUGAACUUGUUUUAUUUCAAAAAUAUGCAUUUCUAAGCAUGCUUUAUCUUUUAAAAGUAUUGUUUUAAGCAAGGUUUAUAAGCAUUUUUGGAGCCAAUAACGGCAUUACCAAGUGUAAAAAAGUGUAAAUUCCAAAGGAAAACUGGGUUGCGACCUGCAGUUAGUUCUAGGGGUGUAGAUCAUGUCGGGCUGUAUCAUUCUCAGAGAACAAAAGAAAGAAGCAUUUCUACUGAACACAGGCCUAAAUAAUCAGCACUCUUUAGCUAAAGGCUAAAUUGUAUGAUGACAUCCCAUCACCCUCAAUCAAAAACUAAAUGAGUUUAUAACUAAAAAUGUGGAGUGUCCUCUCAUAUUGCUUGAAAACAGUUGGGCAAUUUAUUGUCUUUCCUUGAAAACUAAGCAGCUCCCUUUGAUAAACAUGGUGACAUGGGUUGUAAUACAUACCAGAAUUUAUCUCAUCUAGACCAUAUGAAAGAAGUGCUCAUUUUCAUGGAUUUUAUUGGAGUUGUACUUGGAAAGCUUCACAAUAGCCCUUUCUCUGAAUUUUAUUGCCCUCAAAACACCAAACGCCAAGCUGUUCAAACAGAGACAUUGUGCACUGAGGGAAGAGGGAAGGGAAAAGGUGAGGGGUACCAGGAAAAAGAAGAAAAGGAAAAGAGAACAUUAUUCUUUAUGUCUGUUAAAUUUCUGUUGUGCCCUUCCUCCCAAAGGAGCCCAGGGUUUCAAAGAAGUCAACAAAACAAUGCAAUUUAAAAUAAAAUAAAAUAUUUAGAAUGUUAAGAGUACCCAAAACAUUAGGAACAUCUUUAAAAAGUCAUCACAGCUAAUAAUGUUCAGAUUGACAGGAACAGUGUAUUUCAGCUAUCAAGCACCUGGGUGAACGUGAAAGCUUUUACAUACUUCUUGAAAGUUAAUAAUGAGGGAAAUAGAUGCACCUCACCAGGGAGGGCAUUCCACAAAUGGGGAGCCACUACUGAGAAGGCCCUGUCAUGGGUCAAUAUCAGCCAGGCAGCAGAGGCAGAACCAUCAACAGUGUCUUGUCUGCCAAUCUCAUGGCCUGCAAUGGUUGAUCGUUUCCUUCUAGUAGCUAGCUCAGCAACUCCUGUUCUGAUUUUUUGCAUUCAUAAAAAGAAUGCAUUUCUUUUCAACAGUGUGGCCUUCUGGAUGUUAGUUAGUUAGUUAGUUAGUUAGUUAGUUAGUUAGUUAGUUAGUUUAUUAAAUUUCUAUACAGUUAUACCUUGGAUCCCGAACACCUUGCGAGUCAAACGUUUUGGCUCCCAAACACUGCAAACCCGAAGUGAUAUGAGUGUUCCGGUUUGCAAACGUUGUUUGGAACCCAAACGUCCGACAUGGCUUCCAUGGCUUCUGAUUGGCUGCAGGAGCUUCCUGCAGCCAAUUGGAAGCCAUGCCUUGGUUUCCGAAUGUUUUGGAAGUCGAACGGACUUCCAGAACGGAUUCUGUUUGACUUCCGAGGUACUACUGUACUGACUGUUCUUCAUCCAAGGAUCACAGAGCAGUUUGCAAUAUAAAAGCACAAAAUUGCACACCAUGGUAACAAACAACCCCCCACAGUAUUACGUUGCUGGACUCCCAUCAGACCCAAUCAAUAUGGUUAAUUGUCAGGGAUGGCGAAAAUUGUAGUCGGACAACAUUUGAAGGGGACUUGGUUAGGGAAAGUUGCACCUGGAAAUAUGCCAGUUAAGCAAAAAUGCAUCUUUCACUUAUUUUGGUGGGGGAAAACAAUACAAUCUUUUUGAAAAGUGCCAAUGUGGAUGUAUAUUCCCAGUCUCGUUUGAAACUCUGGUCAAUUUCUGAUCACUUAUUUUCUUUAUGUUUGUACUGAUAUUUAUUGCUCACCUUGAUUUCUUUUUCUUCCUCUAGGGCCCUGAUAUGAAUGUUCCAGGUGGUCCUCAAGGCCCCAGGGGAGAUCCUGUAAGUUCAAUAACUAUAAAAUCAUGUCCUUAUUUCUCAUUUUUUUAAAAAACCAAACCACUGCAAGCGAGCCUCAGUUCCCAAUAAUACUAACACAAGGGAAGAAUGAAAGACUCAGGCUACUUGCUUAGGAUGUUGAUCUCCUGCCACAGAUCAGCUUAGGCUUCAAAGGCCUAGUUUUUCACACUAGGAGAAAGCUGUAACAUUUCAGACAUCUGAUGGGGACACAUAUAAUUGACUGCUUCUUAUUGCAAAACUUGCCCUGCUUCCAUAUCCCAUACUUGUAUCCCAUACUUGCAGGUGGCGCUGUGGUCUAAACCACUGAGUCUCUUGGGCUUGCUGAUCAUAAGGUCAGCAGUUCAAAUCCCCACAAUGGGGUGAGCUCCCGUUGCUCUGUCCCAGCUCCUGCCAACCUAGCAGUUCGAAAGCACACCAGCGCAAGCAAAUAAACAGGGAACCCCUGUGGCGGGAAGGUACAUGGGCUCUGGUUUCCGUCAUGGUGUCCCAUUGUGCCAGAAGUGGUUUAGUCAUGCUGCCCACAUGACCCAGAAAAACUGUCUACGGAUAAACGCCAACUCCCUCAGCCUGAAGCGAGAUGAGCGCCACAACCCAUAGUCAAAUUUGACUGGACUUAACCAUCCAGGGAGUGGGACGCAGUUGGCGCUGUGGGUUAAACCACAGAGCCUAGGACUUGCCAAUCGGAAGGUCGGCAGUUCGAAUCCCCACGACGGGGUGAGCUCCCAUUGCCCGGUCCCUGCUCCUGCCCACCUAGCAGUUUGAAAGCACGUCAAAGUGCAAGUAGAUAAAUAGGUACUGCUCUGGCGGGAAGGUAAACGGCGUUUCUGUGCGCUGCUCUGGUUCGCCAGAAGCGGCUUAGUCAUGCUGGCCACAUGACCCAGAAGCUGUACGCCAGCUCCCUCGGCCAAUAAAGCGAGAUGAGCGCCGCAAUCCCAGAGUCAGUCACGACUGGACCUAAUGGUCAGGGGUCCCUUUACCUUUACCUUAACCAUCCAGGGAUCCUUUACCUUUACCUUUUUACUUGUAUCCCCUUAUGGUUGUUCACAAGAGCUCAUUGCAUGCAACAGGCAGGGGGCCAGGGGGAUCUGCCCCCAAUGUUUACAUAGACUCCCAUUCUUGCUCCUAGUGCCCAUGUUUCAUGGAACAUCACCAAGGGGCUAUGCAUAUAAAGCAUAAUGUGCAGACUGGGUGGGUGGAGGACUGGAGGCAAGGCAAGACCUUUGCACAUGCCCUCACUGCCCUUUCACAUAUUGGCCAUUGUGGCUUUUGUGUGAACAAUCCCAAGUUUGAUUUUGUUUUGUUUUUUAAUAUUUUUUAUUAAAGAUUUUCUUGGUUUACAAAAGUUAAUGCAUUGUCUCUUUUUCAAGUUGUAAAGUCUUUUCUACAGAUCAGUUGCAUUUGAUAUGAGACAUUAGCAGUGCCGGAUUUACGUAUAAGCUAAACAAGCUAUAGCUUAGGGCCCCACUUUCUUGGGGGCCCCCAAAAAAGUUAAAGAAAAAAAAAACACUGUACAUUUCCAAAAUAUAAGAUAAAAAACAAAUAAAAUAAAAACCUACAUACAGCAACAGUGUUUUGUGUUGUGUAGGUCCAUAAAUUACCAUAUAGCAUAUAUUCAACACAAAAUACAGUGACAAUUUGUUGUUAACAAAGGACAGCUGGACAUAUAAAGUGCCCCAUUACCUUCAGUAGCUUAGGGCCUCAUCAAACCUAAAUCCGGCCCUGGACAAUAGUAUUGUAUACAGUAUAAGAGUGGGGAGGGGGUGCUGAAACUUAUAUUCUUUUAUAUAGUGCAUGUGUGGGGUUUUGUGGCAACGUCAGCUGGGUAAGUUCUUGUUCUAUUCGCUUAUUACAUUUCCUUGAUAGUGAGAGGGAUUGUGGGGGCCCAAGCUGACGCAAGUGUGGGUCAUCAACACACCAUGACUACUUGAUGUAAGAAGGGGAAACACAUGGGCAACACACACUGUUUUUGUUUUAUAGUAUUCCGUUCUAGUUACCAUAUUUUUCGCUCUAUAAGAUGCACCAGACCACAAGACGCACCUAGUUUUUGGAGGAGGAAAACAAGAAAAAAAAUAUAUUCUGAAUCUCAGAAGCCAGAACAGCAAGAGGGAUCGCUGCGCAGUGAAAGCAGCGAUCCCUCUUGCUGUUCUGGCUUCUGGGAUAGCUGCGCAGCCUGCAUUCGCUCCAUAAGACGCACACACAUUUCCCCUUACUUUUUAGGAGGGAAAAAGUGAGUCUUAUAGAGCAAAAAAUACGGUAUUUGAAUGAGAAAGGGCUUGAGCACUUGGUACAUGCCUCAAUUAUUAUUAUUUCAAUUCAUGUUCAGGGUCCACCUGGUACUCCUGGAAUAAAUGGCUCACCUGGCCCACCUGGCCAGCCAGGAACACCUGGCACUCCUGGCCAACCUGGAGUCUGCCCAAGUUGCCCCGGUCUCGGUACAGGAUCGGUAAGCCACUCUCUCCUUUCUGUUUACGUUUUGGCUCUGAAUUUGUUUUAGGUGAAACAGUACUAUGUGCACGCCAUAGAGUCAUGAGAGAUACGUUGCUCUGUUCCUCCAUAGAACAGCGUUUUGUCAAAGGUUCUGAAUGAAGAUGGGAAGUCAUAAAAUGUUGUCAAAAAGGUUCUUUUAGCCGAUGGAAAAAUGGAUCCCUAGGCUGCCACCACAGUUCCCUGGCCCCCCACUCUUUAUAAACCCCACUCUAGAUAUUUGUGCUUCUUAAAUUUUUAUACUCCAGGGUCCCUGCCACAAUAACUCACUGAGCUCCUCCAUUUGACUAUUUUCUGCUGCUACCCUUUCCCUCAGAACAUUUUUGUAGCCUCAUGGUGGCUUGGUAUGUAUGAUAGGCUUAGUCAUGAGACUGGCACCAUUACAGGAGACAGGAUGAACUAAUAACUAAGGUUUUUAUUACUACUGUUGUUGUUGUUGUCAUCUCAAUAAUUUUGUUUCUUGAUGACAGUUUCUAAGGACUCAAGAGUUGCUGUUGCUGCCACCAGCCUUUAAGCACCUUGGGCCAAUUUCCCAAAUUCCUAGCCAAAUUCACGCACAACUCUGUUCAGCUACUGGGGACAAUUUGCCUCUGGUCAAAAAGCUCCACCAGUUGUACUUACAGCUGCUUAGGCAGCUUAGCUGAUUUUAUAAACCAACCUGUGUAACUGUCUUCUGCUAAGACCUUUUCACAGGGCAACCCCUUAGCCCAGGCAUAGGCAAACUCUGGCCCUCCAGAUGUUUGGGACCACAAUUUCCAUCAUCCCUGACCACUGGUCCUGUUAGCUAGGGUUGAUGGGAGUUGUAGUCCCAAACAUCUGGAGGGCCAGAGUUUGCCUAUGCCUGCCUUAGCCCAACAGAGUCAAUGGCUCCCUUCAUUUAGCUUCACCAUCAAAGAACUGUUGCACACUGGGGUUGAAUGGCUUUGUAGGCCUCACCUUGCACUUUCAGUUGAGCUUUCUUUGGUCUUUGUAAAGGACAAGACGGCACUCUGGCAGUUAAAUCUUACUUCAACUUUGGGGAGGGGGUUGUGUUCUUCACCACACCUGAGACAACAGGCUCAUUCAGGAGCUCCAGGAUUUGCUGUGAAGCACAGUUCUGUCCUCACACAGAGCAGAAUAGCCAGGAAGGAGGAGUUUCGCAGGUCUCUACAUUCCUCACCUUUAGCAUUUGCUUAAUGACAAGGCUGGUCCUGAUACUGCCCGUUCCAUUGGAUUUUUGUGUCCCACCGCAGCUGAGAACCAAAGAAUCCUUCUAUCCAACAUCUGCUAAAUGCACUCAAAAAAUGUGUGUCUUUCCAACCAGUAAAAUACAAAUUCUACUUUUGUAUAUGGUAACAGCCCUGUUUCCUUUCACGGCAGCUGUAGCUAAUGCUGCAUUUUACUACCACGUGGUGCACUUCUCGCAAUGCCAAAAAGAAACCUUUCGUUAAAGAAUUGGUCCGAUAAACCUGCCGUUCUCCAGGAAUGUUGGGGAAAGUGAGAAACUUAAGUCAAAAGAAGGACAUUUUUGGAAACAGACAUCCAUGCGGGGAUCAAACCUGCAACCUUGGCAUUAUCAGCACCACACUCUAACCAACUGAGCUAUUCAGUCCAUUAAAUGAGCCUAUAACUUUGCAUGGUUAUUAUGAAGUGUUAUGAAGUAUUAAAACAGAGUCCACAAAUCCACAAGUGUAUGCAAGUCCCCCCUCUAGCAAGCCCUGAUCCUUGCUGCAUUGAAUGCUCGCUGCUGAAGUGUUCAGUAGACCUCCUUCCAGAAACUUGUAUGAUGCCUCCAGCCAGGAGUCAGAGCUCCGGGAAAACCUCCCCAUGCCUGCUGUUGUGUAUUGGCCCUAGAAGGAACUGCAUGAGUAAGCUGUCCAUCACUGUGCUGUUAUGUUUUUUGGUUGUACGUUUGUUUGUUCGUGCAAAUUUGUAUUUGUUUGUGCAGCCUUGGUUUGGCUUCUUGGUGUGGAUACUUUUCACUUUCUUGGCCUUCUACAGCUGAUCACAGUGGUAUUUCCUUUUCCUGCCUGCCCCUUCUGUCACUUCUCCUUGCUACAGCUACAGCUCGCAAUAUCUCCCACGCAAGCUUUGGGCUAUGGUUUGCAUAUAUCUCCUUUCUCUCUGAUAAAGCAACGUGUGUUCCAUGGACUCAUGGAUCCAUGUGAGGCCCUUACAAUGUUCUUUCUUUACCUGUUCCUUCUCCCAAACUGCCUCUUUCCCAGCUUAAGGUGCAAUACUGAGAAUGAUGGCGACGAUAACACUGCGCAGAGAAAAGGGUUGUGAAAAUGGACAAGAACUUUAUCUUCAGCCUCCUGGAAGGCUGACCUUUAGCGGUUCAGGAGACAGAUUCAUUUGCUCCCAAGCUACAUUUUGGUCAACCCUGCCACUGUAAUUGAGAGCAACAGCAUUAUCCACGCUAAAGGAAAUUAUAACCCUAUCUUGACUGACCAAUCAUGAAGAUGUGUCCUAUGGACUUUGAGUGGGACACCUCUUCAUUUCAAAUAUACAGUAUUGCCAGUGGAUCUGUGGACAGCUGUCAGCUCCUCAUUACAUGCUUACAUGUGCUGGUUUUGUAUGUCAUUGCAAUUGUGUAUGCUGUCCUCCUGUUUUAUGUGUAAUGGCUACAUCUUUUUCGAUUUCUUUUUUUAAUUACAGAACUUUUCUCCUCAGUAUGAAGGCGAUUAUACCAAGUCUGGUGGAGGAGGAUACGGCCAACUUGUAAGACAAUAACACUGUCUCUCAUCUUUUUAUUGAAAUUACUGGUUUUUCCCCCCUUGUACAGAUUGUAUUGAACAUAUACUAUUACUGCUUAGGAACAUAAGAAGUUUUAAAGCAGGUCACAUUACUCUGGAUCUGGAUUUGAGCAAUUCUUUAAAAGAUUUUGAUCAACUUUUUCAGACUUUUCCUUGACAUCUCUACCUUACCAUUAUUUCUUCUUCAUUCCCCUCCCCUUUGAUUUUUUUACUUCCUUGCUUCCAUGUUCAGCUUCUUCCUUUUUCCCCUUUUCUUUUACUCCUAUAUUUCCCUACUUUCAUUUAAGUUUUUUCCCCAUUACCUGCUCCACAAAUUUCUCCCUUCCAGUCAUUUUUGUCAUUUUCUCCAUUAGUAACAACAUUUCAGACCAUUCAUUGUGUCUCAUUCUCUAUUUCCACAUGGAAAUUUCAACUGAUAAUGGAUCAAAGCAUUGUUUAUAGCUCUUUUCGCAUAAGCAGACUUUUAUUGCAUUUCCCCCCUUAUCUAUAGCUGCCCAGAUCAGUCCAUAAGGAUUUUUAAAUACUUAUUCAGCAUCGUAUAUGUGCUUUAUUUUUUGCUGGGGGGUGGUGUCCAAGAAUUAUUUUGAUGUAAUCAAACCUACAUGAAAUUUCCUCAGUAAAACUGUAUCAUGAAAGAGGCAUUCUUGUAGCUCCCACUUUCUAUGUGAAUUAUGCAAGCAUUUCCCCUUGAAUAGGCAAUAGCCACCUACAAUUGUCCAUCCUUAUUUUCUUGAAUGGAGCACAUGUUUAGAAGAACAUUGCAAAUUUAGGAAUGCAGGGCUAGCCCAAGAUAUUUUCCUGCAUGAACCAGAUCCCAAAUGAUGCUCCCCAUAAAAAUAUCAGGUCCAGCUUGCAUCCUGCCUUCAUCUACUACCAGCACCAUUCAUGAUGCCACCUGAAGCAUGUGGUCUCACAACACUACAUGGCAGGACUGGCCCUGUUGCAAUCAGGUUUGUAUUCUGUAUAUUCUGUUACAAGGGCUGCAUUCCAUGCACUGGAUUAUUAAGAAAGCUGUCUACACAAGUGGUCUACAAAGGAGAUAAGAAUCCUGGUUAUUCCCUACAUCUUUCCUACUUUGUCCAUUUAUUAAUAUGCUCAUUAAUCACUAUAUUCAUUCACCUUCUGUUCCUCACAGGUUAUUUCUUCCUUUCAGUUUGUUUGUUCAUUAAUCCAUCCAUCCAUCCAUCCAUCCAUCCAUCCAUCCUCUAACCCAUUCAUCCAUUUCCAGUUGUUUACCAUAUUUCUCUCACAGUUUGUGUCAUUUGCAUUCUGCUGCUUGGCUUCCACAUCUGAGAUGCGCUGAACCAGAGGGGGGAAAGAAAUACCUGACCAUUUAAUGUUCUUGGUUGCUACAUUGCUUGUGAACUUUCUGUUUGACUUUUGUCGUGUGGGUAUGGCUAGAGCUUCAAUAGACACAGAUCACUAGACGGUGCCAAACUUCGUUUUGUGUGCAGCAUUUAUUUGUUCUUAUUUUUUUGCGACUCUUGGAACAUUGAUGCACAGCCAGUCCUUGGCCCUUUACCUAAAGAGAGCUUGUUUCUCCACUGAAUCACCUACAUCUGGAAGAACUUGGUAUGACUGUGUCUGGCACAGCAAUCACAAGAAAUUCUUACAUGCCAGCUACAAUGGAGCCUUUUCAUGAUGGGCAAACAGUGCCAGCCAAUAAGAAAGGAAGCACACAGGUGAUUGGCUGUAUGAUGAUCAAGUGUCAUGAGGCUCUAUGCAAAGAGAUCUCCAAACUGAAAUCAUCAAGAACGGGGGAAUUCCCUGUUAUUUUGGUAGACACAAAGCAAGCACAUCUACAUAAAUCUGUAUCUGUGCCAGCUUGAGAAUACUUUCAGAUUUAGCUUGUAACUUGUAACUUGCAACUAGCCUUUAUUGGCAUAAGUGAAAACAGUAAACUCAAAGAAAGUCAUCCAAAUACAUUGAUAAUCCAAACACAUACAAUAUAUAAAAGACUAGAUAACCACUAUUGAAUAAAUCAGGCAAUUUUAGAUUUAGCUUUAAAGAUCUCGGCUAAGUUCCUCGAAACAAUCUUGGUACAGAUUCAGCUCUUGAUAUGUGAUGAUUGCAAUGGAAUAAUUGACUUGUGCAUCAGACUGCACUUUUCUUCACUACUUUGUUUACUUACACUGUGCCUAUUUGUAAAUUAAGAUUUACCGCAUACAAAUCAGCAGUAUUGAGUAAGAAUGCCUUAUAAGUGAAGCAUUCGGCUGCCAAAUAUAUUAACUGGUGCAAAUCCUUGGAUACAUUAGCUGCAUUAUGGAAUAUAUUACUUUGCCAUUCAUGUCAUUCACUUCUUGUCACACGGAGCAUGUCAUCUAAGUUGCAGUUCUUGCAAUGGGAUUCCUGUGCUGCUAUCACAGCGGGCUAUAAUUAAGUGGCAAAAAAAAUAAUUAUUCCCUGCUUUGUGAAAUAUAUUUUAUCUGUGCUGUAAGUCACAGGAUAUAUUUCCAGUGCUCAGGAAUAUAUUAUGUGUGCUUUGACUUAUGGACUCAGUGUGUGGGGAGAGCAUUGUCCUUCCCCACAGAAAUUACAAAAGCUUAGAACACCUUUUAAGCAGACAAAUAAAAGCAUAACUGGAUAUGGAUGACAAAAUGUGGCUUUUUGCCUAAUUAUCAAGCAUCCACUAUACAAAUUUGUUCAUUUUCCAUCAAACCUUUGAGCCUUUUAUGUGUGUGAAGUGUGUGUGUGUGUGUGUGUGUGUGUGUGUGUGUUGUAGAUAUGUGGGAAAAGGUUGCAGAUCAGUGGUAGAGCAUUUGCCUUGCAUGAAGAAGAUCCCACGUUUAAUUCCUGGUAUCUCUAGGUAGGGCUGAGAGAGAGAUCCCUGUCUAAAGCCUUGGAAAACACUGGCGGUCCAUGUACUGUACACAAGACUGAAAUGGAUCGAUUGUGUGACUCCGUAUCAGAUAACUAAACUUCUUAUUUUUAGCGUGUGGAGAUAUAGAGAACGUGCAGAAUAAACCAACAAGAAAGUCAUCAAAUACUACAUAAAAAUUUACUAUAAUUUUAGUACUAGCACUUGCAAUUCAAAACCACUAGCAGUGAGAUUGUUUUUCAUCAUAGGCAAAGGGCUCGCUGUAUGAUUAUGCUACAUUUUCCCUUACUCUCAGUGGAGCUGUUUCUCACCAAAGCUCCAAUUCUGUUGCCAAUGGAAUAGAUGUGGAUUGAGAUGGGUUCAAAAUUGCCUAGCUAAAGCACACUCUGCCUUUUGCUUCAUCUUUUCCAAUAAUACUGACGAGCCCUUUUGUUUCAGCUUGCAUUUGGUCUCUACACUCUGUCUCAUGGGUAUAUUCUAAAUUCACUGUGUCUGAUGGUAUUGUUUUUACAAUGUUGUUUGCAGGGUGCACCUGGAGCUCCUGGCGCACCUGGCCUCCCUGGUCCUGUUGGUCAGCCCGGUCCACCUGUAAGUACAAGUAAUGCUUCUCUAAUCUAAUAUCUUUUCUCACUGAGAAAUAGGAUCACGUUUCAUGAAUAAGGGCCAAACCAACCAUUACCUAGAAGAUGCACCAUUUCGAUUUAGCAUGCUUCCAGACUGUCACUAUUUUGGGCUGGGGUCAGUUAUGACAUUUCAACUUCUGAAAACCUCUGAGGGAAAUGCCAAAGGAGAUAUCCAGCUAGUUGUACCACCAUAUUUCACACGGAGCCCUUUCAGACAUGAAGCUAAGUUAUGGGUGCCCAGUAUGCAUGAUGUCACAAUGUCACAUUAUGACAUCAUGCACGGCCCCUGGCCUCAGAACCUGACUUCUGGUGGUACCAGAAGUUAGGUUUGGAGGUCUCAGAAAGCAUCUCCAAGGCCUCGGAGGUGCUGUCCAAGGCCUUUCAAGACCUCAGAGGUUGCGUGGGGGCCCUGCAGUGUGGGUGCUGAGCUAAACCAUACUUCAGUGCUAUAUAAAGGAGUCUCAAGUUGGCCUGCUUUCCUCUCCCUUAUCCAUCCCCAGCUCCAGAGAGGAAGAUUGGAAGCACCCAGUUCCACAAAUGAGUUCCCUAUUUCAUCCAGUCUCCAAGGAUUCUGGUUCGUUUAAACAAGCCAGGAUCAAUCCAUCAUUUUUCGAAUUAACCAGAAUUCUCCAAGUUUGAGCAUGACAAGGAACUCUGGUUAGUCUGUUAGCAAAAGUGGAUUGUCAUUAUCUCUUCCGUUGCAUACCAAAAGGGAAGAGUGGAGGGAGAACUGAGGCUCUCUCUCGCAGAAUUAAACUAUGGUUUUAGCAUUGUGUCCAAACUGAGCCAUUUUUAAAAUUUUAAAAUAUGCAGACAGCACAAAUUAUUGCAUGCUCCACAAUGGAAUCUCUUUGAUGGUGUCGAAGGAAUUAAUUCUCCUCGACUCCCUCUUGAUGUCUCAGAAAUUUGGAAUUUGUGAUUGCAACAUUUAAUGAGCCGACUCAAUCCAUGAUUCCUAAGGUGUGCCAUUUGUCUUGCCUAACAGGGACCCCACGGAUACCAAGGCCCCCCUGGUGAACCUGGGCAAGCUGGUACUCCGGUAAGUAUCAGUGUACACUGUUAAUUAAUUGGCCUCACAACAAAAUUUGGUAAAUUUUGGUAAAUGAUCGUGUUGUGUGGAAUUGUAUAUUAAAUACUUCCAGCAUUCAUUAGCAGGAGUCAUUAUUAUUGGACAGUUUUCUACAAUAUUUGGAAGAACACAAGUAAUGCAAAUUUUGUGGAAUUGUGGAAACGCUUACCUGAGGCUCGCAGGCACAUUUGAAAAGAACCUUGUCUCUUGAACUGGUGCAAUCGUAAAGCAUUGGGGAGAAUACCGCCUUAUCCUACACUCUGAUUGGAAGGUGAAAGUGAGAGCAGAGAAGCAUCCGGAAUGCUUCUAUCCAUUUUUUGAGGCUUUGAGCAUUUUUCUUUCUCAAAAAUGCUUCGCUACCCAUUGGAAACCAUAGGAAAGAAAAUGGAGGAAGAGAUUUAGUCAACCAUGUGACUAAAUUUGUCCCUGGUUUGUGGAUGUGUCAGGGGAACAUGACAGCUUUGGAUCCUUCAGAUCCAAGCCUCUUGCAGGGACACACCUAGAAUGCCUCUGAUAUGACCCCAUUUUUAUUUUAUUUUUGGCCAUAUGGACAUCAGAGCUCUGCCAGAGGAUCAGAAAAGGAGGCUCUGAUGUCACUCUCCAAUGCUAAGAAUUUUGUCUCAGAUGUUGGAAAGAGGUAAUAGGAUUGCACCCUUAAUCUGCUGAGGCAAAAGUGCCAAAUAAAUGUUUAUUAUUAUUAUUAUUAUUAAUAAUAAUAAUAAUAAUAAUAUCCCGCCCGCCCCGGCCAAAGCCAGGCUCAGAGUGGCUAAUAUCAUACAAGUAACACAAUGCAUAAAAACAAGCAAUCAAUAAAUUAAGAUACAUCCCACAAUUAAUUCAAACAAAUUAAAAUUAAAACUGGACAAGUGGCAAUCUUCUGGUUAAAAUUGAAGGCAGUUACCAACUGAUAAUACCGCUGAUAUUAUAAGCACCUGUGAGCGGGCUAGGAACCUUCUUCGUGCUUGUUCUUACACAAGGAGAACUUACUUUGAAAGCUCCAGCUGUGCUCAGGGACUUAUAGUCUUUUUGGGAACAUAUUUUUAAAGGUAAUAUCAAGUCAAUGUUCAAAAAAAUCAAUACAAUAUUUAUUUAUUUUUACUUUUUAAAGCAUUUACUUUAAAAAGCAUUAAAGGGACAAAUUGUCACCUGAGUUAAUAUUUUUCAGAUAAACUGAACUACAAAACCAUGACCAGGCAACAUUCUCUGAGAAUCAUGUUCAUGCUAAUUGGACUCACAAAAGUGAAUUUCUCCAGCUAAAGCCUGAGAAUUAAUAAAACAAUUAAGAGAUUAAUAAAACAAUGUCCUGCUUAAUGUUUAGCAGGACUUCUGAAAUCCUAGAUUUCACCAUGUGGUGGGAAGGACAAUAACAAGAAAUAUUCAGCCAUGAAAUUAACAAACAACAGGUGCCAUAUAAUUGACAUCACCGUACAAAUCCAUUGUGGAUAGAUUCACAGCCACUAUAUUUUGGAAACCAGUUUCUCAAUAGCCAUAAUGACUACAGACUCCAUCUUACUAUUCCACUUCGUGGAAGGUUGAAAACAGUUGCAGAAAAGUAGGGGAAAUCAGUUUGGAUUCCGACAUCACCUGCUUGAACGAAACAGGGACUAGGUAUUCUCUGUUGAUUGCAGAGUUCUCUUUCUCUCAGAACUUACAUAAUCUGAUUUCCACUGGCUAUCAUUUCUGUAGACCACCAUAUAUUGUUUCUGUUUUUCAGGGUCCUGCUGGUCCACCUGGAAAUAUGGGUCCACCUGGCCCGGCCGGAAAAGAUGUAAGUUAAGUUCAUAGUUAACAUUAAGCUUAUAAUAUUACAUAAGGCUAUCUAAGGAGAGUCAUUUUCUUCUAGACCAUUGGUUUGAAUCCAAAGGUGGAUUGUACAGGUAGAAAAGUACUUCUCUUGACACAAGGUGUCCCCCCAUCUCCUGUUUUGCUCAAAGAUCGAUGAAAGAGACUUCAAACGCUAUGAAUGCUGAUUUGCCAUCCACUAGCCUAAGUCCCUGGUUCCUCAUGUCCAACCAUGCUUGUUGACAAGGACAGACGAGCACAUUUUGUCAUGUGGGUUGCAGGGAUGGGGAGCACACAAGGGUAGAUGGACACACAGCAGAGGAGGAGGCAGUGACAGCUGACAAGAGCAGCAAAUGGCAGGCAGUGUGCUCCACAGAAGCCGAAUCUGCCACCCCACCCAGCUGUCUAGAGCUGGCCACCAUGAGGCAAUUGCCUCACUAUGCCUCAUAGGUGAGCCAGGCCCAUAGCUGUCAACGUUUCCCUUUUUUAAAGGGAAAUUACCUUAUUCCAAAUAGGAUUCCUCACAAGAAAAGGGAAAAGUUGACAGCUAUGGCCAGGCCUGCUUGUUGAGAUCAAAGCCAGAGGGUUGUAUCAGGCUGCCCUUCCAUCAUAUACACACCUUAGUACACAUUGGAAGACCUGCACAGGGUGUUCAUUAUAUGCACAAUGAGUUGUGAGAAUAGAUCAAUUAAAGUCAACAAGACAUUAUUGUUCUUCUCAUAAAGGAAUGCUGUUCACAAGAGUGAUUUUUCUGUUGUAGGUCUGGUCCUUCUUUUGAACUCUUAAGAAUUUACUGAGACAUUAUAGCAAGACAAUGAAUUAUUAUUAUUAUUAUUAUUAUUAUUAUUAUUAUUAUUAUUAUUAUCUCUCUUUAGGGAGAAUCUGGAAGACCUGGCAGAACCGGCGAACGUGGAUUACCUGGUACUCCUGUAAGGAAGGAAAAAAAAUAUUUUCUUGGUUUUGAGUAUAAAUAUGGGUGGUUCUGGAAAUGUGGUCCAAUCUGAAUAUGGCUGAGGACAGUGUUGAAGUGGUGUUUAUCAUUAGGGCAGUUCUGAUAUGUGCCAUCAUGCUUUUGAAAGUAGUCGUGUUCCGGCCACUGACAUACGCAACAUCCAUGUUGAGUGCAUGUUCAGUGAGGCUGUGAAGGGGCUCUUCUCUUGAAAUUACCCAGUGUCAGGAACUGGGCAGAGGAGGAGUGGUGGAGACUGCCUCCCCAUCUUGACCUUUCCAGGGAGUAAGGAGAGGAAGACAGUUUAGAUUUACAACAGGGGGUUGCAGGAGGUCACAGCUCAGAGGCAGAUGAGAGGAAAAGUUGGGAAAUAAUGGGAGAGGAGGAGGCAGGACCAGAACAGCAGCUGGAUGACACAGUGUCUUUAGAAUGCAUUCUAGACCCCUCAUCUCCCAGAACCUGGUGAACCUUAAAAGUUGGAGAGCAAAGAGCUCAAAGACAGAGGGCAUCCAUAGAGGAGGUGAUGAUGAUGACGAAUGAGGAAGUAGGAGAGACGUGGGGGUGGAGAUUCACUCGGGACAGCGCCAUUAUCUAAGAGACUGGGUUCUAUAGCCUCUCUCUGUAAAUAUUGACUAAAAAAGGACAGUAAGGAACCUUCUCUUGUCUUUAUACUUUCCUGGGAAAGUAGCCAGGAGUUGCUGACAGCAUUCUGUCACACAAACACAUCAAGCUGCUCAGGAUCUCCCUUGCAUGGAGGAACUCUUUACAUGUACAUGUAACUAGGCACAUCAGGUACAUCCAAACACUGGCCAGAUAUGCAGGUAGCAGGGUACGUAACCACACUGCCUGCCAGCAGUGACAAGACUAAGCCCAUACAACCCUGAAACUGCCCCACAUAUUAGUUCAGUGCUUUGUGGGGUUGUUUGAACUCUCUGCUGGAAGCCAUGCAUUUCAGGAUUGUCCUGAUGGGGGGAGAGGAAAAACCCACUUCCCAAUUUGGAGAGUAUUCCCACAGUAUCAUGUUGUGUAGCAGUUGCAGAAAUGUGGCUCUUGGAUGCUGUGUGAAUAAGACACAUGAGACCACAUGUGAUGGUUGAAAUCAAGCCGUUAGCUAAUGGUUAUACAGCAGGUAAGUAGGGGUGGCAUAGCAGUAGGGUGAGGAUCAGGUCAUAUUCCAAUCAGCCCUUGCUGUUGGAAUAGUGCUCUCCACUUGAUGGUUGGGAAACGCUCAUUGCAGUCUUGGGAGUUGACCAGUGCUGACUCUGGUGUGAGACAGGCACAUCCAUAACUUUUGAAGCAACUUAGUAUGUGUUAUGCAUCAAAACUAUUGGUUUCAAGUCUUAUUGACAAAUUCAGGCUUUCACUUCUACAGAGUAUGGGAACUUCAAAUAACAAUGUGCUCAGAGAUUUGUUCGUCUGUCUGUCUGUCUGUCUGUCUGUCUGUCUUUUUGUUUGUUUGUUUGUUUCAAUCUGAGUGAUAUCCAGAAUUAGCCAUGCUUAGAGCAAACCCAGUGAAAUCGGUGGAUAUACUCUGAGUAUGACUUAUUUGGGUAUCACCCUAAGUCACAUUUGGGAAACCUUUGGCCCUCCAGAUUUUGCUAAAUAACAACUCCCAUCAUCCUUUGCUUGCUGGGGCUGAUGGGAAUUGUAGUUCAGAAACAACUGGGGAGCCAUUGAACUGAGAAUGCAAUAAAAACUCUUUCAGUGAAUAUUUGUAUAAAAUGAUCUCCAUUUUACAUGUGCCUUCAUGGAUUCUUUUUCUACUACCUCUCAUUUCCAUUUAGGGUCACAAAGGUCCCCCUGGCAUGCCUGGCAUGCCUGGAAUGAAAGGUCACCGAGUAAGUAUUUUAACUUCAGCCAAUGCAUGGUAGAAGGCAUAUCAAUGAGCGGUAAUUCUCCCAGUUCUUGUAUAUUGCAGAAUCUUACUCAAGCCAAUGAGAUGUUUGUUCACUCAAACACUUUUCUAAACUAAACUCACUGAAGCCCCAAAGAUCAGGGCCCCAAUUCAACCAGUUAGGACAAGGUAACUGCAAUUAGCUUUUGUUGGCUUGGGGUCCAGUUGUGUUAGCAAGUAUUCACUGGCAGUCAGUGAAAAGUGGAAAUAUUCUCAGAUGAGUACAAUUUUUCAUUAGCACUGCUGUGUUCAGGCAAUUUCAAUGGAGAAUUCUUUUUUCUAUAUAAAUUGGCUUUGGAGAUAUGCAGGCCCAUUUCCUUGGAGUUUGCAUUCCUGGGGUUACUUUUUCUCUGGCAUUAAGAGGAGAUUUUCAGAAUUUCCCCUGAAGAUUCUCCUUUUGUUGUUGUUCUAUAUUAUUUUAAUUUGGCGGCUGCUAUUUCCCUCCCACAAUGCUGUUUCCCUACCAUGAUUGGAGAAUCCAAAAUGGUGGUCAGACUGGCAACACUACUGCUGUUGCUUCCACUUGAGAAACUGUUGGAUAAUGUUUCCUCCCCCUGUAGAAUAAAUAAUAAAUAAAUAGAAAUUCUGUGAAAUUCUUAACCCCCUCCUCCCUCUGAAGUUUCUUUGACCAUAGUUAAGGUAAAUGAUUUCUAUUUGUGCGUCUCUACUCAGAUGUAGGCAGUGCUUUUCUUCCCCAAAAAAUGUUUAGGAGUACUCUCAUUUUGACUCAAGAAACUCACCAUUUUAUAGUUCAAAUCGGGGAAAAUAAAUACAGUAAAUGGACAAAAGUACAAAGAUUCAAAAAAUGUUUAGCGGUAUGCAUACCCCUGCGUCCCCCCCAGAAAAAAAAAGCACUGGGUGCAGGGGAAAAUGAACAGAGCAAACUCUGUUGUUUAUCAAAAUGGGGGGCGGGGAGAAUGGCAUUUUCCAAGGAGAUGUGCUAAUGUAUUUAUUUCCUUUCACAAAGGGAUUUGAUGGAAGAGACGGUGCCAAAGGUGAUGCAGGUGCUCCUGGUCUGAAGGUAAAAUAUGUUUAUUCUAUAUACUGUACAGAACUGCUUCUACCAAAUUAGGGAUUGUUUUAAAUGUAUGCCUGAAGGGGCCAUUAAGCUGUAUUAUGAGCUGCCUGCUUGGUUUGGUUGAAAGAGUGGAUGACCCUGAAUAUGGGAUUUUUAAGUGCAUUUAGCUAAACAUUCGUCUAGCCUUCUCUGCUUGAACAAUAAGGUUUCCCAAACACAGGAGGGACUGUAAGUGGGUUCUGCCAAAUGCAAAGUUGGGGUGAGAGUGGCAAGCACAGCCCCACGCCAGUUCCGUGAAUAGAAUUAGGAGUGCCUGAAUAGAGUUUAGGGCAGCAAUCUUAUAUACCCUUACCUGGUAAUAGGGAAGGGUGACAAAUUCAGUUUGGUUCACAAGACAUAAUAUAUAUGGCUGUCCUUUGGAGCUCUCUGAAUUUUGCACUUCUCUGGCAUAAAAGGUAUACAAAAUAUCUAUGUUGCAGGAAAGUGUGUGUUCUAUUAAUUAAUGCAUUCUAUUACUAAAAAUCACAUACAAAAAUGCCUUACAUGAGGGGGAAAUUGCUUGCCAAAAAUGUGUAUAUUAGGCAAAACUACCGUUAAAAUGGUGUGUAUAUUGUGAGAAACGUGCCUACAAAUUUUCAUGAGGACAUUUUAUACAUAUAUAUUUCUCAAACUGAUACAAAAAUGUGUGAACUUAAGAAUGCAAAAAUGAGAAACUGAGAGAAAACUUGAGACUGACAGGUUCUACUAUCCCUACCUAAAAGCAAGCCACGCCAAAAUCAGUGGUGUUUACUUCAUUCUGUGUAUUAUUGCACGAUAGUAUUUGUCUAAUUAUGCAACCCCUUCACACAAUUAAUUUAAGAAGAAUAGGAAAAUAUUUACCAUUUCACACAAGGUUCUAAUUCCAGAGAUCCCUGUGUUCAGCAAAGCCCGGCAGGAACUCUACAACACACAAAGACCUCUUUACAUGCUCACCCAGUUGUCUCUGGUGAUGUUGAUCUUACUUCCCAAGCAAAUGAUCUAUCUCGUCUAUGGCCCAAUCCAGCCAGGAUCACUGCAUGUAUAGCCCAAGAUAGUGCAGGCAGAUUUGACCUAUGUAUUGCAUUUUUAUUUUUAUUUUACAUAUGAGGGUCUGAUCCAAAAAGCAAUCCUCAUAUAAAAGCCUGCUUCCAUGAACUUAUUGUCCUUGCUGGAUCAGGGUGAAAUAUUUAACAAUUCACACAAAAAGAAAAAACAGUUUUCAAAACUGUGAAACAAUAUAUGCUGUACAUUUAUAAAAUGUGAAGCAAUAUAUGCUGUAUAUUUAUCCAGUGUUUUCUUUAUUAAAUAGGGUGAGAACGGUCUUCCUGGAGAAAAUGGAUCCCCCGGACCAAUGGUAAUUUGUUUAUUUCAAAACAAUUGAGUAGGAAGUCUCAAAAUAAAUACUUGAUAGAACAUUCAGCUAUUGGAUUAAAUUUAUGUGCAUUGUGCCCUUUGAUAUAAAUACUUCCAGGGCAGCACACACAGGCAAAACAUUAAGAUGACUAUUAUUAUUAUUAUUAUUAUUAUUAUUAUUAUUAUUAUUAAAAAUGUAAAUAAAACAAGUAUAAUAGAUAUAAAAUAAUCACAUAGGAACAGUUAAAAACCUGGAAAAUUAAAACAGUUUUGUUUUCCUCUGGCUGAAAAAGAUAGCAUAGUAGAUGCCACAAAUGGGGGAAGAUUCCGUAAAUGGAAUUCCACAGCUGAGAAAGUCACCUCCCUCACUUCAAAAGGUGGGGAUAUCAAAUAGAGCACCUCUGAUGAUUGUGAUAUCAGUUUAUGACAGGCUAUUAUGGAGGCAGGGUGUUCCUUCAAGUAUCAGUCCCAUUUCAAGCUGUAUAGGGUUUCAAAGGUAAGCACUUACCUUUUGAAUAGCCUGCAGAAAUGAGCUUAUAGUCUGUGGAGUUGUUUAACAACCAGUAAUCUAUGUUACCGGGACGAGGGUGGCGCUGUGGGUUAAAUCACAGAGCCUAGGACUAGCCAUUCAGAAUGUUAGCAGUUCGAACCCCUGCGACGGGGUGAGCUCCCGUUUCUCGGUCCCUGCUCCUGCCAACCUAGCAGUUCAAAAGCACGUCAAAGUGCAAGUAGAUAAAUAGGUACCGCUCCGGCGGGAAGGUAAACGGCAUUUCCGUGCGCUGCUCUGGUUCGCCGGAAGCGGCUUAGUCAUGCUGGCCACAUGACCCGGAAGCUGUACGCCAGCUCCCUCGGCCAAUAAAGCGAGAUGAGCGCCGCAACCCCAGAGUCGGUCACGCCUAGACCUAAUGGUCAGGGGUCCCUUUAGCUUUAAUAUAUGUUGCCACCAGCUAGUCGAUUGUGCAUCUGUUCCCUUUUGAGAAGAGAUUCCAUGCUGUUAUCUAUUUCUGUUGUCCAAAAAAGAGCUUCCUAUUACACAAGUUCAACUAUCCCUUAGCAGCUAAGUAUAAAUAGAGCUGGUAGGUACUGUAGAUAAAAUGAUGUGGGUGGCACUGUGGUCUAAACCCCUGAGCCUCUUGGGCCUGAUGAUCAGAAGGUCGGCGGUUUGAAUCUGUGCGACGGGGUGAGCUCCCAUUGCUCUGCUCCAGCUCCUGCCAACCUAGCAGUUUGAAAGCAUGCCAGUGCAAGUUGAAAAAUAGGUACCGCUGCGGUGGGAAGGUAAAUGGUGUUUCCAUGUGCUCUAGCUUCUGUCAUGGUGUUCCAUUGCGCCAGAAGCAGUUUAGUCAUGCUGGCCACAUGACCCGGAAAGCUGUCUGUGGACAAACGCCAGCUCCCUUGGCCUCAAAGCAAGAUGAGUUCCGCAACCCCAUAGUUGCCUUUGACUAGACUUAACCAUCCAGGGGUCCUUUAUCUUUUAUUUUAUUUUAUAAAAUGGUGGAAGGAUUGGAGUGUGGAGAUGGUGUCCUCCUAAAUAGACACUGCCUCCUCCAAGCCACCCCAGCUCCUAUGGGCAGUGAAUCCCAAUACACAUGAUCAAAAUAGUCUUACUAUGGGGCCAAAAUAUUAAAGAGUCAUUCGUGGUGUUUCUCUCAUAAAGGUUUCCCAGCUAUCCAGUCAGUGAUGAAUAAUUUUAAACAAAUUGUGUUUGAUUUCCAUUCCUUAACUGAAUGUCAUAUAUUUUCAUUAGGGUCCAAGAGGUCAGCCUGGCGAGAGAGGAAGACCGGGAGCUCCAGGAAGUGCUGUAAGUUACUGAACCAAAACUUCACAUUGAUUGCUAUUUGUAGUCCUUCAGGCAAGGCAUCUUCAGCAGGUCUCAAGAAUCCUGGAAGGUAACAUGCAGACCCAGAAUUUUCUAAUGUUGCCUCUGGUUUUCUUGUGUACAAAAGGAGACGACAAAGUAUAGCAUGAGUGUGUUUGGAGAAAGGGUCCGUAUGUUACAAAAGUACCAUCCACACAGAAGAGGGAGGUUUCGGCAGGCUGAGAAGAAACCCCAAGGAUUGCAGAUGGGGGCUAAACUAGGAAGGGUGUGCACACAAGCCCACUGAAUAUACAGUGAAUCUCUACAUGUUCUGUGCAGAGAUUUCUCAGUCAUUGUUGUUGUUGUUAAUAUGCUUAUUGGUGACAUUUUAAAAUCAACAGGUGUAUUAAAAACAACAUCUAUUAUUAUUAUUAUUAUUAUUAUUAUUAUUAUUAUUAUUAUUAUUGCAGCAAUCCUAGAUAGGAUUGCAUCCUCCAUGCCUUUUUGGAGGCCUGGCUACUGACUGUCAAGAAUGGUGAACUAUUUAUAUAUCCUCUAUUCCUUUGGCACUGAUGCCCCCAAAUUCUGUUUUUAUUUUCCAAGUAUAUGCCAAGUGCCUGUAGUAAGAAUCAAAUUAUUCUCCCCCUCUACCAGGAUUGAGGGACGCGGGUGGCACUGUGGGUUAAACCACAGAGCCUAGGGUUUGCCGAUCAGAAGGUCGGCAGUUCGAAUCCCCAUGACGGGGUGAGCUCCCGUUGCUUGGUCCCUUCUCCUGCCAACCUAGCAGUUCGAAAGCACGUCAAAGUGCAAGAAGAUAAAUAGGUAACGCUCCGGCAGGAAGGUAAACGGCAUUUCCGUGCGCUGCUCUGGUUCGCCAGAAGUGGCUUAGUCAUGCUGGCCACAUGACCCGGAAGCUGUACGCCGGCCCCCUCAGCCAAUAAUGCAAGACGAGCGCCGCAACCCCAGAGUCAUCCACGACUGGACCUAAUGGUCAGGGGUCACUUUACUUUAUACCAGGAUUAACACAUACUAUAGUUUGUUUACUUUGUGGGCUUGGCAGCCAUUAUUUAAAAGGCAUUUUUAAAACUGCCUUUCUUGAAGAUUUUGUCCCCUUGUUUCUUCCCUCCCAAACCCAUCAGUUCCAGAUUCAUCACCCAGAGCUCCAAUGUGCACAUAAAAUUCCUGAAGCUCCAAAGUUUCUGGUGAGGAGCAAGUUCAGUGCUUACAAUGAGAGGAAUUCACACAUGGAGUUUUCUUUCUCUCCUUACAAACAAAUGUUUGUUUCAAAGAGGGAAACAUAUUAAUAUUGCUCCGUGUCAGAUUUUGUUUGUUCCUAAUGUAUUUAAUUCCAUUUGCAGGGCGGUCGUGGUAAUGAUGGCUCCCCUGGAGCAGCUGGCCAACCCGUAAGUAACUGUGCGUUGUGUGGCUAUUAGCCACUCUGACCUGUUUAUAACUCGGAGUACAUCUAGCCCGGGACGCAGUUGGCGCUGUGGGUUAAACCACAGAGCCUAGGAUUUGCCGAUCAGAAGGUUGGCAGUUCAAAUCCCCGCAACGGGGUGAGCUCCCGUUGCUCAGUCCCUGCUCCUGCCAACCUAGCAGUUCGAAAGCACGUCAAAGUGCAAGUAGAUAAAUAGGCACCACUCUGGCGGGAAGGUAAACGGCGUUUCCGUGCACUGAUCUGGUUCGCCAGAAGCGGCUUAGUCAUACUGGCCACAUGACCCGGAAGCUGUACGUUGGCUCCCUCAGCCAAUAAAGCGAGAUGAGAGCCGCAACCCCAGAGUCGGCCAUGACUGGACCUAAUGGUCAGGGGUCCCUUUACCUUUACAUCUAGCCCAUAUAUUAUAUUAAGUGCUGCUGAAUUGCAAGCGAGACAUAAAGCACUUCUGGCUUCCCUCAAUGAAGGCAACGGCCAAAGUAAAACUUCAGAUGAAUUGUACUUCAGAUAUUACAUUUGUUGCCGAGAACCAGUAGUGCCAGGCAACAUGCAUCAUUAAAACAAUGCCUGGCCCUUUUGUUAUCCGCACUGGUAUCUUCUGCUUCUAUACGUUCAUCCCACACCCUGGUAGUCUCUUGUUUUAUUCAAACACUUGCUAAGUUCCAUCUCAAAAUCUAAAAAAGAAGAAGAGCUCACCCCCCUGUGCACUCUCCAGAAGUAGUUACAGAAGGGUCGGAUAGAGAUCCAACAAAAAUAAAUAAAUCUAUCUAGUCGCGUCUCUGUGAAUAGCAUUUAGAUUGAAAUUCUUCUCAGGUUAUUGAUUAAUGAACAAAAUCUAAAACCACAGUUUCCAUAUGUGCUGAGGAAACCCAGACAAUGUUAGGCGUGACUCAGUCCACUGAACAGAGUGAAAUUUAAAUGGGUUUAUGCCAUUUUGCUUUUAACAAGAGUCUUCCCUGUGAUUGGGAGUCGAAGUCUGUGGCUGAAGUGAAAGUCUCACCACAUGAGAACAGCUGAGCUAAAGACUCAUCCAAUUUGCCCUUGCCGCACCACUUUCCCCCAGGGAAACCCAAUGUUUACUGCUGAAUCAGAGCAAACUUCAAUCACGUUUUCUCCAGACUGACUUUGCUCUGAUUUAUUCCUAAAGAGCUGGUUUCCCAGGGGAAAGCAGUGGGGCAAGUAGAAAACUGCUCAGACUCAUGCUUUCUAGGCAUGGGACAGGUGCAAGUUUGGAUGAGCUCUAAGUCUCCAUUCCAUCACAAUGCAUUGGGACUUAGCCAAGAGACUAAUGUGUGCUAAAAUCUGUCCAUAUUCAGCAUUAUGAAAUCCAAGUAACUUAUAUCUGGCAUAUUGCAAGGACCCAGUGUAUAACCAUUCACGUGGUCAUAACACAAGCUUCCUGUGUUAUUUAUAUAUUGUUGUGAUAUCCAUAUCCUGCUUUUUCAGUAAAAAAAUAAUAGUCAAGUUUACUUGCAACAUGUUUAAAAUCACAAAACAUCAACAUGUCGACCACAUUUUAAAAAAAUGUGUAAGGAACAGGCCAUAGGAGAUAGAUAUAAAAUCUAGGGAUUUGUUGUUGUUGUUGUUAAAAAAGACCAGUUUAGGAAGCCAAAAAUUUGUGUGAACAAGAUGAUGGAAGUCCAUCAGAGAUGAACAAAAUGAACCCCUCUUGGUGGGGAGUCCCACAACCUAGGUGAGACCACAGAGAAGGCUUAUGGUUUUGUGAGAGACCCUAGGCUGGAUACCUGAGCUCAAGCUCUGUGCUUGAUGUGUCACUUCAAGCACAGGUAGCAGCUCACGAUGGUGAAGGCAACCUUCCAAAGUCACACAUUCAGAAAGGGAAAGAUUUUGUUCAUAGGUGGGCCACAUAGUCUCUUGAUUGUUUUCAUCUAUUCUCAUAAGAAUAUGAUAUAACACAACUAAUACUUUUAAAAAAUAAUGACCUAUAUCAUUUUUUCUUCCAAUAAUAAUAUUGUUGUUGCUGUUUUCCUAAGGGUCCCCCAGGCCCCCCUGGACCUUCAGGAUUUCCAGGUUCUCCAGGUUUUAAGGUAUCUAUCCUAUCCUAUCCCUUUCUAUCCUAUAUGUUUGCCUUUAAAUAAAUGCCUCAUAUAUGUCUCAUCUGCGAUCCUAAGGACGUUUUUGCUGAAAUCCACAAAUAGAUGAAGUUAGGAAGUUUUAUCAAAAGUAGCUAUUGGGUCUGGGUUUUUCACUAACGAGGUGUUUCUUAUCUAUUAAUAGCAUGUGGGGCACGGGUGGUGCUGUGGGCUAAACCACAGAGCCUAGGGCUUGCUGAUCAGAAGGUUGGCAGUUCAAAUCCUCACGAUGGGGAUGAGCUCCCAUUGCCCGGUCCCUGCUCCUACCAACCUAGCAGUUUGAAAGCACGAAGUGCAAGUAGAUAAAUAGGUGGGAAGGUAAAUCAUGUUUCCGUGCACUGCUCUGGUUCGCCAGAAGCGGCUUAGUCAUGCUGGCCACAUGACCCGGAAGCUGUACACUGGCUCCCUCAGCCAAUAAAGCGAGAUGAGCGCCGCAACCCCAGAGUCAUCCGCGACUGGACCUAAUGGUCAGGGGUCCCUUUACCCUUUACCAAUAGCAUGUGAGGUGGUUAUUCCCCCCCAAAAAAAUCAUGCAGUGUGAUUUUAAUUGAAACACUUGUGGAUUUGAAUGGCCAAGUUCCAGAUUUAAAAUCUUCUCUAUUGAUGCAAACAUAACAAGGUACUGUGUAGAUAUCUGGAAGAGGAUCUUCAGUGCCUCAUCGAUUAUGGUUUUCAGUAUCCCUUUGUGGGGAGAGGCAGAAUGGUAAAAAAAAUGAAUGUGUUUGGUGUUGAUGUAUCCUUAGUUUCCACUAACUUUUUCAGAAAACAAUUCCACGCACCCUUUCCUUCACAUUCUAAAUAGCAACAAUUAUUGAGAGAUCAUGGCAAACAUAUUUGCUGACAUUACUUUGUGCUGAAGAAGAAUUCUUAUUCUUCUUCUCUGGCGAUUACUCGUAGCCGACUAAGAUUGUUUUCUAUAAACACGGUUUUAACUGAGAGUCCGUAAGUGACUGUGGAGACCAAUUCUGGAUCCACACAUCCUUCCACAGUGGGGACAUUGGUUUCCGGGCGGGAUUUGAUCACGGUGAUCACGGUGUGGAUUUGCCAAGUGUGCCUUCCUCUUAGUAUGUUUAUCCCUUGCGUCCUGAGUUCGAGUGUCUUCAAAGCCCAGUGUUUCCCAGUUGUCAGUGUUUUUUUAGAUUUGCCUUGAGACAGUUUUUAAACCUCUUUUGUUGACCACCAGCAUUACGCUUUCCAUUUUUAAGUUAAGAAUAGAAGAUGAUCAUCAGGCAUCCGCACAACAUGACCAGUCCAACAAAGUUGAUGUUGAAGAAUCAUUGCUUCAACACUGGUGAUCUUUGCUUCUUCCAGUACACUGGCAUUAGUUCGCCUGUCUUCCCAAGUGAUGUGUAAAAAUUUUCAGAGACACCGUUGAUGGUGCCUGAUUGCCAUGACCCUCGUGUGAUGUGAUCUUCCACUUAAUGAAACCACCAGAAGAAAAUCCAGUGAAAAUCCUCAUUAUUGCAUAUUUUACACGGCUGUUUAUAACUGUAUAUAUUUUAAAAUUUUAUAUAUGGAUGUUUUGUGAUGGCCUAUGUUAGUAAUGCCUAAAAAAGUUUGGCAAAGUAGGAUGAAAUCAUCAAGCUACUGAGUUUUGUUUGUUAAAACCGAUUGCUUGCUCUCUUCUAUUCAGGGUGAAACUGGUCCUGUUGGCCCCCCUGGCUCUAGUGGGUCUCCUGGAGCAAGAGGAGAACCUGGUCCUCAAGGACAGCCUGGUGGUCCUGGUCCUGCUGUAAGUAUCAUAUGUCCUUUAUACACCCAUACAUUGUUUUACUCACCUAGCAAAAUCUGUUUCAUAGAGACAUUUUAAAAGCUGCUUCCGUGAAUGUCAACAUUAUUACCUAUUCUCUUUUUUUCAAUUCUAUUUUAUUAAGUUUCAACAUUUUAAAAUUAUACAAUCAAAACACAGUUUUGUCUUUUCUCUUAUUUUUGUCAGCUUCCUUUUUUCCCCAAUAAAUUUUUAUUAAUUUUCCAACACAAUUAUACAAUUUUAUCCAAAUUUUAACAAAUUAUCUCUUUUUCGACUUCCUUCAGCUUCUCUGGCAAUCAUCCAUAUUUAUCUCUUCAAUAUGCAUUCCCUUCAUUUGUAUUGCCAUUUGUCUUCCCUCCCCCUUCUAUUUCUUUUUAACAAUACAUCUCAAUUUUUACAGUGCUUCUUGAAACCCCACUAGCAUUGUUUCCACAUCUCAUACACUUUUCAGAUAUUCUACAAACUUUCCCCAGUCUUCGAUGAACCUUUGGUCUCGCACGUAUCUAAUUUUCCCAGUUAGUUUAUCCAAUUCCGCAUAAUCUGUCAGUUUCACUCUCCAUUCUUCUACCGUCGAUAUUUCCUCUUGUUUCCAUUUCUGGGCCAGUAAAAUUCUUGCUGCUGUAACUGCAUACUGAAAAAGUUUACAAUCCUUUCUUCUUAUUUCCUUUCCUGUAAUCCCUAAAAGAAAAGCUUCUGGUUUCUUUACAAAAGUAUAUUUUAACAUCUUUUUCAAUUCAUUGUAUAUCGCUUCCCAGAAACUUUUCACUUUCUUACAUUCCCACCACAUAUGAUAAAACGUUCCUUCUUUUUCUUUACAUUUCCAACACUUAUUACAUGUCUUAUACAUUUUUGCUAGUUUUACCGGUGUAAUGUACCAUCUAUAAAAUAUUUUCAUAACAUUUUCCUUCAACGCCGUACAUGCAGUAAAUUUUAAAUUUUCUUUCCACAGGUUUUCCCAAUCAUCAAAUUGAAUAUUAUACCCAAAGUCUUUGGCCCAUUAUAUCAUUACCGAUUUAACCUCUUCAUCUUUCGUAUACCAUUCCAACAAUAUCUUAUACAUUUUUGACAAAAUUUUACAUUCAUUAUUUAGUAUAUCUGUUUGAAAUUUUGAAUCUUUUUCUACAUAACCACUUUCUUUUAUAUCUUUUUUAAACAUUUCAUUAACCUGGAGAUAAUGCAACCAAUCAUAUACAUGAUCUUUAACUUGUUCAUAUGGUUUUAAUUUCCAUUUUCCUCCUUCUUUAAUUACCAUUUCACCAUACGUAAUCCAUUUACCUCUCAUAUUAAUUUUCUUUACACUCAUAACCUCCAACGGAGAUAGCCAGUGUGGAACUCUUGGUUCCAAUAGAUUUUUGUACCUGUCCCAUAUUUCUAUUAACGAAUUCCUGAAGAUGUGGUUCCCAAAACCUUUAUGAAUUUUCUUCUUGUCACACCAUAAGUAUGCGUGCCAUCCAAAUCUGUUAUCAAAACCUUCAAGACCCAAUAAUUCCUUAUUUUCUAGUUUUAUCCAUUCCUUUAACCAACAUAGGCAUGCUGCUUCAUAGUAUAGUUUCAUAUCAUAUUUUUGUCAGCUUCCAACCUCGUUUUCCAUGCAGUUGUUGUCUGCUUCACCCUAUCUUCUAUCUAUCAAGUUAUAACCACAAUAUUAUAAUCUAAUUACUUCUGUUACUCAUAGCUGAAAUCCUUCUCGCGAGUUCGUCAUACUAUAAAAUUUCUUUAAAUAGUCCAAAAAAGGCAUCCAUUCUUCCAUAAAACCCUCAUCAUUAGAAUCUCUUGAUUUUGCUGUUAAUUUUGCCAGUUCUGCAUAGUCCAUUAUCUUACUUAUCCAUUCUUCUUCAGUUGGAACUUCUUCUUCCUUCCAUUUCUGCACAUAUAGAAUCCUAGCUGCUGUUGUUACAUACAUAAACAACUUUUCACAUUUUCGGUGGGAUUUCUGCCCCUAUAAUCCCUAACAGAAACGCUUUGGGCUUUUUCAAUAGGCUCAUUUUACGCUUUUUAUCUUAUCAUGUAUCAUUUCCCGAAAUACCCUCGCUUUCUUGCAAAUCCACCACAAAUAUAUGUAAAAAAAAAAUCUACCUGUUUACACUUCCAGUUAUUAUUAGGAACCUUCUUAUACAUUUUAGAUAAUCUGUUAGGUGCUAAGUACCAUCUAUACGACAUUUUCAUAUAAUUUUCUUUUAGAGCAUAGCAAGCAGUAAAUUUUAUAUCUACUUUCCGUAGCUUUUCCCAUGCACUCAUUUCUAAAUAUUAUUACCUAUUGUCUCUAGGGUCCUGGAGGUAGAGAUGGAAGUCCUGGUGCAAAAGGUCCCCCAGUAAGUAAUCCUUCUGUCAUACCACAUUGGCUGUGCCUGUGGUCUAAGCUGCCAUUUUAUUCAAUAUCACAUGGGAAUUUGUAAAUUUGAGCACAUUUUCUUUCCCCACAGGGUCCUGCUGGCAUGGCUGGUGCUCCUGGACUGAGCGGAGGUCGUGGUCCUCCUGGCCCCCCGGGUACCAAUGGAAUCCCUGGACAAAGAGGUCCAGCUGUAAGUCGCCAGCUCAUCUUUGUCAAGUUUGCAUGAAAAUUGGAUUCAGGAAAACAACAUCUGCAAUCCUAUAGAUAUUGGGAAAACAACACCUGCAAUAUAUACAGUACUUAUAGGCACAAGGAUAUGAUUUGAACCUAAUUAGGGAGGGUUAUCUUUUGAGCUUCCAACUUUCCAUGUUUCCUCCUGAAAACUAUUACAUCUUAUCUCCGACAUUUUGCUGUUAUUAUCAAUAUAUGCCCGGGAAUAACCUGAAUCAGAGGGUUGGGGAAUGCAUUCUCAGGCAGAGCAGCUCUUCUCUGAAGAGGAGCUAUAGGGGAAAGAUUUGUCCCCCCCUUGUCUCCAGCGGUUUCAGAAGCAGGGAGAGACACAGACACUGAGCAGCUUUGGCAGGAGUUACCUAGCUACGAGCUAAUGGAAAGAGAAACAGAAGGGAGGGAACAGCCAGCAGAGACGUCAUUAGAGUGUGAGGGAGUCUCCCUCCCCAAGAACUAGGAGGUCUGUCUGUAUUAGAGAACAAAGAAUGCAGAGAGGAGGAACUUCCUGUUGGUGCCCAGGAUGUUGCAGGGGAUGGAAGGGGAAGGAUUUAGAGUAGCCAACUGCUCUCCUAGUGGAGAGAUGUGGAUUUUUGCUUGCAACCAGAUGACCGAAUAAAAAAAGACUAUAAAUUAUAAACUGCUCAUUAAUUCUUAUCUGUGAAGUUAUCAACGGGAGGGGAGGACUCUCGAUGCCUUGACAAUAUAAUACAAAUGGGGAUGGCACUAGAAGCCAAAAAUAUUAAUGAUAAGAAAAUAUUUUACUAGAUAUAGUGGCACGACAGAUAAAAAUGCGUAACUUUAGGGUGGGUUCAGUCAUGCUUAGGAAUAAUUCCAUGUGCCUUGCAUCCUAAAUAGCAAGAAUUCUUGAGAGAUCAUGGCAGACAAUGGGUCAUAUUUGCUGACAAUACUUUGAGCUCAAGAUGAAUUAUCAGCAGCAGAUUUUACUAGAUUGCUUUUUGCUCUCCUACUCAAACUAAGGGUGUAACCCAAGCGCAUUGAAAAGCCAUGUUUGAUCAAGGCAUAAUCAUGCUUAGAGUAGCCUCAUUGAAAUUAAUGAGACUUAAGUUAGCUGUGACUAACUUGCCCCAUUGAUUUCAAUGGGUCUACUCUAUGUAUGAUUAAGUCCAAGCCACUGUGAGAUUUUAUGAAAGCUGUCAUUGUAGUGUUUGAUCUUUGCUGGCUCAUUCAAACAAGCAAGUCAAGCGGUGAAUGCGCAUGUCUGAAACAGCCGUUAAUCUUUACCGCAGGGGUAGCUACCCUGUUGCAGCAAAAUGACAAAGAGUGUCAUGACAAAAGCUUUAGUGCUGCAGAAUCCACUUUGCCGAAUGCAUACAAUGUGAUCCUAAAUCUCAGAACAACACAAUUUUUCUCCUAGCGUGUGUGGUUCAUUUGGUCUCAGUCAGUGAAACCCCACAUUCUAUCGGAAGUAUAAUGUGAGGUAUAGGGAUGUGGGUGGCACUGUGGUUGUCGGUUUGAAUCCCCAUGACAAGGUGAGCUCCCGUUGCUCUGUCCCAGCUCCUGCCAACCUAGCAGUUUGAAAGCACACCGGUGUAAGUAGAUACUGCAAAUAGGUACCACUGUGGCAGGAAGGUAAACGGUGUUUGCAUGCACUCUGGUUUCCGUCACAGUGUUCCGUUGUGCCAGAAGCUGUUUAGUCAUGCUGGCCACAUGACCCGGAAAGUUGUCUGCAGACAAACGCCGGCUCCCUUGGCCUGAAAGCGAGAUGAGCGUCGCACUGCAUAGUCUCCUUUGACUGGGCGUAACCAUCCAGGGGUCCUUUACCUUUACCUUUUUAUAAUGUGAGGUGCUUCACCUGCUGGAACGAUUGCUGUUUAAUAAGUCUUUCGGUUAAAUUUUAAGGAUUGUGUGUUCUCUUUAGGGUGAACCUGGUAAGAAUGGCGGAAAAGGAGAACCGGGACCAAGAGGUGAACGAGUGAGUAUUUGUCAACCCAGUACCUAGUAGGUUUGGAUGGGGCGGAACUGUAAUUCCUGCUCAUGGAAAAUUGGUUUCAAAAGAUACCAGUACAUUGCUGUAGUGAGAUUUUAUCUUUGGGACUCCUCCAGCUUUAGCAGUUAAUAAUAUUUUAUUGUAUUUCAUUAUAAGGGUGAAAAUGGUACUCCCGGCGCUGCUGGUCCUCCAGGAGAAGAAGGCAAGGCAGGGGGACCUGGUCAACCUGGCACAAAUGGUAUACCUGGAAGUCCAGGAGAACGCGUAAGUACUCAGCAGAUCAGGUUUUAGACAAAGGGAAACACACCUUUGAAAUGACUAGUGUGGCCAACAGUGCAACCAGACUCAUGUCUGCUCAGAAUUAAGUUCAGCUGAGUUCAGUGGACUUACUUCCAGCUAAGUAUGCAUAGGAUUGCAACCUAAAUCCUGAAGCAGCGAAACAUUAGCCUUGCCCAACUUAAGGGACUAUUCAGAAGACGGUAAAUUCAAGAGAAUGAAAUGGAGUAAGAGCUUUUUUCGCUAGAAAAAAGCCAACAAGAUUGUCAUUCUUGAAUUAUUUUUAUUUUUAUUUUUUAUUUUUUGAGAAACAGCGUGGAUUUCCAGCGUGGUCCCCAACUAUAGCACUUUUCACCAUCGGGAGCAUUAAAUUGUAAGCUCCUCGGUACAAAGACCUUGUCCUUUCAUUAGCUGGAUCAGGUCCAUUGUACAUGAAUUCUAGAGCAGCAACAGAUAAACUUUUCAUCCAAUGUGAAAUGUCGCCUACAGUUAUUCUUUUGACUAAAUCUCAUCCAUCAUCUCAUAUAUAUGCUGUUAUGUGGACAUCUCAGUACAAAUAAAAGAUUGAAAAUGCAUUUGACAUCUCUGCUUGGUUGGCAUGUAGCAUACUUCAACGCAUCCUUUUCCUCUGCUAUUAAGUGACCCGCAGCAUGAACAUUUCUGUUGGUUUUUUCCUUCAGGGUGCCCCAGGUUUUCGCGGCCCUCCUGGCAGUAAUGGACUUCCAGGUGAAAAGGUAUACUCUUCUCUUCCUGCUAAACUGUUCACUUUCUACUUUGCUUAUUGUUUUUCCUCAAAUUACAAUACAACUUUAUAUUUCCACAAUCUGUUACUAAUCCUAUAUUGCAAUUUGUUUCAAUGUCAUUUAAGGGUGGGCCCGGUGAACGAGGUUCUCCUGGUCCUGCAGGACAAAGAGGCGUUCAGGGUGAACCAGGACGUGAUGGUAGCCCAGGUCUUCCAGGAAUGAGAGUAAGUUAAAAUACCUUCUGGGUGGGAUAGAUAGAUAGAUAGAUAGAUAGAUAGAUGAUAUAGAUAUAGAUGAUAUAGAUAUGGAUGCGGCUGGCGCUCUGCUAUAAACCACCAAACCUUUGGGCUUGCCGAUCAGAAGGUUGGCGGUUCGAAUCUCUGUGACAAGGUGAGCUCCCGUUGCUCUCUUCCAGCUUCUGCCAACCUAACAGUUCGAAAGCGUACCAGCUCAAGUAGAUAAAUAGGUACCGCUGCAGCAGGAAGGUAAAUGGCGUUUCCAUGCGCUCUGAUUUCCAUCACAAUGUCCUGUUGCACCGGAAGUGGUUUAGUCAUGCUGGCCACAUGACCCGGAAAGCUGUCUGUGGACAAACGCCAGCUCCCUCAGCCUGACGGCGAAAUGAGCGCCGCAACCCCAUAGUCACCUUUGACUGGACCUAUUUGUCUAGGGGUUCUUUACAUACACAAACACACACAAUAUUAUAUAUAUUCCAUAUUAGUGAUGGCUGAGAUGACUAGCUAUAGUAACAAAGAGCUCAUAUGCCAAUACUUUAUUCUGCUAAUAUCCAGAUACCAACUUUCUAGAUUUCUAGAUAAUUCCCUACCAGUGUCCAAGUCCUUGAGAAUCCAUUUACACCUAUGCACUUAGUGGUCAAUGCUUAUAAAGAGCUGUGCUUCAUUAUAGAGAAGAAAUGGUGGACUUGUUUCUUGACUGCACCACUAGGACAUCUUAAAUUUGUCAACUUUCGAAUUCCAAAAAUGAGAGGUGAUAAAAAAGUUGUAACAUGACUUGGGAAUUCAAAAGGAAGUUUGGUUAAAGUAAUGUAAUUUAGUUUUGCUAAGCAAGCAAAAUGUGUGCAAAUCAUUGAAAAUAUUUGCCAAGCACUUGCAGUUAUAUUUUUAAUUAAUUUAUUUAGCAUCACCUGACAUUUGCAGAAGGGAAAAUUUAAAUUAUUUUGUUUUCUGAAAGCAUUUUGUGUGCUAUUGCACCAAAAGUAGACUUACCAAGCUAAUAAUUGUCCAGCCACAAAAUAAUAGCAGAUUUGAAUUUUUCACACCCAAAAACAAUUUUUAAGACCCUUCACUGGAGAGAUUAGCAAAAAUUAAGUUUCAUGCCCUAAAAUAACAUGCCCUACCACUUAAUAAAGCUUGUCUUCAAGGCUAAUGCUUUAACAGUGGGAAAAAUAAAAUGGAACCCUAAAAUGUCCUCUUACGAAAGGUCUCUUUUACACAAAUACUAUUUUCAUUUCCUUGCACAGGGUUUAACAGGAAGCCCAGGAAGCCCAGGACAGGAUGGAAAACCAGGUCCUUCUGUAAGUAAAUAACUUUAUGCCACUCCUGUUACCAUCCUUGACUUUCACACCUGUAAUAAAAUAAACAUAGCAGCUUAUUUAAAUUUACUGAGUACAUUGGUUUGCUCUGAAGUUAUAUUAGCAAAGCUUUUACUCUGGGUUUUACUAAAUGGCACUGUCAACCCUACUUAGCUAACAUUCAUGGGGACACCAAAUAUUAUUAGAUGAAUGUAUACUUUCAGUAGGAAUGCGGGUAGAGCUGUGGGCUAAACCACAUAGCCUAGGACUUGCCAAUCAGAAGGUCGGUGGUUUGAAUCCCCGUGACAGGGUGAGCUCCCAUUGCUUGGUCCCUGCUCCUGCCAACCUAGCAGUUCGAAAGCAUGUCAAACUGCAAGUAGAUAAAUAGGUACCGCUCCGGUGGGAAGGUAAACGGCGUUUCCAUGCGCUGCUCUGGUUUGCCAGAAGCGGCUUAGUCAUGCUGGACACAUGACCCGGAAGCUGUACGCCAGCUCCCUCGGCCAAUAAAGCGAGAUGAGCGCUGCAACACCAGAGUCGUCCGCGACUGGACCUGAUGGUCAGGGGUCCCUUUACCUUUAUACUUUCAGUGUCUUAGGGUUUUCUUGCUUGUGUGUGUGUGUGUGUGUGUGUGUGUAUGUGUGUGUGUGUGUGUUUUAAAUCAUUUGAGAAUGUUUAAAAUGACAGGAUAAUCUAGAACUGUCUUUGUUUAAUUCACAACAGCAAGAUGAUCCCUUGGGGUUUUCAUAUUUCUCUGUUGUUUCUUUACAUGUCCCUAUACAUUUAAUUUGCAUUUGUUUUCAUCAGGGGUCCCCGGGAGAAUCAGGGCGAAGUGGUCCCCCAGGACCAGCAGGUCCACGAGGUCAACCAGGUGUGAUGGGUUUUCCUGGUCCCAAAGGUAGCGAGGUUAGUAUAAUCUGAAGAAUAUAUACUUAAGAGGCCACACUUACUUAUACUUACAGCUUCUAUAAACUCAUGGUGCUGUGACUCAGACAACAGAAUAUCUGUUUCCAGUGCUUUUUGUCCUACAAAAAAAGAGGUGCCGGAACUCACCAUGAAUGUCUCUGUUGUUCUCUUAGAAUGGCAAUGGCACCCACCUGAGAGGUGCUGGAACUGAGUUCCAGUGAGUUCCAGCUGAAAAAAAGUCCAGUCUGUUUCUACUUUGAGUAUGGCACCCCUGGAUGUCUGUGACUGGCCAUAAAUUAUGGUUCUAUCACAUUAUUUUGAUAAUAAAUAGAACGUAGUAUACUGAACUUUUAUUGCUUUCAGUCCACAGCCAUUGAAAUUUUCCACUAUUAAAAACAAAAAAAGAUUUCAGAGAUACAUUUCAACUCUGCCAUAUGUUUGUAUUUCUUAGGGUUCACCAGGUAAAAAUGGAGAGAGAGGUUCACCUGGACCUCCUGGCGGACUGGUGAGUAGAAUUAAUCAAUCUGCUAGUAAUUCCACAUUAUAUCUUUAUGGCAUUAUGCUGACCAUAACUAACACCAAUUCUUAUUAUUUAACAGGGACAACCAGGAAAGGAUGGUGAAGCAGGAGCACAAGGCCCUCCAGGACCUUCUGUAAGUAAGCUUCAUUGAGAAACAUGACAACAAUUUCAUAGACUCAGAGCUGGAAGGGACCUCAAAGGUCAUCUACUCCAACCUGCUAUUACUGUUGCAGCAUCCCAAUUAUAUCAUAUCUACUAAAAUUGUAACUACUGGCUAUAAAAAGACAAAGUAAAUUUAUCACCCAUCCUAUCUGUAAUUCUGUCUGGGACUUCACUUGACAUCAGGCAGUGGGGCACAAAUUUCAUCUGGUAACCAUGCAAAUUAUUUUUUGAUAUUUAGGGGAAAUGAGUAUGUUUGUUCCGAUAGCAUUGGAAAUGAGAUUGAGGGGAGCAGAACAGGGAAUCAUACAUCAGGAAUUCAGUACUUUUGCUGCCUUCUUCUUCUUCUUCUUCUUCUUCUUCUUCUUCUUCUUCUAUGCCAGCUGCUGGGUGACCUUGGGCCAGUCACACUUCUCUGAAGUCCCUCAGCCCCACUCACCUCACAGAGUGUUUGUUGUGGGGGAGGAAGGGAAAGGAGAAUGUGAGCCGCUUUGAGACUCCUUCAGGUAGUGAUAAAGUGGGAUAUCAAAUCCAAACUCCUCUUCUUCUUGAUUAGUGUUGCCCUCUUAUUGUUUCUUUAUCUCAACAUACCCAGGAACAAAACAGUACAGAUGUGCCAAUGAUGCGUAGAGUGUGUUGGCAAACUAUUAUGACUACUUUCCCCCUCGGUUUUUCCAGGGUCCUUCUGGGGAAAGAGGGGAGCCAGGAGCAACAGGACCACCUGGAUUCCAGGUAUUUUGAUAUUCAGCUGUUAUUCAUUCUUGAGUAUAUAUUUUUCCCCAAACCAGAUUCUUUAAAAGCAAGUUAGGGCGAAAAUGUGGAAAUGCAUUUAUGACACGAAUCAUUUAAUUAUAUUUUGAUGUUCAAGUCUGCAAUACUGAACUCAGCUUGUUUAUCCCAUCCCAUCAGAAUCAGUGGGAUUUGAGCAAUGUAACUCUGAGCCAAUUUCAGCCAGAAAAAAGCAAGGUACCAUAGAUUCCCCUACUCUGUAUUUUUAUGCCUUUCCCAACUGCAAAGACACCAUCAGGUUAUCAAAUUUAGCUACUGGUCAUCUAAAAGGAGUUGGACAUAUUCGUAAAGUGUAAAAGAUCCAUAAAUACCUCCCAAGGAAUUUAUCUAUAAUCCUAUUUGUAGGUUUCCUUCAAUAUUCCUACAGAUGUUUUCCUUGACAUAGACCCUUCAGGUUAGCCUCACAUUUGACUAUAUGAACAAUUAUUGGUGACAGGCUGCAAACAUACCCUUUGUUAGGGUUACUCUUGAACUGCACGUUUAUGCUCUAUCAUGGAAGAGAGAUAGUAUUGACUCAGAGAUGGAGUAGCCAUUUAGCAUGCUUAAGGAUCUAGGCCUAGUUAAAGAUUAUCAGGUAGGUGGGGAAAAUAGGCCGAUGCCAAUCAGAGUAGACAAUAACUGAAAAGAUGGGUCAGUGGUUUGACACAAUAUAAUGCCUAUAUUCAGAUGGAAAUCACUAAGUGGAGGAAGCUACUUUCUACUCUUUCUGAAUUUUUAUUUAUAAAGUCAUGCAACACCAUUUGGCUGUUUAUGUGCUGGAAAAGCAGACCUAUAUAUGUGUAACGAGUUCUUUUGCCUCUCCUAGGGACUACCUGGUCCUCCUGGCGGACCCGGAGAGAAUGGAAAGCCUGGAGAAGCUGUAAGUUGUCCUUUCAUCUUCUCUUUUCCCUCCUCUUUCCCCUCAAUCUUCACCUCCAGAAAAAAAAUGGAAAAAAAAUGGAUGCACAGAUACACAGUGCUGAGUGGUGUGGCGAAAAACAUGCAGGCUUUCCCACAUACUAUCACAGCAGCAUCUAAAUGAUAUCUGGAAAUGGUGGCAUAUAUCACUGCUGAAAUAUCAGCCCUAGCAAACCUGGGACACAAGGAAAAUUCCAAGGUUGCUAUAAUGAAUUCUGAGUCCUAACUGUAUGUUGACAUAGAGCCAUUUUCCAGGGGCAGUGGUGGGGUGGGGAUUAGUUUCUAGUAUAGCUUUAAAUGAACAAUUAAUGAGGUAUUACAUGCCAAGUAAUUACUGCCAUGAAGUGAUGUGACUCAUGAGCCAAAUGCUUUUUUUAAAAAACCUACAACAUAGUAGAAAAAUAAACCAUAAUAAUAAUAUAAAACUUUAAAAAGAAUGAGUAGCAUAAAAUAUAUUCCAUAGUGGAAUACAAGGUUCAUAUUUAUAGAAAACAUAUCACAUAAUCAUGACUGUUGUCAAAUAAAUUCAUAUUUAGUGGGAAUAUGAUUUUUUUAAAGCUAUAUUUUUUAAAGCAAUGUCUACAAAAUGUUUCCAUCAAUAUUUGCUUCUUACUUAAAUAAAAAUCUAUAUUCUCCCGAUAUGCCAGGAUUUCAUACAAACUGUAGGGCAUAAAAAACUAUUAUAUAAGGACUAAACACGAGGACAGAAAAGAGUGUGAGUUGUUAGCAUUUUCCUACAGGUCAAAAAGGGUUUUGAUAAAUUAGAAUUGAAUUAUCUUUUUAAAACCUUAAAGAAAGUUAGUACUGGUUCAGUUUCUGGAUGCAAAUAAUGCAUAGUUUACUUCAAACCAAAAUAACAGAUAAUUAGAUGCAUUGUAAGCUUUCGAAGGAUGUCUAGUUUAUUACUUGUACUGUUCACAGUACCUUUAGCAACUGAAGUGUGAGCAAUCCAUUGUCUGAGAACUAUGGCCAUGACAUGACCUAUAAAUGUUAAGCAUUAAUGAAUAUGUAUUUCAUGAAACAUGUAAGUAAUCUAUCUGCAUUUGGUUCAUAACAGGGUCCAAGAGGUGAAAAUGGAGCUCCAGGACUCCCAGGAACCAAGGUACAUUUUGUAACAACUGCUCCAUGUUUUUUGUGUGUGUUUGUGUUUAAGUAUGGAACAGGGGAGCUGGGAACCAAACAAAUACAUGCUGUGGCCCUUGGAGAUUGUGCAAAGCAAAAUGUUUUAAUUCAUAUCAGGGUGAAAAUGGCAUCCCAGGAGAACGAGGUGCACAAGGACCUCAAGGUUCCCCAGGAAGCAGAGGUGGAGCUGGCCCUCCUGGACCAGAAGGUGUAAAGGUAUGUACAAGUUUAUUUAGUUUUGUGCACACCUUGCAAAAUAUUUCCAGUCUUCCUCUUUUGUUGUCAUGUAAUAGCUUCUUAAAACAUUCCACUAGGGCCCAGGUGGUCCUCCAGGUCCUCCUGGAGGUCCCGGACUACAAGGUUUACAAGGAAUGCCUGGAGAUAGAGGAGCCAAUGGAAACCCUGGACCUAAAGGGGACAAGGUAUGCACUUCUGUACUUACAACAACAACAACAACAACAACAACAACAACAACAACAACAACGCAUGCUAUUCUAAACUCAUAAUGAUCAUCUGGCUAGCUUUACUACUGACCUGAUCAUAGGUUCCUUGAAAAACUGCAUUGCCAGAUGAGGCCACUAAAAGCUGCAGGUACUUAUCUUUCCUGAGAUCCCCACUUUUUGGAUACAAAAUGAUAUAUAAAAAUAUUGGGGUCAAAUCUUCAGGUAGCAUACCUCUCUCACCCCUACCCUAAGUAUACUUACAUGGAGUUAGCUUCCAUUGGAGUCAGCAGGACUCCAAUUGAAACAAAAAGGAUUAAGAAUGGGCUAUUAAUCACCAUAUUAUGUUUAUAUUAGUGGGAUUGGUUCAGUUUGACUCUUUAACCCUGAACUUAUUGAUCAGAUUUGCACUUGAGUUCCAUGACUGAAUCAGCGUCCUGAUUCAUAACUUUCUAAUACUUCCUAAUCCUUGCUUGUAUACUUUAUAUACUUUGUGAAAACCAGUAUUUUCUCACAGCACGCUGUGUACCAGUUCUGUGCCACUGGUAACAAUAGGCAUAUGAACAUAAAUUACAGAUUGGUGAGGAGGGAAUGACCCUUUCCCAGACACAAAGUAGAUUGACUCUGUUGGGAGAGUCAUUAUAUCUACAACACUGAUCGCAGCAAACAGACUCCUGGUGGUUUAGCAAUGUUAAGAAAUAGCAGUGAUUCCUCUUUCUCCCCUUUUCCUGUUCUGGUAACCAUAUAAGCUUUGUUUGACAGGGAGAGCCUGGUAGCAGAGGUGGAGAUGGCUUACCUGGAAAAGAUGGUGUCCGAGUGAGUAAAACCUCCCAUGGGUUCAUUUUUAGAUAACUUGGCUACAACAUCCCUUUAUGGGCGGGAGGGUGGAUUUCCAAUUGUUCUCUUCCAGCUCAUUAUAUGAGUUUGGGGAGCUCCUUGCUAACCUUCCCUACCAGUUUCCCAAACUUCCCCUUGUCAGGUAAGUCCAGAGGGCAGGAACCAGCAGCGGAGGCCAGCAGGGAGGGUUGGUAGCAAUGGCACAGGUCACAUUGGAAAUAGACAGUCAUGUGUAUGCUCAGGAGCGUUUACUGCACAGGGAGUGCAGUUUUCCAAUAUUUCUCUGCUCAGUGGAUAAAGCUGGGAGGGAUUGUAACCCACACACUCUAUGCUCCCAUGUAGCAGUGGAUGCUCCUGAGCUGGGAGGCAAUGCAACCCUCUAUAUAGCCCAUGUUCCUCAGCAUUAAUAGAUGUUUGACUAUUUUGAACCCUCCUAGCCAUUUCUCCCUAACUUAACCGUGUGUGUGUGUGUGUGUGUGUGUGUGUGUUUAGAGGUGGGGAUCAGCUUUGACAACUAGUAGUGGGUGAGCCUAUAUUGAGACGCAGAGAUUUGACUUCAGCUUGGUAUUUCCAAAGUGGAAGAUUCAGUUCCAAUCCCUUACUCAGUUUGGAAUUUCAGCACCAUCACUAAUUCUUAUAGCAUGAAAGUAUAAAACAACAACCACCCAGACUUACCCUAUAGAUCACCUAUAACCCCUGCAAGCCUCGGAGUUGAUCCCGUUUUUGCGGAGCGAUCAAUUCCGCGCCGCCAUUACCUCUGCAGGAAACCAGAAGUCUGGGAGAAGAAUAUUCAGAACACUUUUGCUUUCCAGACUUUGUUGAAAGUUAUGUUCACAUUUUUUAUUAAUAUUACACUGCUGAAUAUAUAUAUUUCAUCCUGCAGGGUCCUGUCGGUUCCAUUGGACCCCCCGGUCCAGCAGGCCAACCAGGAGACAAGGUAUGGGUCUCAUUCCAAAAUGGCAAUUAUUAUUCAUAUGUAAAUGUCAACUGUGCACAUUUUGAAGAAUCCAAUUCUGAAAAAAAUAUAUAUUCUUUUCUUUCAGGGAGAGCCUGGUACAGCUGGGCCUCAUGGCCCAACAGGUCCCCGUGGUGGUCCCGUAAGAGAUCCUUUAUUUUCAAUCAUAAUUUAAGCCAAUUUUUGUUUUGUACUGCUCCUAAAGUAUUUUCCAAGGAAGAAAUGUAGCUCUGUAUAACCCAUUGACUUCACAUAUAGUACUCUUGAGUGUUGGAUUGCUUGCUUAGGGAUCAAUAUAUAAUAGAAGGUGCCAGAAUAUCAUUUCUUUUUGGCAUGUAUUUUAAAACUAUACAUGAAAGUAAAUCAAUCCCUCUUCUGUACGAAAUUAUAUGCAUAAUCUCACAAAUUUCACUACCAACCAAUAGGAACCUGUACACACAUUUCCCUCUCCUUUCCCUUCCCCCGCUAACAUUUUACAUUUACGCAAAUUUAAGGAGCCAUGAUUUCAACAGUACCCUAUUCAUUUUUCUUAUAAUAAUCUGUUAUAAGAUCUCUAGUGAUCCAUUUAAAACAUUUAACUCUGCUGGUGGCAUAAAAUCGUGUAACUAAAAUUGAUGCCUAGCACACAGCACUGAUUAUCGACAAAAUAAGCAUCUUUAGCAAAGCAGUCUGGCCAUGUAGAUACGUACAAGAAUAUAAUCAACGUUUAUUUUUAUUUAUUUAUUUUUCUUGCAUUCAUAUCCCACCUUUCUUCCAUCAUGGAACCGAAGGUGACAUACAUGCAUUUUAUCCAUCCUUCCCUAUGAGGGAAAUUAACCUUAUUGUCCUAUUUAAAAUAUUAUUGAUCAUUUCCUAGCUGCUUGAUAAAUAAUAGUUCAUUAUUAGAAUGUCCAUUUGUGAGUUUACUUAACUUUCCUGCCACACAGAGCACAUUUGGACUCUUGAGAAACAUGAAAAUCUCACAGGGGGAGGGGAGGAAUGCAUGGCUUUCUUGCAUUGGUAUACAAAACAGAUAAAGAAAUAAGAAAGGAACUGAACACAGCAGGUGGGGAAUGAGUCAAUGUAUAGGGCAUUCAAGCAAAGUCUGGGUUUAGAUGCUUGCUAUCCUUUAUAGCCACGCGGGUGGCAUUGUGGUUUAAAUGCCACUGUGCCACUUGGACUUGCCGAUCAGAAGGUCGGCGGUUCGAGACCCCAUGACAGGGUGAGCGCCCGUUGCUCUGUCCCAGCUCCUGCCACCCUAGCAGUUCGAAAGCACGCAGUGCAAGUAGAUAAAAAGGUACCGCUCUGGUGGGAAGGUAAACGGCAUUUCUGAGUGCUGCUCUGGCUUCACCAGAAGCGGCUUAGUCAUGCUGGCUGCAUGACUCUGAAAAACUGUCUGCAGAAGCGGACAAACACCGGCUCCCUCGGCCUGUAAAGCGAGAUGAGCGCCGCAACCCCAAAGUCAUUCACGAUUGGACUUAACUGUCAGAGGUCCCUUUACUUUUACCUAUCCUUGAUCAAGUCAUUCCCAUAAGGAGUUGCCAAGCUAACAAAACAUAACCAGCUGUGAAAGGGUUCAAAACUUUUGCACAUUUUCUUCGAUGUUGUAAAUAGUUUGACGUCUUGAGAGGAGAGAAUAGGGGGACCCUGCAAAUGCAGAAUAUCUGCAAACCAGAGCAGCUGAAAUAGGAACAACAAUAGAGGUGGUACUUUGCAAACUUCUGAGGUGAUUUAAUUGUAUUACUCAUUGACCUUUUCAGGGUGAUCGAGGAGAGCAAGGACCCCCUGGCCCAGCUGGCUUCCCUGGAGCUCCUGUAAGUAUGGGGAGGGAGGAAGGGAGGGAGGGAGGGAGGGAGGGACAUAGGUAGGUAGGUAGGUAGGUAGGUAGGUAGAUAGAUAGAUAGAUAGAUAGAUAUAGAUAGAUAUAGAUAGAUAUAGAUAUAUAGAUAUAGAUAUAGAUAUAGAUAUAGAUAUAGAUAUAGAUAAAUCAUUUUUUGUAUUUUCCUAGUCUUUUCCCAUAGAUUUUAAGUACAUCAGAAGAUAAUUAUUACCCCUUUUUCACUCUCACCUGUGCAUAGCAAGAGGAAGGCAACAGCUUCCUAUAAAUAUUGAACCUUCUAGUAAAUUCAGGCAUUGAGUGCUAAUAGAACUACAGUUGUACCUUGGAAGUCGAACGGAAUCCGUUCCAGAAGUCCAUUCAAUUUCCAAAGCGUUCGACUUCCAAAUCGUAGUUUCUGAUUGGCUGCAGGAAGCUCCUGCAGCCAAUCAGAAGCUGCAGAAGCCCCGUUGGAUGUUCGGCUUCCAGAAGAACAUUCGAAAACCAGAACAGUCACUUCCGGGUUUUGAUCGUUUGGGAGCCAAAACGUUCGAGAACUAGGCUGUUCGAAAACCAAGCCACAGAAACAAGAGAGAGGUUUCUGUGAAACUCCGAUAUUUGCAGAAGUACAAUAAAUGUUUUAGAAACCAAAAACAGAAACGCCUAGCCAUAAGGACUGAGCAUGCCCAGCAACCACAGAAUCUAGGAUACCGUAAUUGUUGGGAAAGACCAGCUGGCUAAGACUCCGAACAACUGAGAAAAUGGCUGCCUAGGACCCUGAACAGGAGCUCUACUAUUAGGAGAAAGGAUGCACAGCAAGCUUUUGGUGCACAUCCACUUGUCUAAUAGUAAUCCAGAUGUGCUUGCUUCUCCUUCUGCAUCAAGUACACCUGGCUGCUGCUUUUUACAAUAUAGCGAUUUAACAAUGAAAAAACCUCAAUGACAUGUAAACAGCAAUAACCCCCAUAGUAAGGUGCUUGUGCCAAACAGAAUUUGAGUGCUCCUUUGAUCACAGCAGAAUGCCCUGCUGCAACCAGUUGCUUCUUGAGGCGCUGCACUGAGAUUGCCUGUAACAUCUUUUAUAAGCAAUAAAUGCUGGAGGUGGAGAGCAGAACCAAGGAGGAAUCGUGGUCUUUUGAAAAGCCCAGUCUUUGAGUGAAGUUGUCAGGGAAAUUAAUAAGACAUUAGCUCUGUGCACACUACUUUGCGAUAAGCAUCUUUAACUGCAUCUACAGUGAAAAAAACAUUGAGCUUGACAGGUGAUUAAAUUUGGAUUCCAGCUUUCCCAAAGCACUCUUUAAUAAUAAUAAUAAUAAUAAAAUUUUAUUUAUAGCCCGCCCUCCCCAGCCAAAGCCAAGCUCAGAGAGGCUUUUUACCAGAAUCACCCAUGACAGGAUUUGCAGCCCCCACAAAAAAGCAGGGGAGCAGGACUCAACAGCUACUGUUAGGUCUCAUUAUUCACCUCGUAAUCAGUCAUUAUUAUAUCUCAUCAGUGCUAUUUUUAUGGAAAAAGAGGUGCUGGAACUCCCUUGUUCUCUUUUAAUGGCAAUGGUGCCUACCUGAGAGGUGCUGUAACUGAGUUCCGGCAUAUUCUGGCUGGGAAAAAAGAAAUCCUGUGUCUCCUACUGAUAAUAAUGUUGAUGUUUAACAUGCAUGUCUUACUUUUCUAUAGGGACAAAAUGGAGAACCUGGUGGAAAAGGAGAGAAAGGCCCUUCUGGUGAGCGUGGUGAACCUGGAGCCCCCGGCGCUGCUGGUCCAUCAGGAGGCCCUGGAGCACCCGUAAGCAUAGAUAUCCUAAUCUAAUGUUUCUGAAGUCAAUGUAUUGCUGGUCUGUAUUUUCCUUCUGGCAUUAUGAUGUCUCGUUCUCAUAUCCUGUCUAGGGUCCAGCCGGUCCCCCAGGAGGAAAAGGAGAGCGAGGUUCGCCAGGCCCAGUAGUGAGUAUUGUUUUUUCAGUCUCUUCUGUAUCAGUAAGCAAUGGUGAUGCAUGUUCCAGUUCCAGUCAGAUGCAAGUAGUUGCACUUGCUCAAGUAUGCUGUGAUCUAAGAGAAGCAUGCUAGAGUCCCCUGACAUAGAUAAAUAAGAAAGUAGUUUAGAUAGUUUAGGUACUACAUGCUUGGUUCAACUGGCCUGAAAGCUCUAAUUGACAAAAGUAUUUUGAUGCAUGCUUUGACAUACACCGAGGGCCUUCUGGCAGUUCCCUUUCUGUGAGAAGUUAAGCUACAGGAAACCAGGCAGAGGGCCUUUUUGGUAGUGGCACACCUUCCCAUCAGAUGUCAAGGAGAUGAGUAACUAUAUAAGCUUUAGAAGACAUCUGAAGGCAGCCCUGUAUAGGAAAGCUUUUUAAUGUGUAAUGUUGUAUUGUGUUUUGUUAUAUGAUGGAAGCUACCCAGAGUGGCUGAGGUAACCAGUUAGAUGGACGGGGUACAAAUAAUAAAAAUGAUUAUUAUUUAGUUAGACCAGCCCAUCCAUUGUAAAAUGUUGACCUCCCGUUCUUACGUGGAGAUAAAAUGGAAAUGCAUUCAUAUCUUUUCACAACAUGGCUACAUAUUGCACAAAGAUGCUCUAGCAUUGGUCUCUUAAUAUAUAUCUGCCAACAGAGGAUAACGCUUCCUGCAUCUUAUCAAGUCCAGAAAGGUUCUGCUGCAAUACUUCUAGGACUCUUUAGGUUGCCACAAUAAUCUUGUGUUUCCAGACGUGUUUAUGACAGGCACAUUCGCCAUAGAAAUCUCAGUUAGUUGCCAUGUAAAAAAUGCUGUUAUUUUUCACUCUCAUGUAGUAACUUCCAACAUAGUCAUCAAAGUAGGUGAUUUAAUUAUGUACUUAAGGAUAUUUCAGUCCCUUGAAUUCUGCUUUUCGGUAUUUGAAGAUACUAGUGUUUUAUGACCUGUUAACUUGAGCAUCACUUAUAUUUUUCAGGGUCAGGCUGGCUUUCCUGGUACUCGUGGCUUACCUGGCCCUCCGGGCAACAGUGUAAGAAUACCUACCAUUUCCUAAUCCUUUCCAUGCUACUAAUGUCUCCAGUUGCCUUUGAGUUCUCAAGUGGCCAGGGAUGAGUGCCCACCUCCAUGGACAUGAAUUUGAAAAUUUACUUGCCCAUAAGUUGUGCACAUAUUGCUUGUGAAGUCUUAAUCAACUGGUUUUUGUUUUAAUAAAUUACAAAACAAGCUUCCUGAUGGAGAAACGCCAACCUGCCCCAAACUACAGAGCCUCCAAUAUUGCCUGCUUAGGUUCUUCCAGACUCACCUACAUCAGAGCUGUAAGGAAGAAACCUCUGGGUGGAAUUCAGGGUCACACUCAGGCCAUCAGCUGAUGUGCCUCUUCGUGACUCCUUGUGCUUAAAUCCUACCCAAUGCCUUUUCCACACAAGUUGUGACAUAUGUCUAUGUAUCAGGUCCAACAACCCCAUGUAAUCCACUAAGUGAAAAGCGAAUCUUCUCAACUAAAGGCCAGUUGUGGUUAUGAGUCAAAUUCCUUCUGGCUCUGAAAACCAGCAGCCACUCAAUGCCUCAGUGGAAGACUCUAAACCAAGGGAUGGAGGGCUGUAAAACUGGCCCACGAUGUGUGGAAGAGGUGAAUGGUGGGCUGCCCUGCCCUGUUAAACGGCCUGCCACUCCAACCCCUUCGCAAGAACCUGUUGGCCUCUAUGAGAGGUCAAAAAUCUCAGCGAUGGAAAUGGGAGGCCAUGGCGGCAUCUGUGCCACCCAGCGAUCUUUCUCCAGGCCAUUGCUCCUUUCCUUUGCUCCUAUGCCACCUGGUUUGAGAUCGUGCUGUCGCCAGUGUGGUGUGGUGGUUAAGAGCGGUAGACUCGUAAUCUGGGGAACCGGGUUCGCUUCCCCGCUCCUCCACAUGCAGCUGCUGGGUGACCUUGGGCUAGUCACACUUCUCUGAAGUCUCUCAGCCCCACUCACCUCACAGAGUGUUUGUUGUGGGGGAGGAAGGGAAAGGAGAAUGUUAGCCGCUUUGAGACUCCUUUGGGUAGUGAUAAAGCGGGAUAUCAAAUCCAAACUCCUCCUCUUCUUCUUCUUCUUCUUCUUCUUCUAUAUAGCAAAAUGUCCUUUUGCAACUUGGCUCAAACUAAAGCCUAGCUGUGAAGAACAAUUCCUGCAACUGGAUCCAAGCAAGACUUAGGACAAGGAAUAAAUACAUUUUUAAAAUAAUAAUAAUAAUGAUGAUGAUGAUGAUGAUGAUGAUGAUUGUGUUCUGCUAACAAACCCAUCACCCCCCAUUUGCUAUUAUGUUGUUCAUCCAUAGUCUGCUUUACUCUCAAAGCAUCUCUUCUUUUUAUGAGUUACUUUUGAAUGUGUUCAUAGAGCACAAUCCAUAUUCAAGGGUGGCAAGUCUAAAUCAAGGAGGUCUAUCUCUUUGGACACAUAACAUAAAUUCUCCAUUAUUUUGGUAUUCUAAGAGUGUUGAUUCAAAUACUGUAUGUCAAGCAUCACUUUCAAAUAUUGACUCCUAGGGUAACCCAGGACUUCCUGGCAAUGCGGGUCCCCCAGGCAAGGAUGGUCCUCCUGGCCCAGCUGGUUCUACUGGUCCUGCUGGUGGCCCAGGAGCUGCUGGUCCCAAAGGUGAGCCUGGCCCACCAGGUGAAAAAGGUCCAGCAGGUGUAAAAGGAGAACCAGUAAGUACAUUAUUUGGGAGUCUACAAAAUAGAGUUGAAAAUAUUCAGUGAAAGAUUACAGUUUUCCUGUGAUGUCUUACUUCUGAUACGUUAAAAUUACAGAUGCAGUGAUUACACUGAUCUGUUGUGGGUGUGUGAUAAAUUAGGACCAAUCUUUACAGCUAGUCAUAGCAGCUCUUCUUCUUAAUCAAUGUAUUGCCUUGCCUGCAUGUCAAAAUGGCUGCUCAUCACUCUCCCGGGGGUGGGGGACAGAUGCAGCCCCUUACUCUUGGCCUCCUUCCUCUGAUGGCUUAGGCAUAGGCCAUUGAAGGGGAAUUCCCCAUGGACAGCGGGAGUUCAGGGGUGGUCUUCCUGCCCAUGACACCAUCUCCUGACAGGCUAAUCAAUGGCCCCACCUGGAGGGCAGUGCCUGGCUGGCUGGCUGGCUAUUGGCUGCUGUCUCUUCCAGUCUGGCAGCAAGGCUUAAGAGGCUAGCUGCAUGGAGAUUUAACAGUGCUACAAAAAAAUUUCAUUUACUUAAGUUUUUGUUAACACUCUUCAAAUAGUAAGGAGCAAACAUACACAUUCCUGCUAACCUAGCAGUUCGAAAAAGUGCAAGUAGAUAAAUAGGUAAGGUAAACGGCGUUUCCGUGUGCUGCUCUGGUUCGCCAGAAGCGGCUUAGUCAUGCUGGCCACAUGACCCGGAAGCUGCACGCCAGCUCCCUCGGCCAAUAAAGCGAGAUGAGCGCCGCAACCCCAGAGUCGGUCACGACUGGACCUAAUGGUCAGGGGUCCCUUUACCUAAACAUACACAUUGUUUUAUCUAUAUCACAGGACUGGAUAAUGGUUUUCGAUCCUAGUUUUCAGGGCAAGCUCAAAUCAUAGUUUGCCAGUUCACAUUAAAUGGUAAACUAUGGUUGGCCUCAAACCAGGAAAUGAGGGAAGAAUUUCCCAGGCUCAUGAACAGGAGAAUACCUUAAGCUCGAUGCUUCUUCCAGGCUCAUUCACAUAGCGCCAAACUAUGGUUCUGCAUUAUGCCUCAACCAUUCCUCUGUUUCUUAGAAAUGGAACAACUCAGAAUGUAAAAAGUAUCCCACCCCCCUUAAACAUAAUUGGUGAGAGGCAAGACUUUAAGUCAGCCUUCCUCAAUCUUUGGGUUCCUCAAUGUUGUUGAUCAGCCCCAGCCAUCUGGAUAAAUGGCACAGGAUUGUGGGGGGUUGCAGUCCAACAACGUCUGGGGACCUAAGAUUGGAUUAAUCAUUAUCUAAAAGCCUUAGCAAAAGUUUUAUCAGAACACUAUUUCUAAGAAAUAUGGAGGCUGAAAUAAGCCCAUAAUCGUGACAGGGCUCACCAACCUUUUGAGGUCCAUAGGCCCAUUUGCUCACUGGAGAAGCGGUUAUGGGCAGCACACAAACACUGCAACCAAGCACACACCACACUGUUCUGUUGGCUACAAUAUACCGCUUCUUUCAAGCCUAAUGUUAAUGUGGAGAGGGAGACCUUGUAGGUGUCAGGGAAGAUGGUCUCCAUUAUGCUCUGCAAGGCAUGGAGUGCAUUUUCAUCUGUACCAUCUCUGCUCAGCUGAGCAUGUUCUGCAAUAGAAACCUUCUCCCCCCCCCCCCCCAGCUACACAUAUCUCAGUAAGCUUCAAAAGCCAUUUUCUGCAUCUGUAUUUGUUGGUCUGGGAAAAAUGUUUAUUGUCCAAGGUGAUAAAUACAAUCAGUAAAUAAAUCCCAUAAACAAAUUUGUUUCUGUAUUUCUCUUCGUAGGGUUUUCCAGGUCCUUCAGGAUUGGGUGGCAUACCUGGGCAACGUGGUUCUGUAGGGCUGCCCGGCCCGAGAGGUCCCUCUGGUGCCAAUGGCGCACCUGGCGGAAAGGUAAGGCAUUACCCCAUUACUUUUAAUUCUCCAAAUUAUUUAACAUAACAAACGUUUUGUGUUUUAGAAAUUAGGUCUUGAAGUGAUGUGUGUGUGAGAGAGAGCUUCAUAAAGAAAUGUGUGAGGAAGCUGUUUUGUGGACAAGUCUCCAGUGAUCAGUGAUUUCCUCCAGAGUUAUAAAACACAUAAUUCCAUGUUAGUGUCAGUAUCAGCAGUUUUGUGGUAAUAUAAGGUGACAUUAUGUCAGUGAUGGUCAGUGUGGUGGGAGAGAUGGUAGUAAUCACUUGCCUGCACUGAACAGAGUCCAAGGAAGAACAAGCUUAAUUAUUUACUGACAUGCAAUGCAAUACUGUUGGAGGCAGGAAGUGGCUGGGUCAGUAUAAUUAGCCGGCAUCAAGGGAAUGGGAGUUUUCCCCCCCCUGCCCCGGUAGUUUUGGAGUUUGCUUAUGAUGGGCAGAAAUGUUAUUGAGCCCUUUUGCAUAUCCCAUUGCUUUAAAGCUCUUGCCACCUCUCUACCCCUCUAGCAAUGAACAGACCACACACUCAAGUAAAUUUAAAAGCUUUACUUACUAACUCCUAAGGUCUGAUUCAUGCAUUGUUCCACACAGCAGCAAGGGGAGCACAGGUAGAUUACUCUUGGGUGCCUAAUACAGCAUAUAGUUUCAAACAUGCAAGUUCAGAUCCGUCCGUCUUGGUGGAUUACAUAGUGAGAAGAGAGAGUGAGGAAUAGGAAAAGAAGCAGCUUCACUUUCUCCCUCAAGAAGGGGUUUGACCUAGCUGAGUCUAGGAACAGAUCUCUCUGGUCUUAACUUCUUCAUGCCUACAAUAGCUCACAUUUAGCAGGGUUUUUUUAAAAAAUGUCAGUAUGUCAUUAAUCCAUCUGUUUUUCCAUUGCAGGGUGAAGAUGGCAAACCAGGAUCCAAUGGCAGCCCAGGAGAACGAGGACCUCAAGGGCCACCAGGUCCAAUGGGCCUAAAUGGAGCACCCGGAGAACCAGGCAGAGACGUAUGGAAAGAAUUUCAUCUUCGUUCUAUCCUAGGGAUAAACACACACUGCAUGUAGAAAUUUUGCCCACCUAAAAUGAGACAAAUUAGCCUCAUUCAAAGAUCCUGUUGUACAUCCUAGUACGGAGACUAGGAAAGACUUGGUCUUCCUUCUGUGGGAAGCUGGAUACUGGUUUGCACCCAUGCAUGCACAUUGCUUGAUUUCUUUGAAUUUGAUUACUAUACAAGACAAAGGCCCUUACUUCCUGGGAGACCCAUUUGUUGCUGUCACCUGGGUUGGAGGGAGAUCUGGACAAGCUUCCUCUGGUGUGCCUGAGUGACUGUUGCAUGACUGUAGCACUGCUUAUUUUGCACCCCUGUGGCCAGUCAGCUGCAACAGCCAGCCUUCUGGGGGCAGAGACUCCAAGCAGACCAGAGAAGGAACCUGUCCAAACUGGUCUAUGCCUAGACAUUAAAGGCUUAUUUGCAUAUCUUUGUGCUUGGUUUCUCUUCACAUGAUUAUGGUUUAAUUCAGACUCACAGCUGAACAUAAGAGCAGUUUCAAUGAAAAGCAUUGUGUCAGAGGUAGCAUGGAAGUUUAAUUUGUAAUUCCCUAUUCAGGCACGCAUAUCAGCAUGUGGUACUGCGUUCCUCUUCAUGUGUGAUGUGUGGGAAAUCCCUUAAUGAGUGAGCAAUCUCAGAAAAGCAGCAGCAGCUUAUUUUGACAUGCCAUUAUGACCAUGAUAAUUUCAAAGUUAAAGUGUUGGUGGAAAUAUCACUUAAGUCUUUCCCUUUGCUUCAAUCUUUUUAUACUUUUUAUACUUAUAUUUAAAGCCUUCUUUCACCCUUAUUUCUCAGGGUAACCCUGGAUCAGAUGGUUUACCAGGUCGUGAUGGGUCUUCAGGACCAAAGGUGAGAAGCGACUUAACCAUCACAGUCAUGUGUGCUCUUUCAGAUCCCAGUGAUUGUGGUUGCUACUGCUAGUCCUAAUCAAUACAGUGGACCUUGGUUCUUGAACUCAAUCCAUUCGACUUCCAAAAUGUUGACAAACCAAGGCGUGUGAACAAUGCCAACAGCCAAAACGGAUGUUCGGCUUCUGAAAAACGUUCGCAAACCAGAAAACUUACUUCCAGGUUUGCGGCAUUCGGGAGCCGAUUUGUUUGUCAACUAAGCCGUUCGGGAAUCAAGGUACCACCGUACUAGCAUUUGACUGUGUUUAUGGUCAUUUAGAAAAUUAAAUGAAUUCCUCACGUUGGCCAUUUGUUGUCUCCUCAGGGUGAUCGUGGUGAAAAUGGUUCUCCUGGUUUGCCAGGGGCUCCGGGUCAUGUGGGUCCCCCAGGUAAUACUGGUCCAGCUGGGAAAUCAGGCGAGAGAGGACAUCCAGUAAGUGCUGCCUUCCUAUGUUUUCUUACUAGCAUCUAUGUGAUACUAAACUAGCAGUGUAUUAACAGUACGCUAUGCUUUUUCCACCUCCGUCUGACACCACAAGGAAGUGGGGAAGCCAUCAGCAAUACCACAGAGAUGAAGGCACUUUCCCAAGAGAUUUAGCUUGCCCGUUCAGCGAAUUUUCUUCGGGUGAAUUGCUUCGAGUCGAUCCCACUUUCUAGCAAUUGGGGAAAAAAAAGGCAUAUCAAAACAGGAAUUCUCAAAAUGAUUUAGUUAUUUGUAAUGACAUUUCCUUUGAAAUGCUGAAAACAGUGGGAUGUGACCAUGUGUCAUACUCUAGUGCCCUAGAACAGAAUUUCCUCCACUGAAACAACUUGAAUUUGGUUUCUUCAACGACCUACUGCCAUUUUUCCCAAUGAAAAGCCUCUCCAAGUUAAAUCCAGGGGCAUACACCAACAUGACCUGAGGGCACUGUGAAAAACUAUGCUGCCUACAAAGUGUUAUUUUUCUAGAAAAAGAGGUGCACCAUGAAUGCCUCCCUUUUCUCUUAUACAGUGGUACCUCAGGUUAAGUACAGGUUAAGUAUGGAGGUCCAUUCUUAACCUGAAACUAUUCUUAACCUAAAGCACCACUUUAGCUAAUGGGGCUUCCUGCCGCCAUGCUGCCGCUGCACGAUUUCUGUUCUCAUCCUGAAGCAAAGUUCUUAACCCGAGGUACUAUUUCUGGGUUAGCGGAGUCUGUAACCUGAAGCGUCUGUAACCCGAGGUACCACUGUAAUGGCAACGGCACCCACCUGAGAGCUGAGUUCCAAUUAGUUCUGGCUGAAAAAAGCCCUGAGCAUACAUUUUUUUUUGAAAAUGGAAGUCAUUGAAGUGAUGUUUGUUCAUUAUGUUUGCUAAUAUAUUUGGGAGCUUAAUAGUAGAGAUGUGAAUGUUUUCUCUGUUUUGUGACACAUCCAGUUUAUAUCCAGAAAAUCGAUGCUUGGCAUAGACAUAAUCCUGUGUUGUUCUUUGUUACAGGGACCUGCUGGUCCAGUCGGCCCCACUGGCCCUGCCGGUGCCCGUGGUGCUCCCGUAAGUCUCUGUUUCAGAACUUUGUAUGUAUGUGUCCAGGGCAGCUGUUUAUCAGCUCCAUCUGGUAUGCAGGCUGAGACCCUACCUGCCCGCGGACUGUCUUGCCAGAGUGGUGCAUGCUCUAGUUAUCUCUCGCUUGGACUACUGCAAUGCGCUCUACGUGGGGCUACCUUUGAAGGUGACCCAGAAACAACAACUAAUCCAGAAUUCGGCAGCUAGACUGGUGACUGGGAGCGGCCGCCGAGACCAUAUAACACCGGUCUUGAAAGACCUACACUGGCUCCCAGUACGUUUCCGAGCACAAUUCAAAGUGUUGGUGCUGACCUUUAAAGCCCUAAAUGGCCUCGGCCCAGUAUACCUGAAGGAGCGUUUCCACCCCCAUCGUUCAGCCUGGACACUGAGGCCCAGCACCAAGGGCCUUCUGGCGGUUCCCUCACUGCGAGAAGCCAAGUUACAGGGAACCAGGCAGAGGGCCUUCUCGGUAGUGGCACCCGCCCUGUGGAACGCCCUCCCACCAGAUGUCAAAGAGAAAAAUAACUACCAAACUUUUAGAAGACAUCUGAAGGCAGCCCUGUUUAGGGAAGCUUUUAAUAUUUAAUAGGUUAUUGUAUUUUAGUGUUUUGUUGGAAGCCGCCCAGAGUGGCUGGGGAAACCCAGCCAGAUGGACGGGGUAUAAAUAAUAAAUUAUUAUUAUUAUUAUUAUAUUACUAGUUCUCAUUAAACCCAAGUAUACUCUUAUGAAAACUCUUUGUCAAUAUGCUUCUACAAGGGCCCUGCGGGUGCACGUGGUGACAAAGGUGAAGCCGGUGAACGUGGCAGCAAUGGGAUAAAAGGCCAUCGAGGAUUCCCUGGUAACCCCGGACCCCCUGGUCCAAGUGUAAGUUUGCAGAACUCUCCUGCCUUCCUUGCGUAAGAGGGGGGAAAUGCUGGAUUUGUUUCAUGACCCCAGAGUUUAGCACAAUAUGUAACUUUGACAAGAAUGAAAAGUAUCACAAGUGAUCCCUACAGUGCCUGGAUUAUCCACCAAAUGAUGUACAAUUUAAUGUUUUGGCAGAGGAAAACAGGAGUGAUUUUGCAGGCGUUCUGGAAUUUACCACCCUGUGUCCUGAGCCUUCAUUAUGUUUCAUGGAGGAAACAUGCCUAGCAAUAUCACUUGGGCAUAUAAUUAUUUCAUUUUUGUAGGAGUAAAGUUGAACCUUUUGGGAUAUCCCAAUAUCCUUGGCAGCAAUGCAUGAGAGAAACUCCUUACUGUUUUGUUACUGGCAUUUAUAGACCACUCAUUAAUGGGUAGGUCACAUUCAAAACAACGAAGAAAUUUUAAAAAUGGCAUUUCAGUUUUCUGAUACCACAUAUGCACAAUGGCUCUAAGCCAGAGGAAGUUUGUUGUACUUAAGCAUCCUUGAAAUCCAUGUAAAACAUUUGUCACAAUUAACUGAAGUGUCAUUGAUUUCAAUAGGACAUAAGUCCAGCUAACUUCCUUUGAUCCGUGGAGUUACCUACCUUUAAAGCCACUGGUACCACCUAUAUUCUGGAAUGGAAGCGUUCAAAUUGUAUUUAAUUCUGAGAACAUUUAGCUUCUAAACCAUGCACAUUAACAUGGCUUAUGGUCCCAUACAAAACUGUAAUAAUGAAAAUAGAGAACCAUUUUAUUUAUAUUUGACCCGGCCAGUGUAAUAGCUCAGAGGUGGGGAUCUUUUUCUGGCUGUCAAGCUAGAUUAUUGUCUCCCCACCUCAGUGGGUCACAUUUGACAGCUAUGCAAGGCCACCCACCUGUCAGUCACAUGAGGUCAUGAUGGUGUCAGGUGAUGCUGCACUUUGAAGCCCUGAUUUUCGGGACGUCAAAGUGCAGCACAGAGCUGUCAGAAAGCCCUUUUGCAAACAUCCCUGCACUGCUAUUUGAAUCUCUAGGUUUCAGAGAUUGGAAGAGCAGUGCUGUGAGGGAGAAGCUCUAUCCCAUGGAAACUACUUUCCCCUCCUGGAGCAAGGCAUAAAUCCACCCAUCUCAGCUGGAUGAGCAGGGGAAGCAUGCCUUGCUGCAGCAAAUGAACAAUCGGGAUUUCAAUUUAAGCUCCCAGUUUGUUCUUUUGAAGCCCCACCCUUACUUGUCCCAUACCUGAUGUCAUGCAUCUGAUAUCUAGAGAGGUUCUACCUUUGGAGUUUGAUGUUCCAGUUAACUUGCAUGCCGAAUAGCUGUAGAUAUAUAUAUAUUCAUCUUCUAUGGAUUGCCAGAUCUUGUAGUGAGUGCAACAAUACAGGUGUUCCAAUGUAAAGAAAAGAAUGUAAAAACUGGAUUUUACUAGAUCUACAUCAUUAUUAUUUUUUUGACAGGGUGCAUUGGGUCCCCAAGGUCCAAGUGGAAGCCCAGGACCUGCUGGUGCAAGAGUAAGUAACCUGUUGAUUCUGUCCAACCUGAAUGCAUUCUCAAAUUAUGGCUAGACAGUUGAGAAAGAACUAACUUUCUCCUCCUCCUCCUCCUCCUCCUCCUCCUCCUCCUCCUCCUCCUCCUCCUCCUUCCUCUUCUGUUUAGGGUCCCCCUGGUCCAAAUGGCCCACCUGGAAAAGAUGGUACAAGUGGCUACCCAGGUCCCAUCGGCCCUCCAGGUCCUCGUGGAAGCAGAGGCGAAUCUGGCGCUCCGGUAAGGGAAUCAGCACUCUUUAAGAUGAUGAAAAGUGAGAAGCAUCAUCUUGAAAGCUAGUCUCCAUACUGUCUGGGAGCCUAGCACAAGACUUGACAAGAAGGGAGAUCAAGUUUGUACCCAAAGGGAUCUGAACAGCACUUCUCAAUAAAGAGUGGUAAAAAUAAAAGCUGCAGAGUUUAGCCUGACCAUGCUGAAUUUCAGGCAAAUGUAUUUUCCUUAUGAGAGCUGUACCUGAGCCACAGUUAUGGUACCCAAUCCUGAGUGUGGGAAGUAGGUGGCACUAAACAGACAGCUUCCUCCCCACAACUAGCUACAUGCACAGCUAGUUACAAUGAAAGUGAAGGUGUCUACCCAGCUGGCCUCACUAUUCAGAUUUAUUCAGAUUUGUUGCUCAUAAAGCUCAAGCCGGGUGACAGGAGGUUCUUGUGUAUUUCAUCAGUAUGAUGAUAAAAUAGAAGGAUUAAUAGAAUAAAAUAAAAUAAAAAAUAGAUAAUGAUUAUUAUAUCUGCUGUUUCUAUUGGGUGACAGUACGUUUCCGAGCACAAGUCAAAGUGUUGGUGCUGACCUUUAAAGCCCUAAACGGCCUCGGUCCAGUAUACCUGAAGGAGCAUCUCCACCCCCAUCGUUCUGCCCGGACACUGAGGUCCAGUGCUGAGGGCUUUCUGGCGGUUCCCUCACUGCGAGAAGCCAAGUUACAGGAAACCAGGCAGAGGGCCUUCUUGGUAGUGGCACCCGCCCUGUGGAACGCCUUCCCACUAGAUGUCAAAGAGAAAAACAACUACCAGACUUUUAGAAGACAUCUGAAGGCAGCCCUGUUUAGGGAAGCUUUUAAGGUUUAAUAGGUUAUUGUAUUUUAAUAUUCUGUUGGAAGCUGCCUAGAGUGGCUGGAGAAACCCAGCCAGAUAAAUUAUUAUUAUUAUUAUUAUUAUUAUUAUUAUUAUUAUUAUUAUAUAACAAGGCACAGUUGUGGACUGAAAUAUCACUGGGGAGAGGACUAGCCUGAAACCUUUCCUAUCUAAAUAGUCCAGUGUCGUGUGGUUAGUGGAAUAGGGGAACUAAGCUAGUCCCCUAAAUGUUCCCAGUAAAUAAGAGUAUUAAAGCAUUAAAGCCUAGUGCCUUCUUUCCAAAGCCUGGGAAGCUUCUGCCUGGUUUAGGGAGGGAGGUGCGACACUCAUCCCCCCCCCCCAUCACCUUCACAUGCUAGCCCUAACUAUUCAACUAUUUCAAAAAAUCACCAAGCACCACUGAAAUAGCCACAUACAAGACCAGAUCAAAGAAAAGCUCGACCAAAGGAUAAAUAUUGAGUCCAACCCUCGGUGGAGAUUAUGAGCCUGGUGUCUUGCAGCACAAGGCUAAAAGUGCCAGUAACACUGACUGGUCCUUUUCUUUGAGUGUACAGGUGAACUAAUGUACAUGUGCAUUUUUGAGUUAUGGGCGGGGCUUGUUUUAUUUUCUAGGGUCCUGCGGGUCAUGGUGGUCCUCCAGGGCCUCCUGGUCAACCUGGAGCUCCUGGUCCGUGCUGCGGAGGUGGUGGCCCAGAGAACCUUGAAAAAGGACCAUCCUACUACAGAGACCAGCCAGAUGAGGACAAAAUAGCCAUGAGCGAUAUUUUAACUUCGCUGAAGUCAAUCAACAACCAAAUCGAAAACAUCGUUAGCCCUGAUGGAUCACGGAAGAACCCAGCUCGGAAUUGCAGAGAUCUGAAGUUCUGCCAUCCUGAACUGAAGAGUGGUAUGUUCAUUUCUGUUCUGAUCCAGGUCAUAGAGAAGUCAGUGAGAAAUAUGCAGUCUCAAGAAAAGAACCGGGCAUCGCGAGGGACACAGAACUGCCCCAUAGAUCUCUUUUCCCUCUCUUUCUGGUAAAGACUAGUAAUAUAAAAUGUGGUGCUCCUUUGGUACACUAUGCAUUUCUUAAUCAAUGACAGCAAAUGAUGCUGCACAAUGUAAUGCUCAGUGUAAUCAUAUUAUAUAUUUCCAUGAAGAGGGGAGAAGGAGGGAUCGACUAGUGGCUGAUUCCUGCACUUAGCCACAACAGGAGGCAAUUAACUACAUUAGCUCCAAGUCUGGAAUAGUUUCAGGGCUGGAUUGCAGGCAAAUUGUGGAAAUAAUAGGGCUUGGGAUCCUAUAACUAUACUAUAUAACUAUAACCUAUAACUUUAAUGUUUGAUGUUUUAUUCUGUUUCUGUAUAUGCUGGAAGCUGCCCAGAGUGGCUGGGGCAACCCAGUCAGAUUGGCGGGGUAUUAUUAUUAUUAUUAUUAUUAUUAUUAUUAUUAUUACCAAAGUGCUUGAUGUGCCUGAUAAUGAAGAAAUGUGUCAGGGGAAUGUGUAGCUGUUAUUCAGUUAAAUUAGACUUUGAAGGAAGUGUAAAGAUUAACAGUACUUAAUAUGACUCAGCAAACGUUAAGAACAUACAAGUGUAGAGUAAUAUUAUCAUUUAGGUUUAUAUUCUUCCCAAAGUAACCCCACAAGGCAGCAGAAGCCUUUGGCAUCCAGUGUAAGGAAGAAUCUAAUCCCAGGUUAAAGAAUGCCCUUUUGCUUUGUCACUUUAGGGGAGUACUGGAUUGAUCCCAACCAAGGUUGCAAAUUGGACGCCAUUAAAGUAUACUGCAAUAUGGAAACUGGGGAGACGUGCAUCAGUGCUAAUCCUAUGAGUGUUCCAAAGAAGAACUGGUGGACAAGCCCAGGACCCGAAAAGAAACAUAUUUGGUUUGGAGAGUCUAUGAAUGGAGGCUUCCAGGUAAGAAGAAUGAUGCGUCUCCACCCCAUCAUUCAGCCCGGACACUGAGGUCCAGCUCCGAGGGCCUUCUGGUGGUUCCCUCACUGUGAGAAGUGAGGUUACAGGGAAUGAGGCAGAGGGCCUUCUCAGUAGUGGCACCAGCCCUGUGGAACACCCUCCCAUCAGAUAUCAAGGAGAUAAACAACUAUCUGACUUUUAGAAGGCAUCUGAAGGCAACCCUGUUUAGGGAAGUUUUUAAUGUUUGAUGCUUUAUCGUGUUUUUAAUAUUCUGUUGGGAGCCACCCAGAGUCGCUGGAGAAACCCAGCCAGAUGGACAGGGUAUAAAUUGUUGUUGUUGUUAUCAUUAAUAUUAUUAAUAUUAUUAAUAUUUGGUCAAGCAAACCUUGACUUGAGAGUGUAAUUAAAUUGCUUCUCAAGAAAGAAGCAACUCUGGAUCCAUUUCUAAUUGAAUGAAAAACAUAAUUGUCUUCUCUCCCAACUACCAUAGCAACUUCCAUGGCUCUUGCCAUUUUUAUCAGAUGUUUCUUGCAUUGCUAAUGCUGAUUUUUAAAAAUAUUUUAAAAUAUAAUGUUACGUGCAUGGAUAUCUAUAUUUCCAAAUUUAUACGCUUGAAUUUAAAAGGGGGAUGUACUGGGGGAAGGCAUUGAUUGGAAAGACCCCCCCAAAAAAAUAAUAAUAAUCAGGAAACAACCUUUGCCAGCUGGAGCUGGUAUCUUUUCUUCACUUUUAUUUCCUCUCCAUUGUUUCCAAUGGUGGUGAUGGGGUGGUGGUCUUUAAAAACUGGGGAAAGCUCUUCCAACCUCAUAGCAAGAGCCCAGCAUGGCUUUGGUUUUGGUGCACGGACUGCCUAUGCCGUCUACAACCGUCUACAACAAACAAGCCUUUUGUGUUUGCCCCACAGUUCAGCUACGGAGACCCAGAUCUUCCAGAAGAAGUUGCAGAUGUUCAGCUGGCCUUCCUCAGAAUUCUUUCUAGCCGAGCGUCUCAGAAUAUCACCUAUCACUGCAAAAACAGUAUAGCUUACAUGGACGAGGCCAGCGGGAAUGUAAAGAGAGCCCUGAAGAUGAUGAGUUCUACCGACAGCGAAAUCAAGGCGGAAGGAAACAGCAAGUUCACAUACACUGUCCUGGAAGAUGGCUGUACUGUAAGUAAACAUUGCAAAACAAAAUUGAGAUUCGGUUCAUUGUUCCAUUAUGAAAUUUCAGUUUUGCAAACCUCCUAUUUUCACUCCUAAUCUUGUGCAUUUUAAAGAGCCUUAAAUUUGUAGUUAUAUCUUUCGAUUGGAUUUUAUAGUGCAGAAGAACUUUAGCAUUUUCCCUAGCUGACUAUAGAGGGGCCGAUCACAAGAGUGAGAAGUGGAACAGGAAAGUAAAACUUUGGGGCAAUGCUUGCUAGCAGGGUGGUGGAAACUUUGAUUCAAGCUUCCACACAUAUAGUUAUGUACAGACUCUUCACUGGAUGACCAGUGACCAGUGAGCUACUCCCAGCUCAGAUUGGACUGAUGAAUAAGGCUAUCAAUGGGAAUAGCAAGGCUAUCAAUGGCUGCAAGUCAGGAUGGAUCCUUUAUCAAAGGCAGUAUGCUCUGAAUUCUACUUGCUGCUGAUUAAUACUACUGCUAAUAAUAAUAAUAAUAAUAAUAUGCAUUUAUCCCUCACAUAUGACUCAGAAGUCUGGGGAGGAGAAUCACGAUGGGUCAUUCAUACUUCCUCCUUCACCAUGGAAGAGCCUGAUAGAUAUUAAUCCAAAGUGUCGCUAAUCAAACCUUUUUAAAAUCACUUUCUGCUUUGCAUUUCACAGAAACACACUGAUGAAUGGGGUCGAACCGUCUUUGAGUACAGAACACGCAAGACAAUGCGGUUGCCGGUGAUAGAUAUCGCACCCUUCGACAUCGGCGCUCCCAAUCAAGAAUUUGGUGUGGACAUUGGCCCGGUUUGCUUCUUAUAAACCCGAGAAUCAUGCUCAUUCCGAACCCCAACAAACAAAUUCACACUCCCAUCUUUGCUCUUCUUGUCUUAACCUUGUCAGCUAUUAAGAGUCAAAUCAACUGUAUCCCAGUUAUUUAUUUGCAAAAAAAUUCUGGAGAGAGGGAGGAAAGAGAUAAAUUGACAUAAAAAAUGCCAUUUUCUUAUUUUGCUCUUUACACGACAUGCAACAAAAUCCCUUCUGCUGUUUCUUUCACCAAAAUUGGAAAAAAAAACCUUCCAACAGUAUCUCCAUGGUGCUACAUUACAACCUCAACACUCAGUACAGCAAAACUGUAAUUAUAAUUGAAUGCUUGCCCAUCAGUCAAGCACUGACGGAUUCCAGCAUCCAAGUUUGCCCUCCAAUAUAAGAUGCAGUUCAUAAAGCUAGAGAGAAUUCCCCGUUUCAACUACCUCAACAUGGACAGAAACUGGGAUGAGUUUGAUGAUUCACACCAAGAGAACCAACUCAAAAGAUGUUGGAACCAAUGAAUACAUCUGGUCAGGUGGUUUUGUUUCUGUACUGAUUAUUGAUGAACAGAGUACAGUCCAUCUGAAGAAGUGAAUGCCCCUAGUGUCAACAGACUAAUAUAAUUUUAUUGCUGGACUGCAUUGUGUGAUUUUUUUGAUUUAUUUUUUUUACCGGGUGCUCCUAUACUUUCCUGUCAUUGCUGGUCAAGACCACUAAAAUUAGGGAAGUGUAAAAAGAUUAAUGUGAUGGUGCUAGUUGUGUGAUUUUUUUCCACUUCUAAAUCUGUGAGCCAGGUUUAUUGGCUUGCGUUAAAAUAUCAAGGCUUGACAACAAUUGUAAAUGUCUCUCAUCAAAAGUCGUAUUGUCGGUAGGCCAUUGCUGAGGGCUUUUCUUCCUUCCCUCUGUAAAAGUCAAUAAAGAUGCAAAAUCGUGAGCUUCUUUUGUCACAUUAACACAUUUAUAGUGUUGGAGGUUAACCAUCUUUGUAAGCUUUUAUAUGGUUGUUGGUCUUUUCCUUACAGAGACACAUAAUAAAAUAUUGUAAUAAAACUCUAGCGUUGCAGUUU